CCCCACGGCUCUCAGUGUGUGACCACCCUGGGCUGUGUCCCCGGCUCUCAGUGCUGGGACCUGGAUCAGUGCACUCACAGGAGGUGGCUGAUGAAAGCUGAGAGAACUUUUUGAAUUCAACUCCCUAGUAGCAAUCUCAUUCUUUGUGUAUAUGGUUAUUUUUAAGUAAUUGGUGCUUGAUGAUUUUUUUCUUUGUAUUUCAUAAAUCUAACGAGCACUAUUUAGACAACAAGACUUAAAUGGUUGCUCUGUGAGUGAUCAGUGACUUGAAGUGGUUAUGGUGUUAGAAGCCUGGAUGUGAAUGAUUGCACAUCCAGAGCUUUGGGGAAAAUAUGUGCUAGGGGUAAGUUCUGGGCUGUGUAAGGUCUGUUCCGUGCUUAAAUUGCAUGUGCAUAUGCAUUUGUUUACUUUGUGUAUUCAAAACUUAUGCGGUAGUCGCAAGGGACAGCUUCAGGCAGGUAAAGCCUACCUUUCACCCAAAGGUGACAGCUGCUGUAAUAACGUAUGUAAUUGAAUUGAUGUACAUUUUACAUUUGUCUGCAGGACUUGCUGUUGUCCAGCGCAAGGUAUAGAAUAACAGAAUAUAGAGGUGAAUGAAUAGAAAGAGGAUGGAAGACAUUUUUAAGGAAGGUUGAAUGAGGGGGAGAACGGUUGCAAGUUAUUUAGCAUUUGAAACAUGGUAUGGGACAGAGGAGAAAAUAAAGCUAGUUGUGGCUCAAGAUUAGGUUAAAGUGAAUAAAUGCAAUGUAUAGCAAUUAUAAAACUUCUAUUUCUAGAAUCUUUGUCUACCACUCCAGCCAAUAAACAAUGGUACAAAUGGAAAUGAGUUGCUAUAUACAAUGUCAAGUGUAACCAUUUUUCAGAUAUCAAAUAUUUUGGGGGGGGUGAUAACUGCCACUAUAAACCAAGGCUCGACAAAUCCCAAGUUGCCAUGGCAACUAGAAAUUUCACCCUGGCGCCUGAGAUUUCUUAACCCUUAAGCAAAGAAGAGCACGGAGAUGACCGGCUGGAGGCAACAAGUUGAGGCAGCGCAUGCGGAGCAGUAAUCUUUGCGCGCUGUUCAGUGUUGCCGGGAGCAAGAAUAUGUCACUGCGGUCCUGGCAUCACUGUAGGUAGCAGAGAGGAACUGCAGGAAGAUAAUCAAAUCAACCCCACUGGAUCCAAGGGAAAGAUCCACCCAGCUCUCCCAAAGGUAUGGAGGCUGGGUAGAUUUAAAUAAAAAUAUCAAUUUGUUUGUGUCUGUCAGAAAGUGUUUGUGUCUGUGAGUUUCUGAAAAGGCAGUGUUUACAUUAAAAAGCAUGCAGGGACAGGUUUCAGACAGCAGGACAAUUAUAUUGGGCUGUAGUGGCUCUGUUGAUUAUGUCUCUUUAAGAAUUGCAUUGAUCACGUUGAAAAUUAAACUUUGUUCGUUUAAAAAAAAAAAAAAGGCUCCUAGCAGUUUUAGCUAGCUCAUAGAUUACAAAUUUGUCAAGCCCUGCUUUGUUUUGUUGUAGUGACUUUAUAUUUUACCAUAUCUGCUGUCCUCCCCACUAUUUCCCCCUCCAUAAAAGUAAUUUGUGCUUGAUUCUUCUUAUGAAUUAACACCACACCCUAUCAGAUCUCACAAAAUCUGUAAACUGUCAUGUAGAAAUGUUGAUUGUGGUGGACCAUGUUACAGGCUUACCAGUGCUUCUACUUGUUGUUUGCAUUUUUAUUUUAGUCAAAUACUCUGCUUUGUGUUUAAAUACUCUGUUCUUUAAACAAAUACUCCAGCCUUUUAAAUAAAAGUACUUAAACAGUGGAGCCUUGAGUCUACGGGGCCCCUUUUUGUGCGAACUGUACCUCUAAUCCAAUGGCAAGAGGGUCCCUUGUUGCAGCUACACCCCUGCCAACAAAUCCACUGUACUGAUGAUCUUCUGACCAAUAGAAUCUUUAGCGUAUAGAAACAUUCACAGCACUAUACACACAAUGCUUCUCAUUAAUAAACUUGAAUUCAGUGCUUCUGGAGAAAGUUUUUUUUUUUUUUUUUUUCUCCCUAAAGCACAAAGUGAUCAAUAAAGGGGUACUACAAGUGCCAGCAAUACAAAAUCCUUUAUUUACUUACCUUAUCCCAGUUCCGAUGCUCCUCCUCAAUCCCGCAAUGAGUGGGUGCGAAUGUGCAUGCGCAGCAAAUAUUACGCACACAUAACACCUCCCCAUAGGAAAGCAUUGAAUCAAUGUCCUCAUGCAAAGCGUCUGUUACCAGACCAGAGAUCUGUUAUGAUGCAGCAAGCAGAAGACUGCCACUGGAGGCAGACUUAGAUCUGCAAUGUAAACAUUGCAUUUUCUAUGGGACUGCAAUGUUUUACCUUGCAGCACUAAGUGCAAUAGGAACACUGCACCCAGACCACCUCAGUGAGCUGAAGUGGUCUGGGUGCCUAUAGUGUCCCCUUAAGACAAGCAUGUCAAACUUAGUCUAGCACGGGCCACAUAAACAAGGUUUAAGUUUAUGUAGGUUUACUUUGAAAAGUACAGUAUAAAAAAAAAAAACACAGCACUCCCAUAUACUAAAUCCCAGUACCCCCCUCUAGCCAACAAGCAGACUCCACUCACUUUGUCGCUGCCAGUAUGCGACUCGGGAGUCCGGCCUCUGGUAUACCCCAAAUGGAGCCAUCCGCACCCUGUUCAAAGUCUGAUCAUUCUGCUACUUCUUGAAACCCUGUGAAGGUGGAGCACGUCGAUGUUGCGUGCCUCCAGGUACUUCACUGUGCUGUCGCAGCCAGUGCAACACUGACCAAUACACAGACACACUCGCUGACAGGCGCACACACACAUUUACACAUCCUUGCACACACAUCAUUUUCUUUAUUGCUCCCUACCUUUUGGGAGCUGACGUGGGGCCUCUCCCUGGGGUCCAGUGGGGAUCUUCUAUCUGCUCCCUUGCGCGGUUAAGUGAUGCCGGAAUAUGACGUCCUAUUCCGGUGCCCGGCUUCACUAGACGGCGCGCAUGAGGUAGCAGUGAGCCAUGGGUAUUCUAAACUUCCUCCUUGGCCUGGUAAGUUUUUGCAGAGUAGGCAAUGUGGGGAAAGCAGGUGCCUACUCUGCUAUAACACUAAGCAUGUACUCGCGGCUCCAUCAUGGCAUACCAUUUGCAAAUGUAGACAACCCAGUGUAUUCAAAAUGGGGUAUGUCCAGUCUUUUGUAGUAGCCACUUAGUCACGAACACUGGCCAAAUUAGCGUUUAGAUUUGGUUUUUGCAUUUUUUUUUUUUAAACAAAAACUGCACUUUCGAUGGUGAUAUCGUUGUGAUAAGUUUUACUGUGUUGAAACACUCGUGUUCAACAAAGUUUCCUGAGUAUUUACCCCCUACCUACCCCUCUCAACCUAAAAAAUAAUGAGGGGGGAAUAAAAUAACUAACCUGUAAAGAAAAAUUAAACUUUCCAUUCGACGUCUUCUUUUUUUCUAAAAUCUUCAUUUUUCAGCCCCCAAAAAGGCCAAAUAAAAAACCAUCAUACCCGUCGAACUGAAAAUAAAAUCUGAGCGCAAAAAAAAAAAAUCCUUCACCCAUGGAGGGCUCCACGCAGACUGAGCUCUGCAGGCGGGGAAAGGCUUAUAACGCCUUGUCCUGCUCUGCAAUUAAGCUAAGAACACUCUGACUGGUUUAAGCCAAUCAGAGUGCUCUAUCAUUUUACACAGCGUGGGGAAAUUCCAAAGAACUUUCCCACGCUGGGUAAAAUGAAACAGAGCACUCUGAUUGGAUGGCUUGAAAUCCAUCCAAUCACACUGCUCUGUGUCAUUUUACACAGCAUGGGAAAGUUCUUUGGAUUUUCCCCACGUUGUGUAAAAUGAGAGCUCUCUGGUUGAUUUAAACCAACCAAUCAGUGUUUAGUUAUUUUAUACAGCGUGGGAAAGUUCUUUGGAAUUUUCCCACGCUGUGUAAAAUGACUCCGCACUCUGGUUGGCUUAAACCAACCAAUCAUUGUGCUCUGAGCCUAAUUGCAGGGUGUGGUAAGGCUUUAUAAGCCUUGACCCGCCCUGCGGAGCUCAGUAUGUGGCAUGCCCUCGAAGGGUGAAGAUGGAUAUUUAGUUUUUUGUGGAGUUCGACAGGAUUUAUGGCUUUUUAUUUGGCCUUUUUUGGGGCUGAAGAAAGAUAUUAGAAAAAAGACAUCUAAUGGUAAGUUUAUAUAUUUUUUUUCUUUCUUUACAGGUAUUUAGCUUCAUUGUCCCCCCCUCACUAUUAUUAGGAUGAGGGGGUAGGUAGAGAUUUAUUUUAUUGGGGGUGACUAGGGGCUCAGGACCCCUAGUCACUGAAAAGGGGAUGGGGGGGAUUAUAAACUUGGCCCCCACCAGCUGCUCGGGGGGGGGGGGCGGAGGCAAUAGGUCUCCCCACCCCCUUACUGUUAAGGGCCCCCACCGCCAUUUAGGGGUGGGGGCCGGGGGGGGAGGACUCGGCACAGGUGGGGGUUAGGGGGACAAUUGUGUUGUUUGUUUUGGUUUUUUAAACCGUUUACUUGACAUGACCCUACUCGCGUUAUGGCGAGUAGGGGCAUAUUAUUUACUAAGUAAUCUUUACUUAGUAUUAGUAAAGUUGUCUGAAAGACCAAUUUAGGUCUCUUGGAAGAUAACUCCCUAAUACGUGGGAAUUAGGGAGUUAUCUACUAAGCGGCCACAAGAUGCAGCCGCGGCACGAAUUGGAGUUUCAUUCAUUUGAAUGAAAUUCCGAUACGCACAAAGUGCCGAAUUGAGUUCUAAAACAAACAAACAAACUGUUCUCAUUCAGUUAGAAAGCAAUUCGUCAGUUUCGUCUAAAAUGACAGGAAGCAUUGCGAGAUCACAGAGGAAAGGUAAGAAUUAUGGGUUCUGGUCUUUGCUGGUCAAGCGGAGGAAACCUCCAUAAGGCAGAGUCCCUACUUUGUCUUAUGAUUUUAAAGAAAACAAAAGAACAGAUCCUGAGAGAUGGGGAGAAGAGAAAGAGAUUGAGGAAAGGUAAGUUCGGCAUGACAGUGCCACUUUAAGUUAUAUUGCGUCUUUGUUUUUAUAGAACUAAAAAUGUAAAUAUAAAGGGACACUAUAGUCACCUGAACAACUAAAGCUUAAGGUAUUUGUUCUGGGGAGUAUAAUCAUUACCUUCAGGCAUUUUCAUGCAAACACUGCCUUUUCAGAGAAAAGGCAGUGUUUACGUUGCCCCACCUCCAGUGCCCACUUCUCAGGUGCCUACUGGAGGUGGGGGCAUGUGCAGCACUUCCGUUCAGCGUCUCCACACUUGGCAUGAAGACACUGAAUUUUCCUCAGAGAUGCAUUGAUUCAGUUGUCCCUGUCCUGCCUCCUUGUCGAUUUCAGCCAAUUCAAUGCUUUCACUAUGGGAUAGCAUUGGACUGGCCUAAAAUCAUAAAUUCUGAUGUCACUGGGGAGGUGAUAUUAUUUCAUAGUGGCUCUCAGGGGAGACCAGUAAGGACCCCAUAUGUCAUGUUCCUUGUUUUCUCAUUCUAUUGCUCUUUGUGGCUUAAUUUACCAGGAGCCUCCGAUACCGCUGUAUGUAAAAACUGUGGAAGGAAGGGGGAGUGGGAAUCUUGCACAUCCACAAUGAGAAGCUUCUUGAAGCUUAUCCUUUAGUCAAAAAAAACUCCCCACUUUCUCAUACAUAUAAUGGGCACCUUCAUCUUGAUCUGGCACUUCAGCUGCCAGGAGUCUGUCUGCACAGUACACUCCUGGAUUGAGACAGUGGGAUCCUCCAUAGGAAGUAUCAAGUGUAGCAACAAUACAGGUACAAAGUAUCCCUGUAUUGCCUACUAUUAAAUAGAUUUAUCUCCAGCGCUAUACACUGACAGACCAUAUAUAGAUAACAUUCUUAAAGUCAAUACAUGCCCACUGGUAAUAUAAAAAUGUUCUCACCACUAAAGUGUAAUGCGGAUUGAUUAAUAAUACACAUUUUUAAUAUGUGGGGUAAAAGCUUUUUGAUCCAAGAAGAGUUCCAUUCUUGUGUUGAGAAUUAAUUUUAUAUCUAGUUUGUUGCAAAAAUGGAAAUCAUUUAAUACUUUUUCUUUUUUUGCUUUAUUUUGCAUUAACUCAAAAAAAAAAAGAGACUUUUCAGCAUAUUUAACUAUGUGACCCUUCUCUUCUAACCCUACAGCAGCGAUUUACUGUCCAGUGUGCAAACAUCAAUGUUUCCAGAAAGAUAUUGUUGAAAAUUACUUCCUAAAGGAAUCUUCUUCCACUGGUCCAGUAGAAGAAACCAUUCAGGUAAGACAUUCUUCUCUUGUUAAUCUUCUUUAAUUAUCUGCUUAAUUUUGACAUAUGACUUUACUUUUGAGUUAUUCCUGACAUAUUUUGUAUACUAUGAUUGUCAGGGUUUUAUAUAUAUUUUAUUAUUUUUGUUUAUACUGCUUUCAAAUGUUUACUGGAUUUCACACUUUUUGGAUACUGCACACCUGAAGUCUUUGGUUUGUUAGUGGUAGUGGUUUUUAAUUAAAUUUUUUUUUGUUUACUGGAGUGAGGGAAUGAAUGAGAAAUAAACACUACUUGAGGCAUUUAGUCGGAUGAGAAUUUGGAUUGAGAUGUAUUAAAUGUUUACAUCCAUAUAUGUAGGACUUCCCAGCUAGGGAUGGUGUGGCUAGGGCUGCAUAACAAAAUGUUUUUGCUAAGCCUGGAAGGUGCAGGCAUUGUGUCCGGAGGGCUAAAAGAAACAAUUAGAGGACCACUCCACACUUCACAAAAAAAAAAGCCAUGGGGGGGGGGCGGAGCCGAUUGCCAAACCGCAUGGACGUGUGCUAGCUGAGCUCCUCAAUCUUGGAAAGCCAAUCCACUAUCAUCGGGCACUAAACCCUCAAAAUGGGACACCCUAAACGCUCUUUUGCUGGACAACACCCUGCUGGCAAGACCCCUGCGGGAACAACUGGGGCUCUGACUACAUUUUUCAGGGACACAGCCGAGCAUGCUCCCGACCUGGUAGGCCUCAACCAGGCCCCAGACUCGCCUCCGACCUGCUCAGCCCCACUGAGCCCAAUAGGAUCUGAGACCUCUUCUCACUCAAACCCAGAUAUCAGGGAGUUACUCAAAGCACUCCCCUCCAAACAAGACCUGGCCCACAUGCUACGCGGAUUAGAGGUCUCUUUCCAAACCAAACUAGACGCCAUAGGGGCAGACUUCAAGCAGGCGAAACAGUGUCCUCCCUAGAGGAAGAUAGGGACACGAUGCCUGCGCAGAUCAGAGCACUCCCAAGACACGGUGUCAGUGCAAAACAAUCAGGUCUCUAUAUCCUACAGCGCUCGCUGGACGACCUGGAUAAUAGAGGGCGGCGGAACAACCUAAGGGUGAAAGGCCUGCCAGAAACACAGAACAUCUCCCCACUAUACUGCAGGACCUCUUCAACCUUAUACUACGGCGCUCCACAGACACACCAAUAGCCUUUGACAGGGCCUUACGCUCACGGGGCUCGCCAUCUGAAAUUCCAAGAGAUGUGAUCUGUAGAUUACCCUACUAUGAAUGCAAGAAUAGCAUUAUGGAAGCCCUCCGCCGCUCCCAACAACCCCUCCUGUACCAUGAAGCUCCGAUCGCGAUAUACCCCAAUCUGUCAUGGAUGACCCUACAGGCUUGCAGAGUACUGAAACCCAUAACAGACCAGCUCCGGACUAGGAAUCUACGAUAUCGCUGGGGCUUCCCACUUUCGCUCAGUCACACAUAACGGGGCCUCACAUACCAUCUCGUCGAGCCAUUACGUACCGGUGUUCCUAAGAGAAUUGGGCCUACCUGAACUCCAGCUACCAGAUUGGUACGGCAUUGUUCAGCCGCCUAACACACCACGGCUGCCACAAAGGAACCACUGGCAACAAAUGCCCAAGAAACUGAGAACGGACCGGACGCCGAUACCACCUGAUGGGCCAACACAUACCUCAACCCACUACUAGAUGUAAGGACACUACGACAACGACACCAAGCAACCACUGGACUGCCACAGACUUCCACCACUCCCCUAGCCCUGACUUGAUUGCUGAAGACACCAUCCACGUAAGAGACUUACCUGUGCGAACCACGAAAGCCCACCAGAUAUGCUGCCACAGCUCUGAUGGAAGCGAAUGGAGAGAUCCUUAAGACAACACGACGACCCUGGGCGAAGAGAUCCCACAGCGGCUGGUCACGCAAGUAGUGCUACUACCAGGGACAUUGAACUUACCCCAGGCCUACCCAUGCCUACCAAUACAUGACCCCUCCCCCUCCCCCCACCGUUUACAUCCCAAGCUAAACCCCCCUCUAAACACAGAAACGUGCUGAUAAUUCAAGACCCGACCCGGGGGAUGUAGUGGAUACGACCAUAUCGUCUACUAAGCCCACUAUCCACUGCUUCCCACUCGUCAGACGUGGUGUCCCAAUCCCAAUGGGCGCCGAUACCAUAUUAAUGCUUGCCUAUGCGACUGUCUACCAGUCCCCCCUCUCCCUCCCUCAUCCAACCUACCUACCCCUUCCCCGGCCCGACAGGCCAUACCUAGAUAUGAGCCUCUUUUGGCAUACGCUGUACGAGCCUGCCAUGUGGGCAUCACCUCCCGGGAUGAUGUGUAAUUUUGUUCCGGGGGUGCUGCUCCCAAUGUUAUCAAAAUGUAAUGUGGGUUAUGCGAAGUAUGUACUAUGUGAUAUGUUAUGGGAAGGUACACCUUGAUCUGACGAGAUACGGGCCGGUAGGGGAUAAGAGUACCGACCUCUCGCGCUCUGUUCUCUGAGAUAAAAUAUGCAUAUGGUAACCAGCCUUUUCAAACUGUACUGUGAAAUGUUUCAAUAGUUUCAGAGACAUGCUCCCGGUACUUCCAUUCCCUCCCCCCCUUCAUACCCACGAACAAUGACACGAGUAAUGACUAAGAAAAAAACACUGUUCUCUAGACCCCAGGUAGCGUGGUGCAUACAACCCUAGACAAGGGCUCCCUAGUGGCCCUACACGGCACGUUAGCAACACUACAGGGACCGCUCGUAGAAUGUCUCCCUCAUCCCUUGCCCUCGCUUCCCCUCCUCCCUGCCUACCCCCCCCCCCAAUUCCUAGAUAUUCCUUAGCAAACGCACAAAAAAAACCCCCAUAAAAUAUUAAAACCACAUCCCCAGAAAUAUUACCGUAUAGUGCACAACGGACCAUACCUGGGCUCCAGGAGAAACCCACUCUCAGCAUUCUAAAAUAGACUGCACUGAAGCCUACAGCGCCCUCCCCCGCCUCCUUGCACAACUCCAAGUGGCCCAUAAACAGCUCACCUAGACACCUCUGGGCUGUGGCGUUUAGGGACACCACACCGACCUGCCUGCCCUUUAUUAAAGGGCUCAGAUAAUCCGACUCGCAACUAUGCCUUUAGAGGGUAACAGUAUUGCGCCACCUAUGGCGAACUAUAUGAAGUUAGAGCCUAGUACUGAAUGGACAUACACUCUACCUCACUGGGUACAUGGGGCACACCCACUCAUGCUCAUCCACUGACGAAAAACAGAUGCACCACUGACAUACUCCCCCACUCCCCUUUACUCAUCUCCCACAGCCAAACACCAGCAUCCCCCAUCCACACACAUCUGACACACAACACUGAACAACAGUACUGCAGGACAUCACUAGCACUGUGCCACUAGAUUAUGGGGCCUCCACCAGAGACCCCCCCACAAUAUCGGGUACAGAAUAGAGGCAAUGAUGGAUGCCACUUAACUGAACAUCCCUGGUUCGGAAACCUCAGACACACGCACAGCCAUACAAACUCGGACUCGAACAUGUGCCCUUUACGUACUCCUCGCAUAAAUCAGAUGACUCCGGGAGACUGCUUAUGGUCAAAGGCCAAAAUGGCCAAAACGCAGUCACACUGGUAAACACCUACUACCAAAUAGACGCCAAUGCAAAGUGUUCAAAUCCCAGCUCAAAGCCAUAGAACAAUUCACGGAGGGUAUUCUAAUCCUGGGUGGGGACUUUAACCUUUCCCUGGACUCACGAAUGGACACAACGUCACACACCACAGAAUACCAAACCUCUGCGCGCACACGGAUGGCCAAGCUCCUAGAUACUGCACAACUAUACGACUGUUGGCGUACCACACACCCAACGACUUUUCAUUCUACUCAUCCACCACACACUCUAGACUGGACAUGCUCUUCCUCCCACACAGGUUCCUCCACUUAAUACAAUCAACCAACUACAGUUCGAUCACAUGGUCAGACCAUGCACCCCUGUCCCUAGCCCUACACAUACCCACCAUCCCGCAAAAGUCAUUCCAAUGGAAACUCAACGACCUUCUUCUCAAUAACAAGGAAAUAGUCUCACAGUUAGACGACUCUAUAAACAAUUACUUCACUAUCAACACUACUCCCUCCUCACCUCCGCCCAUCACAUGGGAGGCACAUAAAUGCGUGCGAAGAGGAGAGAAAAUAGCCCUGGCAGCGAGACACAAAAAUAUCAGAGGGCCAAAAUUGGUACCCUUAAGGAAGAAAUACGGACACUAGAAACCCUACAUAAAUCAGAUACACGCCUGAGCACCUACACGGCCAAACGGGCAGCACUACAGGACAUACUAAAUGCCAAAACUAAACGCACAAUCAUGUUAACGAAGCACUCAUACUAUGCCCACGGAAGCAAAUGUGGCCGCCUGUUAGCAAACUCCCUUAAACAACAAAGACAGUCGACAUUCAUCUCCAAAAUCAAAACCCCCUCGGGAGCUAUGUCACAAACUUCCAGACAUACUGACAGCCUUCCACGACUUUUACACCAAGCUCUACAACCUGAGACGCCCCUCCCCCACUCAAAGACAUUGAACGUUUCCUGUCCAAUAGGGUCCACCAGACUAUACCCGCAAACGCCCUUCCAUCACUGUAAGAACCAAUAUCUCCUGACAAAGUUGCCUUAGCUAUACAGCACCUCAAACUGGGGAAAAGCCCGGGACCCGAUGGCUUUACGGCCAAAUACUACAAAACGUUUGCAACCUCUUUAUCCGAACCCUUCGCCCAGGCAUUUAACUCCCUCGCCCACUCAACUGCCCUCCCUACGGCAUCUCUGGAGGCCCACAUAGCCCUUAUACCCAAACCCGGUAAAGAUCCAACCAACUGCAGUAGCUAUCGCCCAAUCUCCCUAAUAAAUCUAGACGUGAAAUUGUUCAUGAAAAUACUGGCCACCCGCUUGAAACCACUGCUACAAACCUUGAUACACCACGACCAAGCGGGCUUCGUCCCUUGAUACACAACAAAAAUUUUAAGUCUAAUAUACCUGGCAAAGCACCAGCAGACCGAAAGCCUCCUACUCUCAAUUGAUGCGGAAAAAGCAUUCGACAGGGUGGUCUGGUCAUUAUUGAAGGCUACCCUACGUCAAUUGGGAUUCGGACCCCGGUGGUUGGAGUGGAUGGAGGCCAUCUACUCUACUCCCACGGCCCGACUGAGAGUCAACGGAUAGCUCUCAGAAUCCGUACACAUUCGAAACGGCACGAGACAGGGCUGCCCUCUUUCCCCCCUUCUCUUUAUUUUCGUACUAGAACCCUUCUUAAACGGAAUCAGGAACAACCCAGAUAUCAGGGGCCUCCAAAUACAAAACACAGAGUACAAAAUCUCAGUGUUCGCUGACGAUUUACUCUUCACCGUACAAACACCUGCCACCUCAUUACCCUCCCCCCCCCUCUUGAAGAAAUAAUCCUGUACAAUAAACUCUCCAAUUUUCAAGUCAAUUUCUCAAAAAGCGAAAUAUUACCACUCCAAGUUACCCCCCCUCCCCCCCUCAAGCACAUAUCUGCAAGCCACAUUCCCAUUCAAAUGGGCAGAUAAAUUCAUUACGUACCUGGGAAUUCGCCUAUCGGCGGACCCAUCCUCCUCAUACGCCCUGAAUUAUGACCCACUGUACCAAGCCAUCGCAAAUGACCUACAUGCUUGGCAUAAACCGCAGUUCUCUUGGCUCUGUAGAAUCAAUAUCCUUAAAAUGAACUCCCUCCCCAAGAUACUCUACCUCUUCCAAACCCUGCCCAUCGCUAUACCCAAGUCCUUCUUCAACAAGCUCAGGCAACUUUUCACUACCUAUAUCUGGGUACAGAAACAACCUAGAAUCCCAUAUGAGGUUCUAACCAGACACAUCCUGCGGAGGACUGGGCCUCUCACACAUAGAACGAUACUACAAGGCAGUCAUUCUUACCAGGAUAUACGAUUGGACCGAACACCCAUCGACGCGACAAUGGGUAGCCCUCGAAAACGCGGUAAGCCUAGUACCUCUCUUUACGCUCCCAUGGCAGAGAAGUGCUCCCUCAAAACUACUCUCAUGCUGCGAUGCCCAUCCCACCAUCUCCCCCACACUUAGGACGUGGACAAACAUGUGAGAGGCUUGGAAUACUUGCCCCCCACCCAUCCCCCCUUUUUUCCAUCACGUACAACCCACUCUUCCCCCCAGGAAUGCAACCAGGGGCAUAUCAACGAUACAACAACAUGCUUGACACACCUUACCUGACGCUAGGCUCAGUGGUCGAAAGGGACUCAAUACGGAUACUGGUAAGUCUGGUGGGCCCCGAGGUCCCGCACACACUACAAGCGUUUCGCUACGCACAGCUGAAUCAUUUUCUAAGAGCCAACGCAACCUUACUCAAGGGCCCCCGCACACUAUCCGAUUUCGAAACACAAUGCCUAACCCGUAACGGUAAAACGAAACAACUAUCAACCUUCUACAAAACCUUGCAGGCAGACCAUGGCACCCAACUACCCCCCUUCAGAUACCUGGUCAACAGACCUGAAUAUACAGAUCACGAUGGUGGACUGCCCUAUCACAAAUACACAAGGCAUCCAUAUGCACUAAGACACAAGAAGGGGGUUACAAGAGAAUAUCCAGGUGGCACUAUUCCCCGGCCAAAAUUCACAAUAUCUUCCCGGGCACACCAGAUGUCUGCUGGAAAUGUUCCCAACCAAAGGCGUCCCUUGCUCACAUCUGGUGGCACUGCCCGCUCACGCAAAAGUACUGGACUAACAUUGUCAAAAUGAUAAAUACGGUAACGGGGUCCCAACUACAGCAUACCCCACACACGCUGUUCCUAAUCCUACCUACCUCAACCCCCAAAACACAGAAAGCCCUCCUGACACAUCUCCUGACUGCAGCCAAUUUGCUCAUCCCGGCAAAAUGGAAAAAUACUAAACUCCCCACAAUCAGGGAAUGGGUAACCAAAAUAGUCAAUCAAAACCAUGGAAGAGAUCCAUGCCUUCAUCUCUCACAGACACUUUUCGUGGGACCCAUGGGUGAGAUUCUUAGCUGAGGAUUCUGUGUGAUUCCCUAAAGUUCACACCCUCUCAUACGAGGUUUCCACACUGAAAAGGCCCCCUGGAACAUGAGUAAGCAACGAUAUCUAAGCACACAACCACCCGUAAUGAUCAGGCUAUACGGCCCACAUCACCACACAGACCACUGGACACUCUCCAACACAGCUGCAUGCUACAUAUACCGACACGGGACUGACGCCCCGGUUGAUCAUCGCGGGGCCAGAAAUGACACAUACGCAAACGGGUAGAUAGGGGAGGACAACUCGCAACACCAAACCACUUAACACUAUACUGCUUAAAAAUCACAGCGAAAAUCAAGAACACCCUAUCUGAGUAAACGACAGGGCCAAGUUAAAAAUAAGGUCCGGUCGUGGUCUAUACCGUGGUGCGGGUCUCAAUUUGUUGUUUCAACUUCUAGAGCCAUGUUAACAAAUGUAUGUUUCCUGCAAAGUCCUACCUACUCAAUACUGUAUAUAUUCUAAAUUGUACCUAUCUGAAAAUUUAUUAUACUAACAAAAUGUCAGUUGUCAUCCUUGAUGUAAAUGUGUACAUCCCUCUCUUCCCUUUUUCCCUUAUGUACCCCCUUUUGACUUGAUUGUGACCAUUCUUGGAAACCCAAUAAAAGCGUUAUAAAAAAAAAUCCUACAGUUUAGUAGGUAUACCCCUAAUGAAUGCAUGCGUAUUCGUUGGAAGUAUAGUCCAAAAAUGCUUACAAAAGUUAUAGUUCUCAUGACUGCAGUCUUUGUAAACCUUCCCCUUUUUUCCGGAAGAGACUGACUUGGUCUCCUCGUGCACGUGCUCCAGAUCGUUUUUGUGUGUUUGUGUUCAAAUACUCUGUUCUUUACACUUCAAACAAAUACUCCAGCCUUUUAACACUUUCCUAUUGGUAUAUGUAGGAACACUACUCCGUAGUGAGUGCAGAGGUUGUCAUAGAACUCUUACUAGUUAGGCUAUUGUGAGGUCCCAUUCCUUUCUUUUAUGUCCAGCCUCGGUAUUUAAUAUUUUCCCUGGAGAGUUAAUGCUUUUAGAAGUAUUUGGCAUAAAUGCAUAUAUUGGAUCUGCUUUGUCCAUCUUUUUUACUCUCGGUAUUUAGGUAUGUUCACUACUUAAAGUGAGCCUCCCUUAUCAAGGCUUUUAUUGACCUAUCUGUUUAACCCCAUGGUCAAUAUACCCCUGUACAUCUUUAUUCCACACUUCUUAGUGGACCUGUCUUUCUAGCUAUUUAAAUUUGUGUGCAGUGUAUUGGUUUAUUCCAAACACAUAAGUAGUCUUAAUAUGCAAAUCCAAAUAUUUGCUCUUUUUUUAGAAUUUGCUCUUCUUUUACUUUGGUUUUUGUGAACAUUGAUAGAAUACCCGUUUGCUUUGUAUGUCUGCAUUCUGAAUAUUUAACAGAAUACUCCAGACAUUUAAUUUGCACAAGUUUAAUACUAUGUUGAAUUUCCUUUGUAGGCUUGCAAAACACAGAUUUUCCAUGUCUGUAUUGUUAUAUAUUUGUAAAUACCAUUAGCUAUAUUAAACUGUCUACAUUUGCUUUAGACAGGUUGUCCUGUACUGUACAUUUUUACUAUAUAAAUGUGACGUUAUUCACUAUAGUGAGCUGGAGUAAUGGCAUUGCUUCUUUAAAUACUUGAACCAGAGUUUUUUUGUUUUUUUUAUUAUUAUUUUUUUGUUUGUUUCUUUGUUUUUUAAUGUAGACUUUUUUGUGUUUUUGUUUAGAGAUGCACUAGCUGUGAGGACAAUGCAGUGGCUAAUAGUUACUGCAUUGAGUGCACAGAGUGGCUCUGUGAGACCUGUGUCGAGGCUCAUCAACGAGUGAAAUAUACAAAAGAUCACACAGUCAAAGUUACAGGUAAUUUCUAAAAUAACCAGAUUUGUCCCAUCUUAAACUGUCGUGUUUUCCGUUAGCAAUUUAAAAGCUCUAGACUUUAACCCCUUAAGACCGGAGGGCGUACUAUUAUGCCCUAUUCUAAGCGGCUCUAAACGCCGCCGGGCGUAAUAGUACGCCCUCAGGUCUUUUCCUACUUACCCGGUCGCCUGCGAUCGCGGUUGGGGGGACUCCCAGGGAGCCCCCCGCGGCACGUCCGACCCCCUGGAAGCCCCCCGGCCAUGUGAGAGUGAGGUCCUUGCGAGGACCCCACAAUCACAUGGCCGGGGGUAGCUGGCUGCAGCAUUGCCAGCAGGGGGACUGCUUGUAAUGACAGGUGGUCCCCCUGCUGGCUGGAAAUAAAAUCAAAUUAAAAAGUGUAAAAAAAUAUAUACUUUUAUUUAUAUAUAUAUAUAUAUAUAUAUAUAUAUGUAUGUGUGUAUAUAUGUGUGUAUGUGUGUAUAUAUGUGUGUGUGUGUGUGUGUGUGUGUGUAUAUAUAUAUAUAUAUAUAUAUAUAUAUAUAUAUAUAUAUAUAUAUAUAUAUAUAUAUAUACACACACACACACACACACGUACACUGUCUAGGUGUAUUUUACUAUUAAUAUAUAUAUAUAUAUAUAUUCAAAUUACACGUAGACUGAUACUGAUUAAAUAUAAUUAUUUAUAUAUAUAUAAUUAUUGUUAUAUAUAUAUAUAUAUAAUAUAAAAAAAUGUAAAUACGUUAAAUAAAAUAAAAAAAUUAAAAAUAAAUAAUUAAAUAUAUAGAUGUGUAAUUUCGUUCUAACUGUAUUGUGAAAUUAAUAUAUAUCAAAAUACACAUAGAACAAAAUAUAUAUCUAUAUACAUAAAUAUAUACGUAUAUAUCACUAUAUAUAACUAAAAAUAUUUUUAAAAAAUUAUAUAUAUAUAUAUAUGUAUAUAUACGUAUAUGUAUAUAUACGUAUAUUCUACAUAUAUAUUUCUGUAAUAUUUUUACAUAAUUAGGUAUCUUAAUUAAUUACAAUUAGCGGGUCCUGCCUAACAACCCAUGCCAAAAGUAAAGGGAAUUUAAUUUGCUAGCACUAUAUUUAACCCUAUAACUUUCCAAGACACCAUAAAACCUGUACAUGUAUUGUUCUACUCGGGAGACUUCGCUGAACACAAAUAUUAGUGUUUCAAAACAGUAAAAUGUAUUACAACGAUGAUAUCGCCAGUAAAAGUGAUGUUUUUUGCAUUUUUCAUGCACAAACAGCACUUACACGGACGAUAUUAUUGCUGUGAUACUUUUUACUGUUUUGAAAACACAAAUAUUUGUGUUCAGCGAAGUCUCCCGAGUACAACAGUACCCCUCAUGUACAGGUUUUAUGGUGUUUUCAAAAGUUACAGCGUCAAAUAUAAGGCUUGCGUUUCAUUUUUUUCACAUUAAAAUUCGCCAGAUUGGUUAGGUUGCCUUUGAGACCCUAUGGUAGCCCAAGAUUGAAAAUUACCCCUAUGAUGGCAUACCAUUUGCAAUAGUAGACAACCCAAGGUAUUGCAAACUGGGUAUGUCCAGUCUUUUUUAGUAGCCACUUAGUCACAAACACUGGCCAAAAUUGGCGUUUUUUGCAUUUUUCACACACAAACAAAUACUAACGCUAACUUUGGCCAGUGUUUGUGACCAAAUGGCUACUAACAAAGACUGGACAUACCCCAUUUGCAAUACCUUGGGUUGUCUACUAUUGCAAAUGGUAUGCCAUUAUGGGUGUAAAUUUCAUUCCCGGGCUACUAUACAGUCUCAAAGGCAACGUAACCAAUCUGGCGAAUUUCAAUUUCAAAUGUAACGUGCUAUAUUUGACCCUGUAACUUCCCAAAACGCCAUAAAACCUGUACAUAGGGGGUACUGUCUUACACGUGAGACUUUACUGAAUACAAAUAUGUGUAUUUUAUUGCAGUAAAAGCAAACAGUAUUAUGACAUUGACCGUUAAAAUGUCAUGUAGAACUAAAAAAAUAAAAAUAAAAAUCGUAUUUUCUCCCAUUUUUUUAUAUUAAAUUAUGUUUCAUAGCUAAAUAUUUGAUAUUAAAUGAAAGCCCUGUUUCCCCUGAAUAAAAUUAUAUAUAAUAAGGGUGGGUGCAUUUACUAUGAAAGAGGUGAAUUACGGUUGGACAGACAUGUAGCGCAAAUGCCAGGUUUUGUUUACAUUUUGUUUUGUUCACAACGUGUACAUUUGGCUCCGUCCUUAAGGGGUUAAGGUUGGCAAGAAUUUACAGUUAUGCAUCAUCAAAAAAACUGCUAUGAUGAUCUGCUUCCACUCUUUUAGAGCUACAGCAUAUUGGACUGGAUUUAAAAAAAAAUAGGUCUGCCAUAUAUUAAUCAGAUGGUUUCAAUUGGUAAACAAAAGUAAUAUUUUUAUGAUUUAAAUAUAUUUCCAGCGUGCAUUAGGGAAGGAUUAAGGUUGAGAACCAGAGUAUUUAUCACUUAAGUAUUCAGAUCUUUAUUACAUGGCGUAGUCUGUAUCAAAAUAGGUUUUAUGAAACUUUGUGGUCUGCUACAUAUUGCAUCAAAGAAUUCACACUUAUUUGCGGACACCCUGUCUUUUUAUUCCGGAGCGGGGGAGGGGGGUAAAAUCAUGUUUGCAUUAGUUUAAUAAAAAGCGUGGGGAGGUUUCUUAGUCACACUCUGAAAUAAAUUAACACAUGAAGAAGCUGUCGUCGAGCUAAUUUUCAGUGUGCUCAUCCCCAUUACUGAAAAUUAUAAGAUUUGUUUAUUUCUACAUAGGUGGAUCGAAAAAGGAGCCUGAGCACGCGGUGUACUGCCCAGUACAUAAACAUGAACCGCUUAUGCUCUUCUGUGAUACAUGUGACACACUGACUUGUCGUGAUUGCCAACUACAGGGACACAAGGAUCAUCAGUAAUAUUUAUUUUUGACUCUUGCAUGUUAGUCAAUGUACUUGUUUGUUUUUAUCAUGUUUACUACAUACAUGUACAUGACUAAUAUUUCAGGUAUCAGUUUUUGGAGGAUGCGGUUAAAAAUCAGAGAAAGAUCCUGUCUGCACUGGUUAAAAGGCUCAGCGAAAAACACACAACUCUACAAAAAUCAACUAAGGAUGUCCGAACUUCGUAAGUCUCGGCAUCUCCAAUGAUGUCAAGCAUUUAUUUUUGUGUAUUUAUUUUUUCUUUUAUUCCAACACAAUAAUCCGUUUUCUGGUUGAUUUGUAUACAGUACUCUAUUGUUAUAUGCUCUGGCAAUUGCUUUAAACAGUCUUACACAGUGUGAAGAAAAACUGAAACACAGACCACUGGCAGCUCUUCCUACUAUUUAAUUCUGAAUUAUUAUAUAGCUGGAAGCAAACAUUGCUUUUAUUUGCAGAUAAACAAAUCUUUUUGUAGAAAUUAUGAAAGAUGGCUCAUUCUGCAUCAUCUCCCCCACCUUUUGCUUAGUGGUCCAGGUUUUGUGCUUAUUUACACCAGGUUAUCUGUUUGUCUUGGUCUUAGAAACUUGAUAUUUUGGAAUACAAAAACUACCUUGAAGGGACACUCCACUGUCCAAAUACAAAAUAAUAAAACACUAUUUAGUAACUACACCCUCAAUGAAAAUGUGCAUUAAUUUAAUUAUGCACUUUUUGGUAUAAUUGCAUAUUUUUAUAUAAAAAUGUGUGAUUCGGUUAAUUUCUGAUCAGAGUGAGCAGCAAUAAAGACAUGGUAUCUUAUUUUGGAAAAGAGAACAGUGGGAUUUCUAGUGCUUUUGAUAGAAGUGUGGCAGCUUGAGCUUCCCAAACCAAAGUUUUUUUUCUAUCUGGCUCUAGGUAAACACUAUGAAACAGAGAAGGUGCAUGGAAGCAACACUUUCAGAAUAUCUUCAAAUCUAAGUUGAAACAGUGUAAAGCAAUAUGGAAGAUAAGAGCAUAAAAAAACGGAUUAUUGGAGUUACUGGUCAGUGUAAAUUAGAGAAAUAACACUUACAAAUUUCUGGGGCCUUUGAACAGCUCUAGAUGUAUGCACCUGGACAGUACAAUCCCUUCCUGUGGAUAUGCUGGUGGACCUGGUCCUUUGUUAGAUGUUCCAAGGCCAGUCGAUAACUUGUGGUAAUAAGCAUUUGUGAGUGUUCUUCUCCAGUACGCAUUAUUGUAGCAGUAAAAUGACUCCAGUAUAUGGAAUGAAAAUAAAACGGAAGAUAGUGCUCUUUGUAUUCAUAAAAUAAAGAUAGGAGGAUACUCACAAAAGCAUAGGUUGUAUCUGCCCCCCCAAGGAAAUCAAAGUACAACUUUUCCAUAUAAAAUCUUCAAGGAUGAAGUCGGUAAUUUUGAUUUACAAAAAGCUAGUUUUAUUGUAAACCUAAAUUAAAAGCAAUAUACAGGAUACAACUCUGAUAAAACACUACCGUAGAAAUAAGGCCUUUUCAAAGGUUGAGUGCAUAUAUCUGGAGCUGAUUAGACUCCAGAAAUGUGUAAGUGUUACUAUUUAUACUACGCUAUAUUCAGUUCUUUUAUCCCCUUAUCCUCCAUACUGCUUCACGCUGCUCCAACUUGGAUUUGAGGAUAUUCUGAAGGCGUUGCUUCCAUGCACCACCUCUGUUACAUGACAUCUUAUGUGUUUGUUAUUGUUUAUAUUUAUAAAGCGAAAACUGCACUGCUACAUCAUUUUCUUAUUCUAGAAUUCGUCAGGUUAUCGAUGUGCAGAAAAAGUUACAAGUAGAUGUCAAGAUGGCAAUCUUGCAAAUAAUGAAGGAACUCAACAAACGUGGUAAACUGUUGGUGAAUGAUAUGCAGGUAAGUUUGUGCAUCCAAUUAAAGACUACAUCAUUUACUUUAAUAGGACACUAGUGCUAAUUUAAUGUGCUAAUUUAAUGUGAUCGGUUUUGGCAUCACUAAUAUUCUGUUUUUUGUUUUUUUUCUCAAUGUUAAAACUUUAUAGAUUUACAUAAAAUAAAUGAAAGUUUUGCAGGAUGCUGCACCAUAAGUCUGACUUUUUAGCCACCUUCCCUCACUUAAGAAAGACUUAACCUUAUUAAAAGUAUGCACACAGCUCAGCCACUGACUGCACUGUGGGAUUUAAACUACAUAGCCGCCUGCAUUAGGAGAGGAUACCCAAGGAGGCAUAUUGUCAGUGCUGUUUGGGCCGAGACUGUGUGCAUAUUUUUGAUAGGCAAGUCUUUCUAACAUGAGGAGUAUGGUUAAGAAGACUGGCUUAUGGUGCAGUAUUCUGCAAAACCCUUUUUAUUUUUGUGUGCAAAAACUAUAAAGAUGUGAUCAUGCAACAAAUACAGCAUAUUAAAAGAACUAUAUAGUCACCUAAAUUACUUUAGCUAAAUAAAGCAGUUUUAGUGUAUCGAUCAUUCCCCUGCAAAUUCACUGUCACCUCCCCUGGCUAUGAUUGACAGAGCCUGCAUGGGGAAAAAAAAUGGCUUCACUUUCAAACAGAUGUAAUGUACCUUAAAUAAUUGUAUCUCAAUCUCUAAAUUGAACUUUAAUCACAUACAGGAGGCUCUUGCAGGGUCUGGCAAGCUAUUAACAUAGCAGAGGAUAAGAAAAUCUUAAUUAAACAGAACUUGCAAUAAAGAAAGCCUAAAUAGGGCUCUCUUUACAGGAAGUGUUUAUGGAAGGCUGUGCAAGUCAAUGCAGGGAGGUGUGACAAGGGUUCAUAAGCAAAGGGAUUUAACUCCUAAAUGGCAGAGGAUUGAGCAGUGAGGCUGCAGGGGCAUGUUCUAUACACCAAACCUGCUUUAUUAAGCUAAAGUUGUUCAUAGUGUCCCAAAAUCGAUCAAACGCAUCCAAGUUUGUAUUGGUACUUGAAGUGACCCUUAAAAAAAAAAAAAAGGAAUAUCAGUAGUUUGCUUGCUUAAUCUCUGUGCCUGGACCUUACAACCUGAUCUUCAGUCUGUCCCCAAAAGCUGGAACAGGUUCAUCUUGUUUGUUCAAGCAAUUUAUAAAUCUUGCUUUCAGUAGUAAUGCAUUGGCAGAGUUUCAGUAAAAGUCGCAUGAGUUGUGGUGGUAUGUUGCUACAAAUCCUUCCUUCACAGUGAAGAGGCUCUACCAUUCAAAAGCUUCUCAUUCAUGUCUGUAUGGUAUCCUCUUCUCUAUUUAGAAAUUAAAUAGCUUCUCCUCUUGUGCAGAUACAAUCUCCUCACUUUGCACAAACGUUGGAAUGUGAUUUAUACAGCAAAUAAGGUUAAAACCUUCCUUUGCUGUUUUCUGCUCCUGAUUUUACAGCUGCAACUUUAAUUUUUUUUUACACAGAUCAGUGCAAUCUUGAUCCACUGAGCUAUUAGGAAGGGUACAAGUUACAUUCUCCUAUCAUUCUAACUUUUGCAAUCAAUUUAUGGUGCAGAGACAAACAAAAACACUUACACAAUAAAUGCAAUAUUAUACCAGAAUGGAGCUGCCAAGGCUUUAUUCCACUCUGUUUCUAUGUAUUUGCUCUAAUUUGGUUUAUAAAAUUUUGUUAGUGAGUUACUUACACUAGUAGUCUUUCUUUGGUAGAAAGUCACAGAAGGGCAUCAGGAAAAGUUAGAAAAACAGCACUGGGCCAUGACAAAACUGCAGAAACACCAAGAGCACAUCCUUCGAUUUGCCACAUGGGCCUUGGAAAGCGACAAUAAUACAGCAUUGUUGCUGUCAAAGAAACUGGUAUGUUUUACAAUUAUAUUUUUUUUAUUCUCCUUUUAGGAAAAAACUUUCUUUUACGUUGUUCACAUUUCUGUAUACCAUAAAACGUCUUUGUUUCUUCUAUAGAUUUAUUUUCAACUCCACCGUGCUUUGAAAGUUAUUGUAGACCCUGUUGAGCCUUUAGGGGAUCUAAAGUUUCAGUGGGAUUCCGAAACCUGGACAAAACAUGCAGAGUUCUUUGGUAAGAAUUGUGGAGGAUUUGUGGUUUCAAAUUUUAUUGUACAGAAGCAACAGAACGUACAAAAUGCUGGCCACAUCUCCUGUGGCGCAUAACGAGUUACUAUACCAAAUGUGUGUGUGGGUUACUUUUAUUUUAGCUGUCUGUAGCCCCUUUGCCGUGUUUUUAGAUCUGCCUCCUCUUCCAUCAUGAGGCCACUGGUCAAUUGUCAAAUGUAAUGCUCCUCAUUUUUCAGGUGUGAAAUGUGGCCGUUGAAUUAUGCAGCACACCCUCUAGGGUGUGCCCUCAACACAUUACAUAAUUUUUGGUUCAUUUGUUUCCAAAAUGCUAUCGAAAUCAGCAGCAUAGGACUGCUAAUGUCACAGUAUGUUUGGUUAUUAGGUUUUAGCUUUUCAGUGCAGAUCUUAGAGGCUUGGCUCGAAUUUCACUUUCAAACAAAACAUUAUUUUGGGGAUAGCAGAAGAUCAUAUUUAAGGCACAAUAACUUUAACAGUGCCUACAGUGUUCCUUAAAGUGGACACUACAAUCAUGACCAUUUCAGUGAGUUCUAGUUGUCGUGGUGACUGGAGUCCGUAUGUGCAGCAUUUCACUAUGAAAACCUGCACAUACAGAGUUUAAGCCUUCUGCUGACAGAGGUGUAACUCUACUGGGGCGUCAUAAGCAAGCCCAGAACAAGAGUUCAUGAUGGCCAAUGUAAAUCCUGUGUAAAUCUGGCAACGGGAUGAACCACCAAAGCAAGGGUUAACCAAAACCAGUGUUGAGAGAACUUUUUUUUUUGUGUGUGUGACAUUUUUUUAUGUCGUGUAGAGAGUGAUACACAUAUUUGCAGGGACAUGUCAACAUAAAUACAAUACAUAAAUACAUAUGCCAAGAAAAAUGUUUGCGAAGACAUGACGUUGAGUACUGCACUUUUUUUUAGAAAUUAAAUAACAUGAAACAGAUGAGAAAAAAAACAAAACGAACACCGAGCUAUGUUGGUGAAACUGUGAGAGACAUGCUAAAGCAUAGUACUGUAGAAAUUGUCACGGUAUAAAUAAAAACCACUGUGAUUUAAAUACAAAAGGGAAAUUGUUUGCACACCCGGAACAUGCAUUUCUCCGCAAUGAUGCUCACUUAUAUAAGACUGUAAUGAAGGUUCAUUUUCAGCUUUUUACAUUAUUAGCAUCUGCUGAGUUAGGACUGCAGUUUUAUCAGAUGAAAAAAAAAUUCAUAUUUUUGUCAUGGCUUAAACUUUACCUUAUAAGCCUUCAGUAUUGUAGUACUGUGCCGUUCUUGAUGUAUGUACUUUGUUUUGAAAUGUAUUAUUUAUUUUUUAUUUUUUUUAAGGCAAAAUUGUAUCGGAUAAAACAGGUGUUCUGCAACCUGGUUCUGGUGGAUCACUCUCUGGUUUAGGUGUAAAUUCAACAUCACAGGUGUUGACGCCACUAACCAACUUUAGCCCAAUGGUGCAGAAUAGGUCACGUCCCAGUGCGUCUCAGAAUCAAGCUACGGCAGCACGAACUGGCCCUGGCAACUUUAUCCAGCCCAUGCAGGUGCGAUUGUUUGGCUUUUUUCAAACUAGGUUUUUUGUUUUUGUUCUUUUGCAUUUGUACAGGUAAACAUGUAACAAUUGCUCAGGCAGUUUUAUAGUAACUGCACCUGAAUACAGUACGUUUAAGGUACUAAAAUUAUACACACAGAUGCUUUUAAUGGAACCCUCAAGGCACCGCAACAACUUAAUUGAAAUGAAGUUAUGGUGCAACAAGGUCCCAGUCACUGGCUUACCUGCAGGGGUUAAAAUGUUUACUUGCUUUAACCACAAAGUAGACAUCCACUAAAGGUGAAGUUAACACAUAAAACUAAAUGUUGCCAUUAAUAAUAACGUCAAUAAUAACCUUUGCUGGGUUAAGGGACAUGGGAAUAUGCACCAGACUACUUAAAGGGACACUCCAGGCACCCAGACAACUUCUGCCCAUUGGAGUGGUCUGGGUGCCAACUCCCACUACCCUUAACCCUGCAACUGUUAAUAUUGCAGUUUUCAUAAACUGUAAUAUUUACUUUGCAGGGUUAACUCCUCCUCUAGUGGCUGUCUAGUAGACAGCCACUAGAGGGCACUUCCGGGUUUAUAGCACACAUUGCUAUAGCGUCGCUGGACAUCCUCACGCUAUGUGAGGACCUCCAGCGUUGCUGAAAUCCCCAUAGGAAACCAUUGAAAGCAUUUUUCAGUGCUUUCCUAUGGGGAGGUCUAACGUAUUAGGUCUGCCCCCGCCGGCGGUCACGCAUGCGCAAUAGGUCUCCCCUGCCGGAUGAUGGCGGGGAGGAGCGUGGGCGGACCCUGAACCAGCACCAAGGGACAUCGGCGCUGGAUACAGGUAAGUCACUGAAGGGGUUUUAACCCCUUCAGCAACUUGGGAUGGGGGGGGGUGGGAGGGAGAGGGGACAUGCGGUGUCAGGAAAACUGUUUGUUUUCUUGGCACUGGAGAGACCCUUUAAAUAAGCUGAAGUGGUCUAGGUGCCUAUAUAGUCCCUUUAACCCCUUAAGGACUCAUGACGUGUGUGACAUGUCAUGGUUCCCUUUUAUUCCAGAAAUCUGGUCCUUAAGGGGUUAAGCCACUUUAAACAUUUUCCUAUACAGCUAACAAAGACCAAAACAAUUAAGUGUCAUCUGUUAAAUUGAUUUUAUUUCACUUACUCAAUCUCUUUUCAUUGCAGCCCAUGGAUGACUUUGACGGAAGUUCUGCAGGUAUUGCUUAUUAUCAUGAGAGCCAACUUAUUACAAAUUUGGCACCAUUGUAUUUAGAAAGUUUUUUUUUUUUUUUUCCUCUGGCCAAGGUCAGUUCUCUCACUUAAACGGUUUGAACACACUGGUUUGAAAAUAAGUUUAUUUUUAAGCUUCAAGAAUGGUGAUGGUCAUUCUAAAACUAGUUAUUUUGCAAAAUCAGUCCUAAAAAAAAAUAAACAAUUUAGGUUGCUUCCAGUCUGGGAGGACUGCCUGAUAGCCCAGACAGUCCCCGUCCCCCCAGGCAAGUCAGGCACCCGCAGGCCAUGUUUUAGCUCUGACAGAAUGGCCGCAAUAGGAGUCUUUGCAUGUGCCUGGGCUGUCAGGCAGUCUCCCUGCUACUGGGAAAAAAAUGGAUUAGUGGAUCUUCAAAACAAUGCCGGGUGCACACUGAGGCUUAAAGUAUCCAAACUGAAAAUAUUAUCAGUAGCACUUAUGGUCUUCCAUAAAAUUUGGUCUUUAUUGGGUAAUAUUUUUUUUUUUAACAUUUUUAAAAAGGUAAACGUUUCAGUCGUUUUCUAGGACUUUCAUCAGGAUCAAUAAUAUUUUAUUGAAAAGAAAAAACCGAAAGGUACAAAAAUAAUGUGAAUCACCAAAAGUGAUAAUAAAUAAGUGAAUACAAACUGGAUUAUGUUGAUAUAUUUUAGAUUCAGAAUUACAUCUGUAAAAAAUACACAAACAAUAUAUAGUGUGAUAUUGUUAAAGCCACUUGGAAAUUGAAAGUGGUAGAGAACUCACAAAAAUGGGAUGAGAUCAGGCAUAUCUCCCUCUGUAUUAGGGGACUGGAGAAUGAAGGACCUCCAGCGAUGAAUCCAGUUAUAUAAUGACAAAUCUUCUAAUUCACUCCAAAUGGAAAGAAGAAAUAGAAAUAGUGCAGAUUGUAUAAAGAGUAACAAUUUAUUACAUGUAUUGCACUUACAAUGUAUCUGAAUAAAAACAGCUUGUCUCCACACUGGGUGGUAUUCACUUGUAGCAGCUGAACCAAUCAAAGAUACAGGAUCUGGAGCAGUAAUAACAGCAACCAAACAAUAUAAAAUAAGGGUUCAGUACAAAAACAAAAUAAAAACAGUUCCAACGCGUUUCAUCCUCCUCUGGACUUCCUCAAGGAUGUGUAGCUUUGAUGGGAUUGGGAAUCUUCUUAAAUAUCCGCCAUCUGAUCGCUCAAAUGUUCGCCGGUGUUUGCGUGCGUUCCACCUUGGAACGCAUGUUACUUCCGCAUGACGUCACUUCCGGUUUUGCGGAUAGAGUGAAACCACAAUAUAUAUCAAUUGUGACAAUUCAAAAACCACUUGCAACACAGAAUUGCAGGUUGAACAGAUAAUACUUAUCAACAAAGAGCACAUCUCACAUACAAACAUAUAAGAAUGCACAUAAAUACCAGACAUUGAGCAUAUCAGUAUCGAGAUAGAGAGAUAGAGAGAUAGAGAGAUAGAGAUAGAUAUAGAUAUAUAUAUAUAUAUAUAUAUAUAUAUAUAUAUAUACACACACACAUACAUCUCUCAAAUGUAUAUAAUGAAUAUAAUAAAUAUACCCAUAUAUAAGCAUUUACUUCUGUUUUUUAUUUUUAAGAUACACAUAUAAAUUUGAUUAAAGUGAUUAGAAUAAAUUUGAAUACAUUUAAAUAUUUAGAAUUUGAAAUUUAGAAGUGUAAUAGUAUGGAAAAUUCUUAAAAUUUCGAGUUAUGGGGAAAAAAAUUUUUUUAUGAAAAAAUUUAAAGGUAUAGACGGUCAAUACAAAACCAAUCAAUUUGAUAUGCUCAAUUUCUUAUAAAAAUUGUAUGAUAUAUUAUAUACACCAUUCAAUAAAUCUUUCCUAUAUUUUAAACUGUAAUCUAACUAUAUCUGUAUUUAGAAGUAAUGUUUCUGUAAUGAAAAAACAAAAAUUAAUCCUCAAAUAUAAAUCAAUAUAAUCAUAUAGAUAUAUAAAAAGAAAAUGAAAUAAAAAUAAAAUAAUAAAAAGGAAGAGAACUAAAUUAAUCCAACUAAAUCUAUUUCUUGAUUCAAACUAAAUUUUAAAGUUUUUAAAUUAAAAAUCCAUUGGGCUUCCUUAGUAUUUAACAAGGUUUCGAUAUUGCCUCCUCUCCAAUGUUUUUCUAUUUUAUCUAUCCCAAUAGCUAUCAAUGUAUUCCAUUGGAAAUGUGGACAGUGAUCACAAUGUCUAGAUACACUAUGUUCUAGUUUUUUGUUUCUUAUAUUUUGAAAGUGUUCUAAUAAUCUCACAUGCAACUUUCGAAUCGUGCGACCAAUAUAUUGAGCUCCACAACCACAUUGCAGUAAAUAAACUACAUGGGUGGUGGAGCAUAGAAUAAAUUUAUUGAUCUGAUAAGUUUGAGUAUAAGUGCCUAAAAAUGCAUCUGUGCUGUUUUUUUGAAAGUUGCAUGUGGAGCACCUUCCACAUCUAAAGAAGCCUUUUAGUAUUUGAUUUGAAAAAAUGUGUAGAUUGAGAAGUAGUUUUCUUAGUAGGAAGAAUACUGGGAGCUAGUUUAUUCUUUAAAUUAUCUUCCUUUUUGUAAAUUACAGUAGGCUUAUUUAGUAAAACGUUAUUCAAAAAAGAUGUGCCAAUGCCGAUUUAAUAUUUUUAAUCUCGCGAGCUUGAAUAUCUGGUGAUAAAAGCAAAAUUAAAUUUAUUUAAAUCUUCAUUCUUUUCUCUCUCUCUGUCUCUAUUUGAUGAAAGCAACUUCUCUCGAUCGGUAUUGAUCAAAAAAGAUUCUGCCUCUUCAAUCAUUUUUAAAUCAUAUCCCUUUUCUAUAUAUCUUUGUUUGAUGAUUUUAAAUUGGGUUUUAAAAGUUUCUCCAUCUGAACAAUUUCGUCUUAAUCGUGUUAGUUGUCCCUUUGGGACGUUUUUCAACCACAUGGGAUGAUGUAAACUUGCACGAUCUAUAGCAGUAUUACAAUCAGUAUUUUUUUUUUUUAAAGUUUUUGUUUUUAAAAUAUUUUCGAUAUAAAUUGUUACAUUUAAGAAAUCUAUCUGGGUAGGGUGACAGGUGGAAGUAAAACCCAGAUUGUAUUCAUUAUUAUUGAUGUACAAGAUGAAAUUAUCCAAACUUAUUUGGUCACCGUCCCAGAUAAUAAGGACGUCAUCUAUGUAGCGUUGCCAUAGAACGAGGCUCUCCCCCUUCCCCCCCCCAGCGUCUGACCCAAAGAUAUACAUCUAGAUUCCCAAUGGGAGACAUACAAAUUGGCGAAGCUGGGGGCGAACCUCGUCCCCAUGGCGACACCACAUAGCUGUAAGAAAUGCUGAUCAUUAAACAAAACAAAUUUUUUUGUUAAAACAAAAAGCAUUCAGUCAAUCAUAAAUUCAAUCUGUUUUAUCGCAAAAGAAGAAUGUUGUAAUAACCACUUAACACUCUUUUCAAUAAUAGAAGUACUGAAAAUCAUAAUAUUAAUCUUCACAAAAUUAGAACGAUUAUUGGAAAAAGAAACAAAAAAGUGGUGGGAAACCACAUCACUGGAACAAUAUUUAAAUGCUAAAAUUAUACCUAGAGGUCUUAGAAUUUUAAAGGUCCCUGCUUUUGGAACAGGAGACCAAACAUUAUUAGAUGAAUGGAACUUAGCAAGCGAUGAAUGUUCCUUUUAAUAUAUGAGAAGUCUAAUUGAUUUCCAAAGGAGAUCCCUUAAAAAAAUUGAAGAGGAUAUAAAUGUUUAUUGAAGCUGAAAUAGAAAAUAAUCAAGAGGACAAAAGUUUUAGAAGAAAAAUAUAAACAGCUAAAAGAUAAUAUAAAAGCGAUAGAUGAUAAAGUUUCAGAUGUAAAAUCUUCUAAAUACAGAAGAGAUCAGGAUGAUUAUCGAACAGGUUGUCAGAAAGAUUGGUCAAAAUCAGACAGUCAAUUCAAGGGUUAUACAAAAUACUCCUCUUCAAGGAGGCCACUUGAUACUCGACAAUACAAUGAUACUACCACUUAUACUACUAGAACUCCAUAUAGAAAAAGUUACAUCUUAUAAUCAACAUCAAAGAAGUUCCCCACAUGAGCAAAAAUCUUUCUCACGAAAUUCUAUUUGUACAUAUAAACAGGAGGAUUUUUUUAGACAGGGAGCCAGACCAAAGAGAACAACGUUCGACAUACAUCAUUCCCACACAAAACCGUUUUACGAGUCUAAGAUCCCCCACAAAAAACUAGAGGUAGAGGAUCAGGGGGAAACAUCAUACCAGGCCCUACCUCACAGACAACAUUAAAUAAAACUGAAGGAAUUUUUAAUUUAUCAGGUAUCCCUUUAAAUGAAGAACAACUAUCAUUGCUACAAAAAGGUCUAAAAUUCGCUCCCACUAAUAAACCUAAUCCAUUUCAAUUAUUUUUGGACAAUCAAAUUUUUCUCAAAAAGUUAACAAGAAAGAGAUUUUUUGAGAGAAUUAAAUAUGAAAAUACUUUUUAAAGAAAAUACAAUAAAAAAUUUACAUUUGAAACAAAACACAGAUAAUUUGAAUUCUAAUGAGUCUAUACAGCAUUCUAAUCUAAAAUUAAAAUCAAACUUCUAUCCAUGGUCUGAUCGCAGUAAAUAUCUAGAAGUUUUUAAUGAAUCUGUACAAGAGGAUUUUGGCAAACUUAUAGCAAAAACUAAUAAGAAAAAUAAAUAUUUACCAUGCAAUCUCACUACAGCGGAAAAACAGGCAAUGCAGUUAUUACAAAAUAAUGAGUUAGUCAUAAAAGAAGCAGACAAAGGAGGAGGUAUUGUUGUUUUGUCUAAACUUUAUUAUAUGGAGGAAGCUUACAGAAUUUUGAAUGAUGAAGUUACCUAUAAAUGUUUUGGAGAAAGAUCCAACUAAACUUUUUCUUAAAGAACUUGAUAUUCUUUUAAAAUUCGGGUUAGAAAAUGAUAUAAUCACUAAAGAUGAAUAUAAUUUUUUAUAUAAUCCCCGUUGCAAAACCGCAUGUUUCUAUUUUCUACCUAAGAUACAUAAGUCCAUUUCACAUCCUCCAUGUCGUCCCAUUAUAAGUGGUAUCCGACUCACUUUCUUGUAAUCUUUCGGCUUAUAUAGACUUUUUUUUUUUUUUUUUUUAACAAUCAUAUGUAUCUAAAAUACCUUCAUACAAAAAGAUACUAAACAUCUUUUAAAUCAUUUACAAUCCGUAAAAUGGAAAUCAAGUUAUAUUUUGGCCUCAGUAGAUGUAACUUCUCUCUACACUAGCAUUCCCCAUCAAAAAGGUCUAUCCGCAAUAAAGGAGUGGUUAUUACAACAUUCUUCUAUUGCGAUAAAACAGAUUGAAUUUAUGAUUGACUGAAUGCUUUUUGUUUUAACAAAAAAUUUUUUUUCUGGUUUAAUGAUCAGUAUUUCUUACAGCUAUGUGGUGUCGCCAUGGGGACGAGGUUCGCCCCCAGCUUCGCCAAUUUGUAUGUCUCCCAUUGGGAAUAUAGAUGUAUUUCUUUGGGUCAGACGCGGGGAGAGGAGAGCCUCGUUCUAUGGCAACGCUACAUAGAUGAUGUCCUUAUUAUCUGGGACGGUGACCAAAUAAGUUUGGAUAAUUUCAUCUUGUAUAUCAAUAAUAAUGAAUACAAUCUGAGUUUUACCUCCACCUGUCUCCCUACGCAGAUAGAUUUUAGAUUUAACAAUUUAUAUUGAAAAUAAUAUUUUAAAAACAAAAACUUUUUAAAAAAAAUACUUAUUGUAAUACUGCUAUAGAUCGUGCAAGUUUGCAUCAUCCCACGUGGCUGAAAAACGUCCCAAAGGGACAACUAACAUGAUUAAGACGAAAUUGUUCAGAUAUAGAAACUUUUAAAACCCAAUCUAAAAUCAUCAAACAAAGAGAUAUAUAGAUAUAGAUAAUGAUGAAGUGUUGCUGUUAUUACUGCUCCAGAUCCUGUAUCUUUGAUUGGUUCAGCUGCUACAAGUGAAUACCACCCAGUGUGGAGACAAGCUGUUUUUAUUCAGAUACAUUGUAAGUGCAAUACAUGUAAUAAAUUGUUACUCUUUAUACAAUCUGCACUAUUUCUAUUUCUUCUUUCCAUUUGGAGUGAAUUAGAAGAUUUGUCAUUAUAUAACUGGAUUCAUCGCUGGAGGUCCUUCAUUCUCCAGUCCCCUAAUACAGAGGGAGAUAUGCCUGAUCUCAUCCCAUUUUUGUGAGUUCUCUACCACUUUCAAUUUCCAAGUGGCUUUAACAAUAUCACACUAUAUAUUGUUUGUGUAUUUUUUACAGAUGUAAUUCUGAAUCUAAAAUAUAUCAACAUAAUCCAGUUUGUAUUCACUUAUUUAUCACUUUUGGUGAUUCACAUUAUUUUUGUACCUUUCGGUUUUUUAUUUUUCUUGUCACUGUUGUCAUUUGAGUGUUUAUAAGGGAACACUUAUAAACCUUGGGUACUGUGUGCAUUAUAGCACUGACAGUUAACUGCUUGUUUCUUCAAUAUUUUAUUGAAGACUUGAGUGCUACGGAUAUUUUCAAUUUGGAUAUAUUAUUGUAUAAAAUACACUUAUAGUAAAAUGACACAUACAUACAUUAACUAUGUAGUAUAGAUUAUAAAAAAUAAAAAAAUAUAUAUUUUUUUAAAUUUUAGUACUUAUUAUUAUUUUCAAACCAGUGUGUCCCUUUAAGUGAUAGCGCACAUGGAAUCCAUGUAUAAAGUGGAAUUAGUAGUCAGAAAUGUGGGUCUUUGGGCUCAUUUGCAUAUGCCUACCCAGAAUCCCUUGCAGUAGUGAGAUCACUGUUAAAGUGAGAUUUCUGUGGGAAAAGCAAGUCUUAUGGCUUGACGGGGGUGGGGGUGUAUUUGUGUUUUGCAAUUAUGUGUAUAUACAUAAUUAAUUUAUUUUAUUUUUUUUCAUUCUUACUGUGUUUUGAUAUUAAUAUGUAUGUAUUAAAAUAUUACCUUCAAAUAAUAAAACUGCCAUAAACCCCCCCUCCCUGGCCAGGUAACAAGCAGGGAGGGGGGACAAAAAAUGAAAUAUUAAAAUAUAAAAAUAUUACAAUAAAAUAAAGUAUUAAAAUAAUAUUAAUAAAAUAAAAAAUGAAUGAUAAAAAUGCCCCCCAACCCAGUUUACACACACUAUACUAGAGUAUAUACGGUUUAUAAAUAUGUAUAUUUAAAUUCUAUGUGUAUAUUUAUGUAAUCUUUUCAUAUAAUUAUCUGAUUUUGCUAAUUACAACUUGAGGGACCUGCCUGACAAGCCAGGCAGAAAGUCCAGAGAAUUUAAUUUGCAAGCACUGUAUUUAACCCUGUAACUUUCCAAGACACUAUAAAACCUGUAAAAACAGAACAAUAAAAUAAGGUUGCGCCUAAAAUAUACAAUAAAACAUAAAAAUUGUAUAUAAUAAAAAAUAGUAAAAUUUAAUAUAAAAUAUUAAAUAUAUUAUUAAAUAAGUAGUUGGCAAUAGUCCAAAACACUUAUCAUAAGUCCGUAAUGGUGGAUGCCACAUAUAAGAACAGGGAUUCUGUGACGUAAAGUAGAGUAUGUCUUCACAGUUGUGUGCUUGAGAUCCAGUGGAAUAUAUGCAGAGAAAAGACAAAAUGGAACUCCAAUGGCACAGUAUAUAGAUGAAUAAAAAAGUAUAUAAAAGUAAAAUAGUCUUACACUUUUCAGAGCUAAAACCUAGCUCUGAUAUAGCUCACGUGAAGUGGAAUAAUCCCCACUCAAGGAUAUGCAGAGUAAUAUUUGAUUGAAGAAUAUCUGACUCAGAUUCGGCGUCCGAAUUGGUGUUAUUCAACACAGGAAAGAGAAAUAAAAUAUAUUGCGCUCUGUAUAGUAAUUAAAGGUGUACAGAAGUAUAAAAUAUAUACUACUCACAAUAUAUAGAGCAGACUUGUACUGCUCAAUAUAAGCGCUUGGGUGGUAUGAUCCCCAGCUAAGGAUUAUUUAAACUUCUCAUCAAAAAAUGCCGUAUAUGUAUAGUCAGGUGGAAAAAGAAAGAAAAUGGCUAUAAAAUAUUUUAUGCCAAAAUAAUUUCUUUAUUAUAAAGUAAUAAAAAUAGUAUCUAAACGUGUUUCGCCUCAAUGGCUUCUUAAAGUAGAUAAUAGUAAAAAAGGGCUAUUAUCUACUUGAAGAAGCCCUUGAGGCAAAACGCGUUUAGAUACUAUUUUAUUUUAUAAUAAAGAAAUUAUUUUGGCAUAAAAUAUUUUAUAGCCAUUUUCUUUCUUUUUCCACCUGACUAUACAUAUAUGGCAUUUUUUGAUGAGAAGUUUAAAUAAUCCUUAGCUGGGGAUCAUACCACCCAAGCGCUUAUAUUGAGCAGUACAAGUCUGCUCUAUAUAUUGUGAGUAGUAUAUAUUUUAUACUUCUUUACACCUUUAAUUACUAUACAGAGAGCACUAUAUUUUAUUUCUCUUUCCUGGGUCGAAUAACACCAAUUCGGACGCCGAAUCUGAGCCAGAUAUUCUUCAAUCAAAUAUUACUCCGCAUAUCCUUGAGUGGGGAUUAUUCCACUUCACGUGCACUAUAUCAGAGCUAGGUUUUAGCUCUGAAAAGUGUGAGUAAGACUAUUUUACUUUUAUAUACCAUUUUAUUCAUCUAUAUACUGUGCCAUUGGAGUUCCUUUUUGUCUUUUCUCUGCAUAUAUUCCACUGGAUCUCAAGCACACAACUGUGAAGACAUACUCUACUUUACGUCACAGAAUCCCUGUUCUUAUAUGUGGCAUCCACCAUUACGGACUUAUAAGUGUUUUGGACUAUUGCCAACUACUUAUUUAAUAAUAUAUUUUAUAUUAAAUUUUACUAUUUUUUAUUAUAUACAAUUUUUAUGUUUUAUUGUGUAUAUUUUAGGCGCAACCUUAUUUAAUUGUUCUGUUUUUGCAUUUCUUCUUACCAUUAGGGUAUUAUAGGGGACUCGAUUGCAGCCUUAUUGUUGUUAUUUUUUGUGUGGCAAUCUAGCGCUGAUUUCUCUCUUCCAUUUACUAUAAAACCUGUACUUGGGGCAUGGUGGGUACUAUUUUACUUGGGAGACUUUGCAAAACACAAAUUACUGUUUCAAAACUUUAAAUUGUAUUACAACUAUGAUAUUGUCAAUGAAAGUGCAAUUUUUUGCAUUUUUCGCACACAAACAGCACUUCCACUGAAGAUAUUGUUGUGAUACGUUUUACUGAAGCACUAAUAUUUGUGUUCAGCGAAGUCUACCGAGUAUAACAUUUACCCCCAUGUACAGGUUUUCUGAUGUUUUGGAAAGUAAGAGAUUCCAAUAUAAGGCUUGCAUUUCAUUUUUUUUCACAUUGAAAUUUGCCAGAUUGGUAACGUAGUUUUGAGACGUAUGGUAGCCCAGGAAUGAGAAUUAUCCCCAUGUUGGCAUACCUUUUGCAAAAGUAGACAACCCAAGGUAUUGCAAGUGGGGUAUGUAGAGUCUUUUUCUAGUAGCCACUUAGUCAAAAACACUGGUCAAAGUUGCAUUCGCAUUCAUUUUUCCUUUGUUUUUUUGCUUUUUGUUUAUUUGCAUUUUCCACACACAAAUGUUUGUGACUAAGUGGCUACUAAAAAAGACUAGACAUACCCCAUAUUAAAUACCAUGGACCAUUCCUGGGCUACCAUAUGGUUUCAACGGCAACAUUACCAAUCUGGCAAAAUUCAGUGUGUGUAAACUGAAAAAUUGAACAUGCUAUAUUUGACCCUGUAACUUUUGAAAACCCUAUAAAACCUGUUCAUGGGGGGGUACUGUUGUACUUGUGAGACAUUGCUGAUUACAAAUGUGUAUUUUAUAGCAGUAAAAGCCAAUAGUAUUGACAUUCACAGUAAAAAUGCCAAAACUAAAAAAUGUUUUUAAAUCUAAAUUUGUUACUUUUUUAGAUUUUAUUCCUAAAGUGUGUGUGUGUGUAUAUAUGUGUGUAUAUAAUUUGAUGUGAAAUGAAAGCCCUGUUUCUCCUGAACAAAAAGGUAUGUAUGUAUAUGUUAGGGUGCACUUAAAGGACCACUCUAGACACCCAGACCACUUCAGCUUAAUGAAGUGGUCUGGGUGCCAGGUCCAGCUAGGGUUAACCUUUUUUUUAUUUAUUUUUUAGAGAAACUGCUAUGUUUAUAAACGGGUUAAUCCAGCCUCUAGUGGCUGUCUCUUGACAGUCGCUAGAGGCGCUUGUGUGCUUCUCACUGUGAAAAUCACAGUGAGAAGACGCCAGCGUCCAUAGGAAAGCAUUGUAAAUGCUUUCCUAUGAGACUGGCUGAAUGCGCGCGCAGCUCCUGCAUCCGAAGAGGAGGAGAGCUCCCCGCCCGGCGCUGGAGAAAGAGGGAAGUUUAACCCCUUCCUGCACCCUCAGGGCACUAUAGUGCCAGGAAAACGAGUAUGUUUUCCUGGCACUAUAGUGGUCCUUUUAAUAUGAAAGAGGUGAAUUACGGUUGAACAGACAUUUAGUGCAAAUUCCAGUUUUUGUUUACCUUUUGUUUUGAUCAGAACAUGUACAAUUGCCUCCUUCCUUAAAGGACCACUAUAGUGCCAGGAAAACAUGCUCGUUUUCCUGGCACUAUAGUGCCCUGAGGGUGCCCCCACCCUCAGGGACCCCCUCCCGCCCGGCUCUGGAAGGGGAAAGGGGUAAAAACGUACCUUUUUCCAGCGCUGGGCGGGGAGCUCUCUGCCUCCUCUCCUCCUCCGAUCCGCCCCGCCGGCUGAAUGCGCACGCGCGGCAAGAGCUGCGCGCGCAUUCAGCCCGUCGCAUAGGAAAGCAUUUACAAUGCUUUCCUAUGGACGCUUGCGUGCUCUCACUGUGAAAAUCACAGUGAGAAGCACGCAAGCGCCUCUAGUGGCUGUCAAUGAGACAGCCACUAGAGGAUUAGGGGGAAGGCUUAACCCAUUCAUAAUUAUAGCAGUUUCUCUGAAACUGCUAUAAUUAUGAAAAAAUGGGUUAACCCUAGAAGGACCUGGCACCCAGACCACUUCAUUAAGCUGAAGUGGUCUGGGUGCCUAGAGUGGUCCUUUAAGGGGCUAAAGUAAUCCAAAUUUUAAAUGCUCACCAUGAACUGUUGUCCAGUGUCCUAGCACCUAGCUGUCAAUAUGUAAGCAUUUCAAUCUAUCAAAACACAUCACUCCAAAAAAUAUGAAUUCUAAUCAUGCAUUGCUUCAUUUCUAAAACAUGUGUGUGUAUGUAUAUAUGUGUGUGUGUGUGUGUAUGUAUGUAUCUCAUGGUUUUGUGAAUUGCACUUAACUCUCAAUUAGUUUUCCUCUGCAUUAAAUUAGUUUCUCAAUGUUUUUUGUUUUACUCUUCAUCAGAGGGAGAAUCGUCUGGACUGGAAACCUUGGCUGGGCACAAAAGGUACAGUUAUGAAUUUUAUUUUAUUUUUGGUGGGGGGGAGUUUGUUUCAAUAUUAAAUAUUAAUGCAUGUAUUUCAUUUUAAGAGGGCAUAACUCAGAAGGUGAUGUAAAUGAACUUUUAAAGAAAGUUCCUCGUGUCAGUCUUGAACGCUUGGAUGUUGACCUUAAUCCUGACACUCAACCACCAGUCUUCAAAGUAUUCCCAGGAACCACGAAUGAGGAUUAUAAUUUAAUUGUAAUAGAAAGAGGGAAUGCUCCUGGGGAACCUGUUGUGAAAGUAAGUAUUUAACUACUUUACCUUGAUUGACAUUGACAGUAAAAAAAAAUGUUUAGAACAAGAAUUCCUUAAAUCUUUACACAAAUGUUUAGAGGCUUAUUUUCUCUGUUGCAGCAUUAUGAGCUAAUCUCUGUGCAUGCUGCAUUAGUAUCCUUGUAUCAUAUACGGAACAUAAAGUUUAAAAUAAAGCAAUUUGUUUUAAUUACAUGUAACCUGCCAACAUUAUUAAUGAUUGUAAGUUUAUUAUAAGAGAGGAUAGUUUAAUAGCAUAACCUUUUGCUUUUUUAGGAAGAGGCCAUGGAAACUAAUAUUCCUAUUCCCACAAUUGAAUCCAGUGACGAAAAACCAUGCAUUAUUCGUUCAGAUGGUUUGCCCGAAGCUCUACAGCCUGCUAUCAGACCCUCUAGUGUUGCAAGUGACAGUGCUUCUUCUGAUUUUCAAGGCUCUAGCAGUGGUGGCUUUUCAGAACCUGGCAUCACAAAUCUCUGCAAGGUGUGCCAGAAAGAAGGGGUGCUGCUAGCAUGUAAUCAGUGUAAAACCACCUUCCAUAAAGAAUGCCAUCUGCCAUCCAUCAUGGAGUUGCAAAGGUACUAAUUUGUUUCCAGUGACUCACAAGUCACUAUAAAUAUAUUCUCUUGCACAAAGUAUUUUAUUCCUCUCUGAUCAUCUGCAUAGUAAAUCAUAAGUGCUGUUACUUUCCUCCUAAAUGUUUAGUGGAGAAUGGAAAUGUAUGCUGUGCCAGGACUUAACUGCUAAGAGUGAUCAGUGUGCUGAUGAUCUUCCACCAGCAGACCUAAGCCACCCUAUGUUAUCGUCAACUGACCUGAAGGUUUGUAUAUUUUACAAGAACAUAUAAAUGCUAAUUUUGCUGAUAUCUAGUCGAUGGGGUAGCAUUGUUUAUGGUGCUACAUAAAAUUUACUACAUUGUAUUUUUAGAGCUGUGCAUAUUCAACAUACCAAGAGGCAUUAUACAUAUGUAAAUAAACAUAAAAAAUAUUUGAGAUUAAUUUUAGUUGUCUUGGAGAAAGAUGGACGGUGAUCUUUUUGGGAAUAAAUACAAAUAUGGACCUGUAGUUUGUAUACUUGGUUCGUUUUUUUUUUUGUUUGUUUUUGUGAUGUUAAUUAUUUUAUUCUUGCCAGAAAUGUGAACGUUUGUUGUUAGAACUUCUCUGCCAUGAACCCUGUCGGCCUUUUCACAGGCUGUCUACUGGCGCGGUAAGUAAUUUGUGUUUAAAUGUCUAGAGGAUUUUUUUAAAAGAUUGUUUGGCCUAUUAAUCCAGCUCUCUUAAUAAAUCUCUCUCUCUCUCACUAUCUAUCUCACAUUUACAGUGCUGUUACUACUGCAUUCUGGGUGGCCAUAUGCAAAUUGCGAACCACCUUUGUCUUGUAUAUGUAGCUUUAAGUGUGUGACUGGCUGCUGUAUUUUACAAUAUGUGUGUAAUUGUGUGAAUCUGUGCGUAUGUGCAAGUGACACUGCAAAAAUAUACACCUGCAUUCACACAAGGGGCCUUUAUGCAUAUAUUUUUUUUAAAUCUAAACUAAAUACAUAUAGCACACCGUCAAUGCACCCAUAACAAACAUCAGACACGGAGGUGCAGAGCAGAUUUUCAUCACACUGGAUCUCCAGAGAUCAGCAUCCCCACUCCCUGCAAGGUAACAGGGAAGACUGAAUAAUAAAAAGCGAUAAAAUAAAUAUUAAUAAAGCCCUUUUACAAACACUAUACAUAUGCCUAUUGGUGGCUAGCUGUCAAAACAGAUUCAGUUUUCACAGCGGAAGCGUCUCUAGUGGCUGUCCGUAACCUUGCAAUGUAUCUAUUAAAUGACAAUGCUUUACAUAGCAGGUUUAACACCACUGUAUCUAGACCACUUCAUUGAGAUGAAGUGGUCUUGGGUGUCUUCAGUGAUCCUUUAAUGAACUGAAUCGAAAACAAUUGGAUGUACCUGAUUAUGCUGCCUAUAUUUAAUUCUGCAUUUUCACCUACCCUAUGCUUUUGUUUGUUCCUUUCUAAAUCCAUGGAACAUCACCCCAUUAAUCUGAAAUCAUUUUCUGUUUCCUUCAUGUUUUACUUAGUGUUUUUUUAACCUAUAUCUUUUCCUAUUGGUUAUUUUUCUGAUCUGCAUCCUUGACCAUUGGUCUCUAUAAAUUUAAGUCUAGGGAGUUUUUUCAUAGACUAGCCUUUAUGUAGCCCUCCACCAUGCAUCAUACAACAAAUCAUAGCUAGCAUGGAUGACCCUGUUUGACCUCUUAUUCAUUUUUCAUUCAUUCUUGGCAAUAUUGGUAUCUUUGAAACAAAUGUUUUUUUUUCUGUUGUAUUUUUCAACUUGAAAUUCUAGGAGAAUGACCCAUUAAUUGACUUGACAUUGAUAAGAGCAAAGCUUCAGCAAAAAUUGUCACCUUUGUACAGCACCCCUGAAGACUUUGUUCGCGACAUAUGGUUAAUGUUCAGAAAUGUCAGCAAGCUUGCAGAGGUAAGUUAUGAUUUAAAGUAUACAUAUUUAGUAGAAUGGUUCAUCGUGACUGAUAUUUAACUGAUGCCACAAAAGCUUUUUAGAGCAUAAUCCUCUUGAACCUUUACUCAAGCUUUGUAAAAUUCAAAAAUAAGUUUGUUGAAUUUUUAGGGUUCACUUUAAAUGAUGGCUAUCCAGAGGUAAGUAACAGGAAGCAGUGCCAUCCUUUCUCUAUCCCCCAUGGAGUAGAUUUGGGUAAUCUCAAGAAUUGUAUAAAGAGUGGGAGGGAGAUAUAAAAAAUGCAUAAUUAAAUGCAUGCAUGUUUUCAUUUGGGUAUAUCUACAAAACUAAUUUUAAUUAUUGGGAGGAUAAAGGGCAAUGGAGUUUAAAAAUGAAAGCAACUGGGAGCAUUGCUUCCAACUCUCAUACCACAACUCCUGGUAUGGAACUAAAUGCUAAAUAUCUCCCUCAGCAAUAAAAGCUAAAGAGUGGUGUGCUGCUUCUCUUUAUAACCCAUCACCCACUAGCAGAGUAAAGGGCAUUUGGGUAGGACCCUGCACAAAGAUACCCCUUUUUAAAUUCAUUACCUCCAAUCCUGCAACACAGAGGACUGGGGGGCAUAGAGCUGUAAGCCCCAUGGCUCUGUUUUUGUAUGUGUGUGUUUGUUUUUGUUUUUUUUGCAGAAGUUACAAAGAGAAAUAUCAAAGAUCCCUCCUUGUAAUCGAAAAAUGAAUAAAAAAAAUAGAAUGAAUUAGACGAAUUUAGUCCAUUAGGCAAUUUUUUUUUCAUUUCUUUUGUUUCUUAAGUCAUUUGUUCCUUUUUGAGUCACUGAAAAUUCAGGUGAAUUCACGUUAGUCUGAAAACAAAUCCACAAAUCUAGUAGUCUCUAAAUCGGGUUUAGGCAGUCUUCGGCACUCCAGAUAUUGUGGAUUAUACUUCCCAUAAUGCUGACAACGCAUCAGGGUAGAUGUAGUUCAUAACAUUUGGAGUGCCGAAGGUUGUCUACUGCUCUAAAUUCUGGUGGAUUUGUUAGUCAUACUGCUGACCUUGCUAUGUUUUGAAAUGGGAAUGUUAGUGCCUUGCCUAUUCCUCAACUGCUGUCUUCUAAAUUGUUGAAUGUUGAUCUUUUAAUGUGUAAUUUACAUGGUUUUCAUAAAGAGAAAUAAAAUGUGGUAUAGUUUCCUUAGCACGCUUGGCAUUAUUCAGAUUACUGAUGUUUGACCUAUUGUAGACAAAAAUUGCAGUAUUAUGCAAGUUCAGAAAAGCUAAUUAUUCUAAUUGUGGUUGUGUGUUUUGACAAAUUAUAAUAGUGCUAUUUGGCUUUUGUGGCCGAGCGCAUUUAAAAAAAUUUUUUUUUUCCUUUUAAUCCUGUGCUAGGACAAAGCUGUGGUACAGUCCAUAAUAGAAUUGCAAUCUUUCUGUGAAGCAAGAUUAAACACACUCUUUGGGGACCGUAAGUUCUCAUGCCUUCUUGGGGAGACACUGGGUGAAGAAGAACCACAAAGCGAGAGUAUUACCCAGCGAAGUUCUCCAAUGAGCACAACAAGUGAGAGUGUAUCAUCUGUCAAGAACAUCGCUGAUCAGGAUUAAUUAUUCCAGGCUGUAUUUAUCUGUGGUCAAAUCAAAGUGGACAUGCGCAUCUUAUUUCAUUCAACAUCAGUGCUGCGCAAAUGACUGGACUGUUCAAGUGAAUUUACCCCUUCUGUCUUUCUAGAUGAACAUGCUGCCACUGGAAUUGAACAAUGUUUUUCCUAGGCAGUUUAAAAAAAAAAAAAAAAAACUCUUUGGGAGAAGACUGUAAUGCUGUACAAUAAACAUAGGAUUGCUAAAUUAACAUUCAUGUAUUUAGCGAGCUCUUAUUUGUUGCAUCAUACCCUAACUAAACUUUUGACUUUUGCAUUUACGUAUUAUCCCUUUGUUUCUCGUGUUACACUAUUCCAUUUCUUAAUGUUUCACUUGCAGUGAUCUGAGAGCAAUGGGAUAUUAAAAUAAAAUAUUUGUAAUCUAGUUAGACUCUACCCCUUUCUUUCUUCCACUAGUGGUCAUGUCUGCCACUUCCUCUUUAAGUGUUGACACUGCUUCUCUAAAGUCCAUACAACAUGACAUUUUGAAACAUGUAAUCUUUUAUAACUUUACAGGUUUCCCCUCUCUACCCAGCAUUAAAGUGGAACUGUCACUUCCCUGGAAAUUUACACCAUUAAAGAAAACGCUGGAAAUCUGUUUAAGCUUUGGCUCUUUUAAUUUUUUUUCUUCAUAUGAUGCUAAUAUAGAACAAUUUUAGCAAGUGACAUCAAAAUUCAGUCUAGAAUUGUUUGUUUUAUGUAAUGUCAGGGAGCCAAGAUAGGGCAAUCCAGUUCCCGAACAGGUGUCUGGACCUCUACAUUUUAAUUUUAUUUUUUCAGACCUCACAAAACCUGUUUGGUAAAUAUUGCUUAUAAAUAAACAGAUUACAAAUCCUGGGAAGUGACAGUUCCCUUUAAAACCGGACCAAAUCAUACUGUUACUAUGUGAUGUUUUAUUUAUGGUUUUUGUCAAGAACAGUCCCUUUUUAAAUGCCUAACCAUAUUUCUUCAUCUUUACAAGAAGGGCACUGGAUGGGGGGAUGUUUUCUGCACGAUAUGUAAAGAAGGACUUUAAAGACAUAUAAUGUUUUAAUACAAAUAGAUUACAGCUCAUACCCACCCUCUUAAUAUUAGAGGGAUUAAAUGAAAUGACUAAACUACUUAGUUCUUUGGUUUUUCCAUGAGAAUGGAAUCUAAGCAGUUCUCAAUCCUAGUUUCCCAAUGGGCACACUCUUGUGAAAAUUAGUGUACUAAGAACAAUAAUGAUUUAAACACUAGACCCCUUUGGGUUGUUUUUUUGUUUUUUCCCUAUUUUUCUUUAAAACUAAAAACUUUACUGUGGAUCUUUUUGAGAUGCGGUAAAUUAAAAAUCUUAUUCACAUUAAUUAUUUCACUUUCAGGAUUAUAGGUGUUUAUUUUAAUGUUAAUGUGCUGUUUGAACUAGAAUUCUAACAAAAGGGUCUGCAUUAAAAAGCCUGAGGCAAUACUAAUACAUUUCAAAGAAUAAUGCAAUCUUUACAGCUUCUGCCAAGGGUUUAUUUAAACUUUUUUUUUUAAAAUCAUGUCUCGGUCUACACCUUUUCGUUAUAUAAUCCAUUUUUACAAAAUACCUUUUAUGUAAAUAAAAGUUACCCUUUUUGUCAUUUAAUGGCUUGUUUAGUUCGCCUGACUUCUUUUUUUUAAGCCUGCCAGUGCCAAUUCCUUAGUCAUAACAUACACUGAAAGUGUUUUUUGGGGUGGUUCUCUGCAUUAGCUCGUGGCAUGUAGCAAGUUUAGUUUGGUCCUAUAAAGUGGAUCACCCUGUAAGCAAAGCCCAUCUGUCCCAAACAGCCAGUAUCGGAAGUGAUUUCAUUUAGUCAUGAGCUGUAAAGUUACACUUCUUACUAUUUUUUUAUUCCCACCCCCCCCUUCCCAUAUGUCAAGUUCCAAUUCUGAGCUUUUCAACAGAUGCGUUGUUUUUCUUGUAUCACUACGGUUUACGAUCUGACUCUAAACCUGUUUCCCCUAUUACUGUUGUAGUCUUUUAAAGUGUAUCCUCAUUAUCCAAUGUGCUGUUCUGUUUGCCCUAGUUAUCAGCUAUAUCUGGUGAUAACAUUUUGUAAGAGCAGUGAACAGUUACAACUUUUUUUUUUUUUUUUUCCUUUGUGGUUUUUGUAUUAAAUAAAGAAUCUUUAAAACUGUAGAAGUUAAAAUGUUUUCUUAUUAUUUUUGUGUCCACUUACAUCUCCAAAGUAGCAUGUUUUCAUCUAUUAUGCCGUUCUUUAUUUACAAAUAACUGCAUUUAUAUUUUAGAAUGCAUUCAUGUGGAAUAAUCGGUUUAAACUUUAUGCAUUCGCUUCUUUAAAAAGAAGCAUAAUUGGGGGCGGGGCCAAGCCAGCAAGCUGAGCAGACACAUGAAAGCUGGGCUCCUGCUUUACUUGCCGAUUUCAUACAGAUACUCGCCACAAUCGAGACAAUAAGCAAACCAGGGUGCACUGCCUAUGUCAGGGGUGACCCGGUGAUAAGCCUGAUACCUGAACUGAGCGUUUUGGAGAUCGGGAGCCCAGGGUGGAUAGCUGCGGCCUACAGAUGGCGGAACCGGGGAGAGGCGGCCGCUCUCCUCGCCCUAACAUUAGAGGUACAGACCCACCAACGCCCUGCUUCCCCCCCCCUGGACCGGCGGGGGUCAUCCCGGUCCAGCCCUGAGGGGUAACCUUCCUGCCCGGGCCCCAAGGGUGGAACCCAGCGAGCAACGAGAAGCAGCACAACCAGACAAAAUGGCCGCCGCCACGUGUGCUCGAGAUACGGAGAAGCCUAACCUCGAGACCAAGCUGGACGAAUUAUUCGCCAGGUUCUGGAGGACAAUAGCAACCAGGGAGCAACAGGCCAAGGCAUGCAAACCUGUCACAGUGUUGCCGGUUAACUCCCAACAAGAGUGCACACCUCCUCAUGUAAAUAAAGUCCACAAACGUCACCGUGGACGGCAAAAACGAAGAGCCCGAAAGCCCAAGAGACUACCACUGCCAAAGGCGGCGACCCAUCACAGCAAGUGUCUGGCGAAAUUAAACCUUCCUGAGAGGCAUGAACAGACGACUCUGCAGCAGCGGAACACUGCGUCAAAUAAAGACUGAUCACGGGCAGACCACGACUCAACUCCUCCGCCGACCUCAUCCAGAGGUGUAUCCUCACCCGGGCAGACCCCGGAGGCAACACCACGACCCGCAGCACAGCACCUCACACAGGCUACCCCACGAUAGCAGGUCCACUUCACCGGAGCGGGGCUCUGAUCUCGCAGUUGCACAGACCUCAUGCAUCAUACGGAGUGGCUUGCUAUACUAUACCACCAAGCAGAUCCCUGCAACCAGGCAGCAGGCCUUGAGAUCUGGAGUCGGCUAGGGGACUACCUUAAAAUGGCUACCGGAGUCCAACACCUACUUCGGGUUCUGCUGGGACACUUGCGGACUUUACCUACACUGCGGACAUAUUUUAUAUAGAAAGCAGAGGACUCUAUUUACGGCAAAAGAGCAAAGUUUGCCUUGAUUUUAUGCAUGUUGCUUUUCUUGUUUGUUUUGCUUAUUUUUUGUUUUUGUGUUUUUUUGCUCUAUAUCUGCCGCAUAUCUGUAAGUACACACUAAGUACUAACCCCAAUGCCCAAUAUCCUAAUAGCGCUGGGUACUUGCAAUUUAACUUAGCAUACAACUCUGCUCAUGCCGGGGGCCGUGGUGGUGGGGGGGAGAGUACCACUCAGGACCUAGCGAUUACAUGCUGAGCCUCUCCUAGCAUAGCCUCAAUAUCCUGUUUCCAAAAUUAGUUUAGCAUACUUACCUUUGUGAUCACUAAUCUAUAGCCUUAAUGGUUAGGAAGGCUCUAGUUAUUCGUAAGCUUAACACCUAUGUAAAGGUAGACACAUCAGCCUGUUAUGAUGAUGUUCAAUUCAACAUGUUACUAACCUAUGUCAGUCACGUCAAUUUACCUCUUGUAAACAUACCUAUUGCUACUGCCACUCGCAAUGACUAACCUUAUGAUUUACUCAGCAUUACUCUAACGAAAAAAAAAAAUGUGCAGAAAAUAUUAAUGCAGCAACUGUUAUGCCUGAAAAUAUGCUCGAGGAUUGCUAUUGGGGCACCACGAGUCUGGAUGUUCUACACUCAAAGCACAAUAAAAAUAAAGAAUUUAAAAUUAAAAAAAAAGCAUAAUUCUGCCCUAGGUAUUUUAAGUCUACUUGAUACAACCAACUCAGGUUUUUUUUUUUUGUUGUAUUCAUUAUAAAUUAACGCAUUAAGUUUCCUGUAAAUGCUGUGCAAAUGUCAUACUUGACAAAUCAAUGGGAGGAGUAUUGGCAUGCAUGCACAGUCUUUUCCCAGUUAAAAGCAAUGGGAGCUAAUUAACACUGCUUUCAGCUUCCAUGAAUAUUUAUAAAGUGUACUGGUGUACAUGAGAAACUGCUGCUUAUUUCCAUCCGUAGCUGUACUGCAAGGUCUGUGCUGAACCCACGCUGACAGUAUGAAUAUGAACUUUUUUUUUUUUUUUAACUUCUUUAUAGGAAGAGUUAUGAAGUGCACAAAGCAUUAAUCUGGCUUCACCUGUGCUGGGAUAACAUCUGAGUGACUUUCUGGUCCAUGUAUGAAUUUACUUUUUUAAGGCAUUUAUUUACGUAAACAGAAUUUUUCAGCUAGUCCAAGUCAAAGGAACAUGUCGUUAUAUCUUGCAAAGUAUGGUACUUAAUGGCGGGUCAUAGUAAGUCUUAACAUUUUUGUAUGAGACUAUUUGCAAAUUGGUGUGAGCUGGGUUAAAUCCCUGCUCAUACAAAGGAACCCAGAUAUCCAUCAAUACCUGGCACUAUUGUCAGCUUGCCCCACAAUGAAAUCCUCAUGGUUCAAAGGAUCGUGCUCAGCUGUGGUGAUUCUCUAAUCCUGGUGGGGAUCAAGCUUGAGCAUGUACUCCCUAAAUGUCCACCUGCUAAUUGUGUUCAGUGCUGGACAUGUUUUGCCAGUAGCCCAGUUUCAGCAUUACAGGGAGAUCCCCGGUCAUGCUGAAAACAUGGAUGGUUUAACCCCAAAAUCUGUGUUCCAGCACCAGAUCGCUCUACCACCCUAUUCUUUUAUCAGACAUCUUGGAUAACUGAAGGCUUGGGCAGGGGCACCUCUAAGCCAAUUAGAUCCCCCAUUGGUACAAAAAAUACCAAACACUCUUAAGUGUUCCCAAACCAGUCCUCUUCCCCCACCAGCCCAGGAUUUAGGGAUUACCCAUUUGUGUCGAAGGCAGUGGUUCCGAAACUUUUUAGGUUCAAGGCACCCUUAAUAUUUCAAUAUUUUUCCAAGGUGCCCCAAGUCAAAACCAUUUUUUAGUUUAUAUACAGCGCAGCGGCAUAUACUGGGCCCCUGUUCGGCAGAAAUGCUUGUUCAAUCGCAGAUCCAGACCCACUCUCACGAGAUUCAGAGUGUUGCACCAAAUUCACGAGAGUAGAACCCCUGGUCCCCUUUCUCUCUGUCUCUCUCUCCCGCUACCCUCCGGCUGCAGCAUUACACUGCUAGGGGGCUGGUGGGGAGAUCUCUCAUCUCCACUCCGGUCCUGCAGCACUGGCAGGGGAGAGUGAGGCACAGUUCCUGAUGCUAUGAUCAUAGUACCAGGAAAAUAUCUUGUGGCGCCCCUGUGUGGCACAGUUAGGGAACUGCUUGUCAAAGGUGUUUUUAGAAAGCGUUAACACCUUAGGCACAACUGGGUAGUACUUUAAUCCUGGGGUGGUUCCCUUUAUAUAUUUAAAUGUUUCUGUCAUAUCCUCCCGUCUUGUCUUUCCUCCAAGCUAUACAUGUUAAGAUCCUUUAACCUUUCCUGGUAAGUUUUAACCCGCAAUCCAUGAAUCAGUUUAGUAGCCUUUCUCUGAACUCUCUCUAAGGUAUCAAUAUCCUUCUGAAGAUACGGUCUCCAGUACUGUGUACAAUACUCUGUGAGGUCUCACCAGUGUUCUGUACAAUGGCAUGAGCACUUCUCUCUUUCUACUGCUAAUACUGCUCCCUAUACAACCAAGCAUUCUGCUAGCAUGUCCUGCUGCUCUAUUACAUUGUCUGCCUACCUUUAAGUCAUCAGAAAUAAUCACCCCUAAAAUCCCUUUCCUCAGAUGUUGAGGUUAGGACUCUAUCAAAUAUUCUGUACUCCUUUCUUUUAGGAUAUAAAUGUUAAAGGAACACUAUAGUCAACUAAAUAACUUUAGCUAAAUAAGGCAGUUUUAGUGUAUAGAUAAUUCCCCUGCAAUUUCACUGCUCAAUUCACUGUCAUUUAGAAGUUAAAUAAUUUUGUUUCUGUUUAUGCAGCCCUAGCCACACCUCCCCUGGCUAUGAUUGACAGAGCUUGCAUGAAAAAGAAACUGGUUUCACUUUCAAACAGAUGUAAUUUACCUUAAAUAAUUGUAUCUCAAUCUCUAAUUUGAACUUUAAUCACAUACAGGAGGCUCUUGCAGGGUCUAGCAAGCUAUUAACAUAGCAGAGGAUAAGAAAAUCUUAAUUAAACAGAACUUGCAAUAAAGAAAGCCUAAAUAGGUCUCUCGUUACGGGAAGUGUUUAUGGAAGGCUGUGCAAGUCACAUGCAGGGAGGUGUGACUAGGGUUCAUAAACAAAGGAAUUUAACUCCUAAAUGGCAGAGGAUUGAGCAGUGAGGCUGCAGGGGCAUGUUCUAUCCACCAAAACUGCUUCAUUAAGCUAAAGUUGUUCAGGUGACUAUAGUGUCCCUUUCAAUCUCAACAACUGCCCCAGAAAAUACCAAAGCCAAGGAAUACUGCAAAAAAAAAUAUUUUUUAAAUAGCUAAACUUAGUAAGAAACCUGAACCAGUUAGUCCUGCCCAGGCAGGCUGUUUACUUGUUCCUUCUGGGGAGGCUGAACUCCCCAGGUAGUACCAUGUUAAGCAUGGUAUAUGAGACCCAAACAAAUAGAAUUAUACAGGGGAAUAAACUAUCCCUGCCUGUCAAUUGGAACAGGAAAAAAAAAGACUGGGGUGCUCAGGGGGAAGGGAGAUUUUAUUGAGUUUGUUCCUGUCCUGACAGCUGGGGAGGAGCUUUAUCCAUUAGUAAUGCUGCCAUGUUUAGCCAGGAGAGUUGUGAAUCAACGACCAGAUAGUGGCCUUGCAUAUUUAUUCCGGAAUGGCAAAGGCCUGGGAGACAAAGUGAGACUGUAAGAAAAGAGUAGAAAGAUCCAAACAUUUAGAAGCCAGCAAAAUGGCUUCCUUAAUCCAACAUGCAAUAGAGCCUUUGGAUGCCAUUUUGCGCUUUUUAAGGCCUUGGUAUAGAAUGAACAGCUGUUUAAACUUUAGAAAUUCACUAGGUCUGCCAAGCUAGAUCUACAGUGUUCUUUUUCAUUAUGAGUAUUAACAAAACGUUAAGAAGUAUAAUUUUGUGGUUAAUGUUAAAGGAUCACUAUAGUGUCAGGAAAACAAGUUCGUUUUCCUGACACUAUAUAACCCUUAGGUCCCUCCCACCCUCAGGGCCCCCCUCCCACUGGGACUGGUAGGUCAUUGUAGUGGAGUAUUUUCCCUCCUGCAAAGAAGUGGUGGAGCCUAUAGAGAUCAUUAUAUUCAUAGUGUGCGAAAUCUUUGGGAGACAUGCCGGGGGCAAAUGCUUUGUUGCGCAGUAUGGGAGUUAGUGAUGUCAGUUUAUUGAUGAUGGGGAAUUUUCUGGUGAUCUUGUCCCAUACGCUUAUGGAGUUGGCUAGUGGUGGAGGUAUGGAUGGUGAUGUGGGACGGGAUUUUUGGGGCACCCAGAUGUAGAGGGAUGGGAAAUCAAAGCCGAAGAGAUCAUGUUCUAGUUCUACCCAGCGUUUGACCCUUAUUGGGGAGUGUAUAUUUUUUAUAUGGGUGAGUUUUGUAGCAUGGUAAUAGUGCUGGAAGUGGGGUAGGCCUAGUCCUCCCGUUCUGUUGGGGAUGUUUCACUCUGGGUCAUUUGUUUGACCAUAUGAAUUUGUCAAUUUGUGAUUGUAGAUAUUUGAAGUCCGAAGUUGGAAUGGUUAUGGGGAGGGUUUGAAAGAGGUAGAGAAAGCAUGGCAGUAGAUUCAUCUUUACUGAGGCUAGGCGUCCCAGCCACGAUAAAGACAAGUCCCUCCAGCUGUUAAGGUCUUCCAUGGCUCGUUGUAGCAUCGGGGUAAAGUUUAGGGCAUAAGUGCGGCGCAGUACUGCUGGUAAUGAAAUUCCCAGAUAUGAUAUGUGAGAAGUGUUUUAUCGGAAUGCAUAUGUAUGUUGUAGUAUGUUUUUCUCUUCUGUCCCCAUAUUCAGCAUCAGUGCUUCGGUUUUGUCUAGGUUUAGCCUAUAUUUGUUAACCUCUUAUUAUUUGUCUAGGAGCUUCAGAAGUGAUGCUUAAUGGGUUCGUGAGCGUUAGAAUGAGAUCAUCGACAUAAGCUGCCGCUUUAUAUGUCUGUGUGUGUAUUGUGAUGCCUGUGAUUGAUGGUGUGGAGUGAAUGAGGUGUAGUAGGGGUUAGAGGGAAAGGGCGAAGAGGAUGGGGGAUAGUGGGCAUUCCUGCCUAGUUCUGUUGUAUAUGGAGAAGGAAGGUGGAGUCAUGUUGGCAGUGGGGGUGGAAUAUAUUGUUUGCAGAGCAUCUAGAAAAAGUUUAGGGAAUCCAAAUUUCUCCAAGGUGGCAAAAAGGAAUGGCCAGAGUAAUCUAACAAAUGCCUUCUCAGCGUCGUGGGAUAGGAGUAUGGUCGGUAUAGAGCAGCAGUUGGCAACCCAGAUCAGGUCCAGCAUCCGUCUGGUAUUGUCGCUGGCUUGGCUUGAGGGGAUAAUCCCACCUGAUCUGGGUGGACCAGUUUGGUGAGGUAUGGCAGGAGUCAGUUGGUGAGUAUCUUGGUAAAUAUUUUCACGUCUACGUUCAGUAGGGAGAUGGGUCUAUAGUGGCCUGGUUCUGUGUGGGGUUUAUUGGGAUUGGGUAGGAGGCAUAUGUUUGCCUGUAACAUUUCUUUGGGGAGUGGAUCUCCCCGUAGUAGGGAGUUGUAUAGAUGUCCUAGGUGGGAUAGGAGGAUGUCUGGAAUGUCUUGUAAUAAAUGCCCGAGUAUCUAUCUGGUUCUGGGCUUUUGUUAGGUUUUGUUGCGCCUAUUGCGGUGGCCAACUCCUGUUUGGUGAUUUCUGUAGAGAGCUGAGUGAUUGUGGUUUUGGGAGGCGUGGGUAGUUGUACUUUUUCUGAGAAAGAGUGUAUUUGGUCCCGCGGGUUCGUAUUGUGUUGUCUGUGCUGGGGGGAAUGGUCAUAUAAACCAGAGAAAUAAUUUUUAAAUGUCACUGCGAUUCUUGUGGGGAUAUCUGUGUUAUGUCCUGAUGGAGUGCGGAUGUUGGUAAUGUGUUUGACUUGGAUGCGUUUGCGUAGCCUACGUGCAAGGAGUGUGUCGGCUUUGUUGGAUUUUUCGUAAAACAUUUGUUUAGUCCAUUGUAGGGCUUUUGUUGCGUCGGCUGCCAUCGCAUUCUUGAGGGCUUGUCUCUGGUGUUGGAGUUGUGAGGUCAGAAGUGGGGGUUUGUUUGUGUUUGGAUUCGAGAUUCUUUAUUGUUGUGAGUACGGUCUCUAUGUGUGCGAGGUGUUUUUUUGUGUGUGCUGUGGCUAUGCUGAUGAGGGAGCCUCUGAUUACUGCCUCGUGGGCUGCCCAUAGGACGGCCGGAGACUGUACUGAGUUCUUGUUUGUGUUGAAGUAGUUUGUGAAUUCAGUCUUGAUUUAUAGUAUUGUUUGGGGGUCAUGGAGAAGGAUGGGAUUUAGUCUCCAGGACCAGGGUCUUGAGAUUUGUGGCGGUUGGAUUGUCAUUGAGAUUUCCGCGUGGUCAGACCACGUUAUGUUACCGAUUGAGGUUGCGGUAUUGAGCGGAAGGAGAGAUGGGGAGAUAAGGAAGUAAUCUAUGUGGGAAUAGGUGCAGUGUGGGUUUGAAUGGAAUGUAUAAUCCUGUGUUGUUGGAUGGUGUAUGUCUAUCAGCAUAGUCUGGGAUAUGAAGUCUGCCAUGAGUCUGUCCGAUCUGGAGGGUUGUGUUGUGGGCUCGGAUGGCUGUUUUCGUCUAUCUAUCGUUGGUGAUAGUGUAGCGUUGAAGUCCCCACCAAUGAUUCUGUAGCAGUUAGGGUGAAGGCUGAGAUGGGGUUGUAGAUUAAUCCAGUAUUGUGGGUCUGGGUUUGAAAGAGCAUAGAUGGAUGUGAUCACUUAUUUGAAUGGGCUAAUUGUUCCUGCUAUCUUAAGGAAGUGUCCGUGAGGGUCUUUGUGUGUGGUUCUGACUUGGAAGGGGCAUGAUUUCCUUAAUAGGAUUGCCACUCCAUUGUGUUUGCCUGAGUUUGAGUUGGCCAGGUGGCAGUCCUUAAAGUGUCAGCUCUGGAGAGGGAAGGGUCAUGUGUCCGAGUAGUGUGUUUUCUGCAGGAGAAUGAUGUCUGCUAUGGUACGGUUGGCCCAACGCAUAAGUUGAUGUAGUUUCCAGGGGUUAUUUAGCCCUUUGCAGUUAAUUGAGAUGCAUGUCAGAUUAGUAGGCAUUGUAGUAUGGGUGGGUGUGUUGCACUGGUGUGGGAGAGGUGUAGAGACUGAUACCCAGGUACAAGGUGCAACCCACUCUGGACGUGAGUAGUUCAUGGUUGGUGCACAGGGAUGGGGAGGGUUAGCUAGGGCCAUCCCUUUUGGUGCUAAAGGCUUUGGGAGGGUUAGAGUGGUAUGUCUGGGUCCCCACCUAACCUUCAGUUUAGGAAUAUGUAAGUAGUGGUAGUUUACUUUGCUCAUGGGGUCUGAGUGUGUAUAAUUCUUGAUAGAUAUAUAUAUAUAAUAUAUAUAGAUAUAUAUAUAUAUAUAUAUAUAUAAUGUGUGUGUAUAGAUAUAUACACAUAUAUACACCCUGUUUCAAAUUAUUAUGCACAUCCUAUUUAAGUAAAUAGAAAACCGUAGAAAGGGGUGAGAAAGAAUUGAAGAGAUUGCUCAGAAUCACCAAGUGUGUGUCACUCCAAAUCACAGAAAAUUAAACAAUUGAUUGUUUUCAGUGAACAAAAGAGCCCAGAGACACAAUGCCAUUCAUGAGUUAAACUAAAAAAACAAAAUAUUUAAACUUUGUGACACUAAAAUAGAAUUUAAUAAACAAUAUGAUGAGAGCAAAAUAUGUGGUAAAAAAACCACAUGGAUAAUAUAUCAAACAUGCAAUAUUAUCAUGUAUCUGUAUGUGUCCUGGAAAUAUAAAACACAGUACAUAGUAUAGCCUGUAUAUGAUAAUUAAAAUAACCCCUUAACGACGAGGGAUUGCCAUAACGACGAGUGACGGACCUCGUCUGUCACCCGUUAAAAUUAACCCUGGAUCGCCGCUAUCGCGGUGAUCGCAGGUGUUAAUGGUGCUCCGGUCUGCCUCUGUUUUAGAGGCAGACCUGGAGCACCCGAUAGUGCUGCCCAGCACAUGUGCUCGUUCUGACAGCAUGUCAGAGCAAGCACUUGUGCUUAGUAUACUUACACAGCGUAAAAAUUUAAAGUUUGAAAAAACUGGAAUGGCUUUGUCCCAAAUGUGCCCCUCCGAUGUCCACAUAUACCUGGCAAAGGUACAUACGGGGGUAUUGCUGUACUCAGCCGACAUAGCUGAGCAACAUAUGAAGUAUUAUACACUGGUAGCACACAUAAGGUUUGCAAAAUAUACUGUGCAAACUCUCUUUGUGUGUCAAAAAGGCAGAAAUAAACACUUAUUACCACUACACUUGAUACAAGCUAGCGGAAAAAUGAUCCCAUGCUAAGGUUCAAAAUAUACCUUUUGAAAUACUCUGGGGUGUCUACUUUAAGAAAUGGUAGGCCUUUGUGGGGUAGUUUGAAUUUAAACCCUGCUAAGAUGCUUGGAAAUUGCACAUAGACCCAGCGUCAAAGUUAGGUAAAAACUGAUAUGGCUUGGUCUCCUAUAUGGCACUGUAGCUUCACGAAAUAGUGCCAAAGACAUUCAUUGGGGGUGUCUUUUUACUCAGAAAACUUAGCCAAGCAUAAUUUGGGGGGUUUGAACUUAGUGGCACAUGUGAAAUAUACAAAAAGCCCAGCAAAAAUGCAACCCAUAUGUAAAAAACGCACAAAAUUAUUUUUUAUCACAUACUUUAGCAUAUAUUGGUGAAAUAAUUGGGGCAUGUUAAGGCACAAUAUGCACCUUAUGAGAUACCCUGGAGUGUCUACUUUUACAAAUGGUAGGCCUUUGUGGGGGUUUUUUUUUGAACAGUUAAACUGGUAUAAUACCCCAAAUGGAAGCAUAGGCUUAUUAAAUCUGUCUCUUAAAAUUCCACUGUGAAUACUGAAAAGGACAGGUCUCCUAUAUGGCACUGAAGCUUCACAAAAUAGUGCCAAAGACAUACAAUGGGGGUGUCAUUUUACUCAGAAGACUUAGCUGAGCAUAAUUUGGGGGGGUUGAACUUUAUGGCACAUGUGAAAUAUACAAAAUGCCCAGCAAAAAUGCAAUCCAUGUGUAAAAAACACACAAAAUUAUUUUUUACCACAUACUUUGGCAUAUAUUGGUGAAAAAAUAGGGGCAUGUUAAGGCACAAUAUGCACCUUAUGAGAUAUCCUGGAGUGUCUACUGUUACAAAUGGUAGGCCUUUGUGGGCUUUUUUGAACAGUCAAACUGUUGUAAUACCCCAAAUGGAAGCAUAGGCUCAUUAGAUCCGUCUCUCAAAAUUCUACUGUGAAUACUGAAAAGAACAGGCCUCCUAUAUGGCACUGUAACUUCACGAAAUAGUGCCAAAGACUUACAAUGGGGGUGUCAUUUUAUUCAGCAGAUGUAACUGAACACAAAAUAAAACUUUAAACAGGAAUAGCACACACCAACUUUACAAAAUACACAUGAGAAUUUCUUUGUUAUAAGUUUGUGUGCCAAAAACCAAAAAAAAACCAAAAUUUUACUCCAAUAUUUAGCAGAGGUUGGCGGUGAAAUGGCUACGUAGAAAGUGUCAAAGCAACCCUUGGUAAAUACCCUGUGAUGUCUACUUUAAAUAAAUAUAUACUUUUGUGUGGCAAUUUUGUUUUCUUCUAUGGCUAUUAGGCUUUCAAGACAAACAUACCAAAUUCUAAAAUCGCUCCACAUUAAAAGUUUAUUUUACUCCUUGUGCUUUGUGACCUGUAACUACCAAAAAAUACUUAAAAUCCCAGACGCAUUAUAUAUUCUGUAAAUCAGAACAACUAAAUGAAUUUAUUUUUAAUUACUUUCCUUAACCUGCACUAAUUAUGCACACAUUAUUAUUGCAAAAAUUGCAAAAAAAAAACAAAAUUUUUCUUUUUUUUUGCAUUUUUCUGUAUUUUUUUAUAAUAAAUAAGCAUUUAUAUAUAUAUGUGUUACAUCAAAUUAAAUCCCUUUCUGUCCUUUAAAAAACGAUAUAUAAUAUGUGUCGGUGCAAUAAAAUGCAAAUUGCAGUUGAACACAAACAGCAAGAAAUGAAAAAAAGCUGUUGUCAUUAAAUGAAAGACAAGCUUCUGAAGCUCUGUCCUUAAGGGGUUAAUGGAGAAGGAAAUAUCUUACUCACGUGGUGCUGAGCCGUUAGGAAGUGGCUCAGACUAUAAGCGCCUUAAUUAAUAAAUUGGAGACCGAAAUGCUGGAACUGAGAUACAGGAAGUUCACUGCAAGCUCCCUACUUUCCUUCUGGACAAUUUCCACAAACGUCAAACAAAGGUGUAGGUACAGGAACAUGUAUCUUUAAUAAUAACAUAAAAUACAGCAAAAUACUGGAUCUCCAAUAAAGGAUAAACUGCAUGACGCGUUUCGACCUGUGGUCUUUGUCAAAGUGCUAAAUCUCAUAACAACUUAUUCAGUUUAAAUAUUUUUUUAAAAGGCGCGUUUUCUAUCUUCGUUGUACAACUUCCGGUUUCCGUUUGCGUCAUUUCCUCUCGAGGUCAGCGGUCGUUUUCUGUCUCUGUCAGAUGACGAACUUCCGGUUUCGGGUAGAAAGUUCUAAAUGCGCAUGUGCGCUAAAAUAUCCAAAUAAAACGUCUAUAUCGAGCAUUUUUACAUAGAACUUCAUGUUUCACAUUAUUAUAUCCUCAAGGUUAAACAGUCAUAAUAAUACAACCUAUGUUAAAAAUACAUAUCUUAUAAUUAUACAAUACAUUCAUUUAAAUAUGUAGAAUAAGAUAUAUAAAAAUAGUAUUAAAAAAAUAGUAUUCAGAGCACAGACAGGUUCGUGCAGAUAAAGGCACAUUGAGGAAGAUUUCUGCCAGAUCCACGCAUCGGAUCAAGAGAGCAGCUGCUAAAAUACCAUUACAUAGCAGCAAACAGAUAUUUAAAGCUGCUGGUGCCUCUAGAGUCCCACGGACAUCAAGGUGUACAGUCCUCCAGAGUCUUGCAACUGCGCAUAAACCUUCUAUUUGGCCACCACUCACCAAUGCUCACAAGCAGAAACGGCUGCAUUGGGCAGAAAAAUACAUGAAGAUUCAUUUUCAAACAGUCCUGUUCACUGAUGAGUGCCAUGGAUGGAGUAGUGGAUGAUUGGUGGACGGCCACCCUGUUCCAACAAGGCUGCAACAUUAGCAAGGCAGUGGUGGAGUCAUGUUUUGGGCCGGAAUCAUGGGAAGAGAGCUGGUCGACCCCUUUAGGGUCCCCGAAGGUGUAAAGAUGACGUCUGCAAAGUAUGUGGAGUUUCUGACUGACCACAUUCUUCCCUGGUACAGAAGGAAGAACUAUGCUUUCCGUAAUAAAAUCAUCUUCAUGCAUGACAAUGCACCAUCUCAUGCUGCAAAGAAUACCUCUGCAUCAAUGGCUGCUAUGGGGAUAAAAGGAGAGAAUGUCAUGGUGUGUCCUCCAUCCUCCCCUGACCUCAAUCCUAUUGAGAACCUUUGGAGCAUCCUCAAGCAAAAGAUCUAUGAGGGUGGGAGGCAGUUUACAUCCAAACAGCAGCUCUGGGAGGCUAUUCUGACAUCUUGCAAACAAAUUCAAGCAGAAACUGUCCAAAAACUCACAAGUUCAAGGGAUGCAAGACUUGUGAAGCUGCUAUCAAAUAAGGGGUCCUAUGUUAAAAUGUAACGUGACCUGUUAAAAUGUUUACAAAGUUAAAAUGUUGUUAUAAGUUUGAUUGAAAUAGCUUUUGAUUUCUGUAAAUAUGCUGCAAACACAACAAAUGACAAUUUUCAGUUCUUUACAACCUAUAAAGUGUUUUGAAACUUACUGUGCGCAAUAAUUUGGAACAAUGCAUUGUAAGUUUUUUUAUGUUUAAAAAAAAAUACUGUUAUCCUUAGGAGGUUUAUUCAAUAAAAUUUGAAUUGUACUCUUAAUAGUUGAUAACAUGAGAAUUGUGCUGACUGCUAUUUACAUCAAUUAUUUAGGUAAAUGAGAAAAAUAUAAUUUGCAUAAUAAUUUGGAACAGGGUGUACAUAUAUAUAUAUAUAUAUAUUUUUUAUUUUUUUUGUUAUUAUUGGGUUUAGAUAUCCCCCCCCCGCAUUGGUAGGUUUGUUGAGUUUAUAUAUUCUCCCCCCUCCAUUCCGAUCCCAACCCUCCCCCGUCCUCCCCCAACUGUUUGUGUGUGAUCUGCCCAUGCUCCCCACCCCUACUGUUGUCUCUCCCCCCAUCAGCGGAUAUGGUCAGCUGUAGUGCUAGUCAACAUUCCUCGUCAUAAGGGAGCAAGGUUUACAUAUGGCCCAUUUCCUGGAGUGGGGGACCGGCGUGGUGACGCCCGCGUGCACUGACACCUCAUUCACAUGAGGCUCUCCCCCAGGUUUGGGGAGAAGGUGAUCGGGGCGGGCUGUUGCCUUGAAGGUCGCCAUCUUGGAGGUUCUUGCGGACCAGUAACCUAAAUGGGUGUCCCCAUCGGUAUGCCAUGCCUGCCUGAGCCAAUGUGUUGGUAAGUGGUUUGAGCUCUCUGCAUUUGGCUAGGGUAAUGGGUGAGAUGUCUUGAUAGAACUGUAGGGUGAUUGCAUCCGUGUGGCCGCUAUGAUGGCUUCUUUAUAUGUGAAGUAGUGUAAGUGCACAAUUACGUCUCUUGGCGCUGUUUGGUUGAGGCUGGGGGUUUUCAAGGCUUUGAGGGCCCUGUCUAUGGCCAGAUCUUGCGGUGUUGCUUCUGGGAGGAGGGCAACGAAUAUUUUUUGCAACGCGGCAGGUAACAUUUCGAUGGUGACUGUUUCUGGAAGGCCUCUGAUCCUAAUGUUAUUGCACCGUGAGCGGUUGUUUAGGUCCUCCAUGCCAGUUUCUAGCAUCUCCACUCUGGUUCUUAGUGUGGCGAGCUCUCAGUCAUAGGUGUUAAUCGAUUCUAAGAGCUCAUCAGCGCGUUGUUCCACUAGGUCCGUCCUCUGCUCUAGGUCUGCUAGUUCUACUUUAUGACCCUGGAGCUGUUUUUCGAGCUCUGCAGCCAUGUGCUCUUUUAUGUCUGCUGCAGCCUUGGUCAGCGGUGUUGAAGCUGGGGCUGCAGCUACUGCGCUCUGAGUCAGAGGCUGAGUCUUCUGUCCUCUGUGAGGAAGAUGGCGCCAGGCCUCGUGGGGGUAUUCAUCUUGAAAAUAUGACUGAUCAGACAAAAAAAAUAUUUUAUUGAAGGGCAGUGAUCAAAUGAAGCAAUUUACUAUAACAUGGUUUUGCUCCUUUUUAAAUCAUAAUGAUAACAGAAACCACCCAAAUGGCCCUGAUCAAAAGUUUACAUAGCUUGAAAGUUUGGCCUUGUUACAGACACACAAGGUGACACAUACAGGUUGAAAUGGCAAUUAAAGGCCACCAUGAUGACGUAGGACCCAGAGUGACAUUACACUCGCGCGAGCACGGGUGUGGAUAAGUGAGGACACAUCCUGAAAGUAGCAUGUCCCUAGUUUGGGGAUAUCGACGAAAAGCGGAGGAAGGUAGGCUGGUUGCAGUGUAAGAUGAGCGGUAUCAGACACUAGGGUAUGAGACGCAGCUUGGUGCAACUUGGAAAUUGGCAGACGCAGGAGGGGACUUCCAGAGCUGCUGCCUGUAGAGCAGGACUGGAGGUGGGGGCAGAUUCUGAUCCUGAGGCUGGAAAGUUUGGAGCUAAGGGUGGAAGGAGGAGAAAGAUAAGUAAUGUAAAGAAUAUUGCUUGAAAAGCUUAAGAAUAACUGUACUAGCUAAUAUUGCUGUGGAAAAUCUUUUGUAAUAGGGGUCUUGAGUUGGUCUGAAUUAAGGAUAAGUAACCUUUCUUCUCUGGAAAAAGAGUACAAUCUGUUGCACUAAGGAUAAGCAGCUAGAACACACUUAAUGGGAAUAAUCAUAAAAAAUCCCACAACAAAAAGUGAAUACAAACAACAAAGUGGUGUGCAGCACAGAAUAGGUAAUACCACAAGUGAGAUGCAAUGCAUACACACUUGUGGUAUUACCUAUUCUGCGCUGCACACCACUUUGUUGUUUGUAUUAACCUUUCUUCUCUGUAUCUUUCUUCUUUGUACCUUAAAGUCCAUUCUUUCUACACUAAUUCCUGAAAUAACUUGAAGUAAUUUGAAACAGUGAUAAAUUCUAUAUAGCGGGAAGAAAGAGAAAAAAAGGCAAGGGAAGGGUUAUUUUAACACUGCUUAGAAAUUGAAAGUGGGUGGGGGGGUCGGGGUCAUUUUUAGCUCAAGCAGAAAACCCCCUCAAGACUAUUUUUUUGCUUUGACCCUAAACCAAUUUAGCGUGAAUCUUCCGCUCUUAGACUAGUCAUCUCAUCCUUGCCCAUUGAUAAAUACCAAUUGAGAAGAGAAGAUAAAUGGCUCCCAAAAAAGAGAAAGCGCAUGAGAUGGACAGAUCUGACAUUGUUUUCACCUAAAUCUAAUACAAUUAAUCAGCAAGAACAAAAUAGAAGAUUAAUUUCUCCCGAUCAACAUGAGAUCUCAACUACUUCUAUACAGAUAGAAAAAAACUCAGUAUAGAAAAAGCAAGACGGUUUCUCAGGAAAGCUUAGCGUUAGAGGAAUUGUAUGAGAAAAGCCGCAAUUACUUCAAGUCACACAUAUCUGAUGUAAAGUCAGAAGUACUGACUUGAAGCAGAAAGUAACAACACAAGAUGGUGUCUUGAAAGAUACACGUGAAGAAAUUAAAUUUCAACAAACUCAAAAUUCUAUAUUAAAGAAUCAGGUAAAGCAACUGGAAAUCCAAACCAUUGACAUGAUAGAUGAUAGAUCAUGGAUAAACAAUCUAAGAGUUAAAGGAAUAUCAAAAGAGAUUAAAUCAGACAAGCUGGAGCAGUACCUGAAGGAGUACAUGGCUCAAUUUUUAGUUCCACAGGACAUCGGAUCAGCUCCCUUUGAGAGAUACCAUAGAAUCCACAAACCGGACAAUAUUCAAACAACAGAGCCAAGAGAUGUGAUUGUGCGAUUCUUGGAUUGCAAUAUUAAAGAUCCUCUGGAUAGAAAAACUCGCUACAAUAAGCCUCAGGAUCCAAAGUUCACUGCAAUCUCUACCUUCUCGGAUCUCUCAGCAGCCACAAGAAACAGCCGUAAAUGCUUCAGAGAUAUGACUGUAACAGCACCCCUAGGCAUGAAAGGGGUUAAACGCCGUUUAGAGGAUAUUCCCUUCCAGAUAUAUAGGCAGCUACCAAAGACACCAAUCCGCCGAACAGGAAACCAUAUGAAUGCUGUAAACAGCCGAACCGGAACAAUACGAAUGCUCCAAACAGUCAAAUAGGAAAAACCAUACGAAAGGUUUACACUCCUAGCCAGGGCCGCCAUCUGUCAGUCUCGGGCCCCACAUUCCCUCUCUGCACACAUAGAUAGCGAAUAUCGCCGCGAGAGUUAUUAGAAGAGAGGAGAAGAGAAGAGUAGAAGCAGUGUGCUGGGCCCCCUCUGCGGUAACAGGGAGCCAGGCGGGCCCCCCCCCCAUGCCACCGGACCACCAGGGAUGGAAUCUCCCCCCUCCCUGGACACAGGUAAGAAGCAGGGAGGGGGAGAAACAUUUAAUUAAAUUAAUAUAAAAUGUAUGUGAAAAUGCCCCUUCCUCCCUCCCCCCAGAUUGCACAUUUACACACACACUGCAUACCCUAACACAAAACACACACUGCAUACACUAACACAACACACACACACUGCAUACACUAAUACAAUACACACAUCAUACACUAACAAAACACACACUCUGCAUACACUAAUACAACACACACUCUGCAUACACUAACACAACACACACUGCAUACACUAAUACAACACACACACUGCAUACACUAACACAACACACACACUGCAUACACUAAUACAACACACACACUGCAUACACUAACACAACACACACUCUGCAUACACUAACACAGCACACACUGCAUACACUAACACAACACACACUGCAUACACUAGUACAUCACACACUCAGCAUUCACUACACUGACACACACUCUGCAUUCAUUACACUAACACACACUCUGCAUUCACUACACACUAACACACUCUCUGCAUUCACUACACUGACACACUCUCUGCAUUCACUACUCUAACACACACUCUGCAUUCACUACACACUAACACACUCUCUGCAUUCACUACACUAACACACACUCUGCAUUCACUACACACUAACACAUGCUCUGCAUUCACUACACAUUAACACACUCUCUGCAUUCACUACACUAACACACACUCUGCAUUCACUACACACUCUCUGCAUUUACUACACUAACACACACUCUGUAUUCACUACACUGACACACACUUUGCAUUCACUACACAUUAACACACUCUCUGCAUUCGCUACACUGACACACACUCUGCAUUCACUACACAUUAACACACACUCUGUAUUCACUACACUGACACACACUCUGUAUUCACUACACUGACACACACUCUGCAUUCACUACACACUAACACACUCACUGCAUCCACUACACUGACACACACUCUGCAUUUGCUACACAUUAACAUACUCUGCAAUUACUAUACUAACACACACUCUGCAUCCGCUACACACCAACACACGCUCUGCAUUCACUACACAUUUACACACACUCUGCAUUCACUACACACUAACACACACAUUACAUUCAUUACACUGACACACUAUGCAUUCACUACACACUAACACACACUCUGCAUUCAUUACACACUAACACACACUCUGCAUUCACUAAACUAUGCACACACUCUGCAUUCACUAAACUAUGCACACACUCUGCAUUUACUAUACUGACACACACUCUGCAUUCACUACACUAACAUACAGUCAGCAUUAACUGUACACACAGCAUCCACUACACAAACAUCCUGUAUUCACAGUACACACACUACAUCCACCACAAAUUGAAACACUCUGCAUUCACUAUACACAGAUACUGCGUCUAAUGUAUACACUACAUCCACUACAGACACUGCAUCCACUAAACACAUUUAAUCUAGUACACACAAACACUACAUCCACUACACAAACACACACUACAUCACUGUACACACACUACAUCCAUUACUCAAACACACUCUGCGUUCACUAUACACACUGCAUCCGCUACACAAACACACACUCUGCAUUCACUGCACAAACAGUAUCUAAUACACACAAACACUACAUCCAUUACACACAUUCUAAUUCACUUCCACUAUACACACCACAUUUAGUCCUGCAUCAUUGUCAGUGGACUAGGUAGGGAGUGGGCAGGGCCCGGGGGGGAGGGAAGAAGGGGGGGGCACUAGCACACACUCUGCGUUCACUACACACUAACACACUCUCUGCAUUCACUACACUAACACACACUCUGCAUUCACUACACUGACACACACUCUGCAUUCACUACACUGACACACUCUGCAUUUGCUACACAUUAACACACUCUGCAUUCACUACACUAACACACAUUCUGCAUCCGCUACACACUAACACACUCUCUGCAUUCACUACACUUUAACAAACACUCUGCAUUCACUACACUAACACACACUCUGUAUUCACUACACUGACACAUACUUUGCAUUCACUACACAUUAACACACUCUCUGCAUUCACUACACUGACACACACUCUGCAUUCACUACACAUUAACACACACUCUGUAUUCACUACACUGACACACACUCUGUAUUCACUACACUGACACACACUCUGCAUUCACUACACACUAACACACUCACUGCAUCCACUACACUGACACACACUCUGCAUUUGCUACACAUUAACAUACUCUGCAUUCACUAUACUAACACACACUCUGCAUCUGCUACACACCAACACACGCUCUGCAUUCACUACACAUUUACACACACUCUGCAUUCACUACACACUAACACACACACUACAUUCAUUACACUGACACACUAUGCAUUCACUACACACUAAGACACACUCUGCAUUCAUUACACACUAACACACACUCUGCAUUCACUAAACUAUGCACACACUCUGCAUUCACUAUGCUGACACACACUCUGCAUUUACUAUACUGACACACACUCUGCAUUCACUACACUAACAUACAGUCAGCAUUAACUGUACACACAGCAUCCACUACACAAACAUCCUGUAUUCACAGUACACACACUACAUCCACCACAAAUUGAAACACUCUGCAUUCACUAUACACAGACACUGCGUCUAAUAUAUACACUACAUCCACUACAGACACUGCAUCCACUAAACACAUUUAAUCUAGUACACACAAACACUACAUCCAUUACACAAACACACACUACAUCACUGUACACACACUACAUCCAUUACUCAAACACACUCUGCGUUCACUCUACACACUGCAUCCGCUACACAAACACACACUCUGCAUUCACUGCACAAACAGUAUCUAAUACACACAAACACUACAUCCAUUACACACAUUCUAAUUCACUUCCACUAUACACACCACAUUUAGUCCUGCAUCAUUGUCAGUGGACUAGGUAGGGAGUGGGCGGGGCACGGGGGGAGGGAAGAAGGGUGGGGGCACUAACACACACUCUGCGUUCACUACACACUAACACACUCUCUGCAUUCACUACACUAACACACACUCUGCAUUUGCUACACAUUAACACACUCUGCAUUCACUACACUAACACACAUUCUGCAUCUGCUACACACUAACACACUCUCUGCAUUUACUACACAUUAACAAACACUCUGCAUUCACUACACACUAACACACACACUACAUUCAUUACACUGACACUACUCAAACACACUCUGCGUUUACUAUACACACUGCAUCCACUACACAAACAAAUAAUCUGCAUUCACUGCACAAACAGUAUCUAAUAAAAAUUUCUGAUGGUGGUCUGGAACAGCAUACAAUAACUGGAACUGAAAAAGCAUACAAUAAAUCCCCCCAAGAACGAGACAAGGCUCUGUGUUGAGAGUCAAAACAGGAACAGACUGAGCUGUGUCUUUAUUGGCCUUAUAUACACAUUUUACAGACAAAGUUCCACCCACAGGGUUUUGCAGAACAACCAAUCAAUACGUACAAUACACUCAGACACUCCCAGCAAUUACACACAAAAUCCUCCCCUCUGCCUGUGAUAUAAUUACUGAACACAAUGGGUUAAUGUAAUUAUCACAGGCAGAGAAAUACAGUUUUUACACAUGUACUAUAACUUUAAAACUAUAUAUUCAAUAUUUAUAAUACAUAUUACAUAUACUUACAAUAUUACAAUACAUAUUAUUAUUCAGCACACUUUAAUUACAAACAUAUCCAAAAUUCAGGUGAUUCCUUCCAGGGUUAAAAAGUUAGUCGGAAGUCCUUAAUGAGCACAUUUUCAUGCCCAAAACAGUUCCAUAGAUUUGGGCUGUGCGGUCGGUCAAUUUCACACUGAAGAAAUGACUAAGUCCAUUUGAACGAGCAUUCGAAUCUUCGAACGGGACUUAGUCUCCAGCCGCAGUGUCAAAGUGGAGGAGAAGGUACGGGUCAGUGGUGUUCAAGCAAUUGGGUAGCCGAAAACAGUUCCAUAGACUUAGCUGCAUACACCGCUGACCGCGUUCGGCUGAAUUAAAAUGGCCGCCACCACGUGUUCGUUUGUCGAAUGGCGGUCACUUCGACUGCUUUGGCACUUCAGCUGUAUCCGAAGUACCAAUUUGAAGUUGCAACACUGCUCCAAAGUAAUUAAAGGGCCAGAAACAGCAUAAUAAAAUACAAUAUGCCCAAAUACGGUAUUUAAAGGGCCAAAUCUCCAUAAUCACAUGGCAAGAGGCUGACAAGUAGUUCUCUCCAGGCACAAGUGGCGAAGGGCACUUCGUCACAUCGACCAUUACAUUAAGGAACAAGAAUAUCCCAUACAAAUGGGGCUUCCCUACUAAACGUUUGAUCUUCUAUGGCGACAGAACCAUCAUACUAAGUGAUCCAUCUGAAGCUCUAACUAGAAUGGGUAUCCCCCUUUAAAAUCUAUCUUAUGGAAAGUGGAGACCUAAGGAGAAAAAUAAUGAGGUGGAAGGAAGAGAAAAGAUAGAAAAGUGGCAAUAAAUAAAGAAUGAGACAAGGUGAAAGAAGGGAUAUGGGAAAGAAAAAGGGAGAAUAAAGGAAGGAGAAAAAAAAAACCACAACUUCAAACAGAGGGAAAUGGGAGAAUUUUGAACACCUAAUCUCAAAUGUUGUUAUGGUUAAACCUCACAAUACACGGACACAUUUAUCAUAGCGGAUACUUAGCUCAUGAAAAUUAUAUAGCACUCUAUUGCGGCUGAUAGUGAGGAAUUUUCUGUCAGGAAUUUCCCCUUUGCCAUGGUCUUUUGUAUUAUUCCCAACAGCGGCGAUACUUGCCUUAUCCAGGGGACGGCCAACUACACACAAGCCGCGCGAGGCUCGAUCUCCUCUACUGAGCGGGCCGCGUGCACCGCAGUGAGCAGUCAUGCCCGCCUCGCACUAGGAGCGCAGCUCGUGUCCCAAGUGCGCUUUUAAAGGGGCAGUGGGAGCCACAAGUGGGUACAGGCUCACAUUGGCCCACGUCAUUCAGGCACCCCCACACACGCAUGUUUUGGGGGCGUAGGCAUGAAGUGAGCCAAUCAAAUGUUAAUUAAAGGCUAUUUAAACCUCCCUUUCCACUUUGCCCUAUCGUGGUUUCUGUUUCAGUACUCUUUAUUGCGUUCCUUGAUCUAUUGUGUUUAUUCUGGUAUUGACCUUGGCUCCUGGCUCGGAGUUUAUCUUUAACCCUUUCCUGUCUUGUUUGUCCGUCUGACUGAUUACUGUGUACAUUACUCUGGCUAGUUCUUGUUUUCAUUGUCUCUCCAUUACCCUGACCUUGACUCGUCUAUGAUUACGCUUUAUCUCUGUCUGACGUUUAGUCUGGCCAUUCUAAGGCCCGGUAAUACGUUAUUUCCUUGUCUUGUCCCUUGCUAUCCUAAACUCUGCGUGUUGGGGUAUUACACCGUGACAUCUAUAAAUUAUACAUUAUAAUCACACAUGGAAAGUGAGAAGUAGGAUUAAGUUAACUAAUUAUAAAGGUAGUUCUAUUAAUAGUGUGGCACUUGAAUAUUACAUUAUGAAGAAUAAUUGAAAGUGGAGUUUAAUACACUUGGGGAAAUAUAGCAAAUUUAACACAAUAAGGAAACUUUGAAUACACUAUUAUCACUAACAAGAGACAGAGAUCUAGGGUUAAACAUUUAGGAUUAUAAGAAAUGGACCCCUGAUCAUAAGUAUAAUACUGAAAGUGAGUUAGAUUUGAAAAUAAGAUCAAAUUGAACAUGUCUAUUUAUAGGCUUCAUAUCUAAGUAAAAUUUUAAAUAUUAUUAAGAAUAGAAACAACAUUUUCAUUUAGGGUCCCCAAACGCCACUCAUGGGUGGGGACAUGGGGGGGACAUUAGGUCACCCCUUUAAUUAAUUAGGGUCCCCACCUGCUGCUCAUGGGUGGGGACAUUAGGUCUCCCCCAUUAUUUAUUUAUUUAGGGCCCCCACCCGCCGCAUGGGUGGGAACCAGGGGGGACAUUAAGUCCCCUCUUUAAUUAAUUAGAGUCCCCACCCACCACUCAUGGGUGGGGACCUGGCGGGGACAUUAGGUCCCCCCAUUAUUUAUUUAGGGUCCCCAUUCACCGCUCAUGGAUGUGGACCUGGGGGGACAUUAGGUCCCCCUUUUAAUUAAUUAAGGUCCCCACCCACCGCUCAUGGGUGGGGACCUGGGGGGAACAUUGAGCAUCAUUAGGUCCUCCCAUUUAUAUUAAUAGCCCCCACCCGUGGGAGGUGGUGCGGGGGGGCACUAUAUCCUCCCAUUUUAUAUAUAUUCUGUUCCCCACCAUGGUGGAACAGGGAGGUGGUUCGGGGGGGCACUAUAUCCUCCCAUUUUAUAUAUAUUCUGUUCCCCACCAUGGUGGAACAGGGGACCUGUGCGCUGCCAGUUCCCUCCUUGUUUUUUGGGUUUUUUUUGGUGCAUGCGCAGUGUUAUCUACUCCGUGCUGUGCGGAUUUACUCCCCUGCAGCAGGGAGUCUAUUAAAUGAACUAAACUAAAAGAAAAGGUAAUGCAUUCGGCCUUUACCCUUUCAUUUAGUUUAUAUUUUGUAGGUAGGGCUUUCGUUUAUGUUUUAGUAAACGAAUACGAAAGGUUCACUCAGGUUCACCCCCCUCCCCUCCCGUCCCCCAGGUUAAAGGGGCAUACUUUUACUCUCACCUUUACAGCGGAAGAAUGCAGAUCACGAACACGCAUACCAGCCAUAGCUCCCUAUCUGACCCAACAAGACAACGAGACCAACCCGCUCAAGCCAGCCUACCAGCCCCUAGCAUCGUCGGUUAAACCGGCUACAUAAUCAUACCAUUAGACCCCCUAGGCUUCACGGCCACAGCGACCCACACUACCAAAAAUGUAAUUCCCUCAGCUCAUGGCCCCUGGCCAGCAAACCCUACGUGAAGGACAUAUCUAUGUUACAUGCAUGUUAUCUGUUAUUUUUUUCCUUUGAAAUGCAUACCUUAAAUCCUAUAAUCAUGACCUGAGUCAAACAUAAAGAAUUUAAAAAAAGAAAAAGAAAAGGGAGGAUUUAUUUUCUACUAUAAAUAUAUACAACAAGAUAGGAAAACAGCUGAUUUUAUUAAGACAUGUAGGCUCCUUUUAUGCUGCACUCGUUCUUUAUUUCCCUGAGCAGCAAAGAAAAAACUUUAAGAAUGAAUCACAGGAAUCAGUCAGUAACAUGUGUCUUCCAUGGCAACCAACAGCCAAUCAGGUUCCACUCUCCAGCAUAAUAGGCUGAACUAUUUCCUCUUUCUUUGCUACUCCCUCCUUUAAGUACACUGAUCCCAUAGUUUCUUAACUGUGGGAUUGUUAUUUUACAUAUUUGUACCUAUAAUUUAAUUUAAAUUUUAUUUAUUUAAAUUUUAUUUUACUUAUAUACUUGUAUAUUUAUAAUACUUAUAUACUUAUAAAUUUACAUGUUACCUUAUACUUGGUGUUAUUAGUUGGUACUUGUAUUUGUUUUUUCUCAUUUUAUUUCAUUUAUAUUAUAUUUCUAUCUGUGAUUUAUUUGUCUAUGGUAGCUUUUCCCUCCCGGUCCCCUGUCAUUCAUUUUGUGGGGCACCGGGAGGAAAUUUUCACUAUCUCCAGUUUAAUCCCUCAUUUUACUAUCUCACUGCGUUUUCACACCCUUUUUCUUUCAUUUUCAAUGGUUUUCUCUGCUCAUGUGUUCGGGCAUUAGUACCAUUCGGUAGUUUUGCCGUUCAUUAGUUUUGUGUACCUUCUGUUUCAUGCAAGCCACAUCGGGACUUUCAUCAUUUGUAGGAUUUGCAUGAAUUGUGCAUUCGUGCGCAUAGUUCAUUCACUAUGUCGUUCAUUCAUUUAACAAGUGUAUAAUAGAUUUUCAUACGAAUGGUCAGUUCGCGGAAUUUCGCCAAAUUUCGUGAUUUUUUAUCCCGAUAACCUUGCCCCUUCCUGCUUCACCUUGUUGAGGUUUAUUAGUUUUGGCGAACGGGUGGCUCUCUUACUCUCUCUGCACCUUUUUCGCAGAUUGUAAGUUGAUUUGUCUUUUUUUACAGCAUUUUCUUCCUCCCUGGGUUACUAAACCCUGUCGUUAGGUUAUUUUAUUAUUUACAGUUUACCAAUAAUUAUUUAAUAAUUGUCUAAUGAUGCAGUCUGAUAAGGAUUUACCUUUGGCCUCUGGGUCGCAAGCGACGCCUCAAAUUCCCCACGGUAACCCGGGGGAAGGGACUCUGUCCCCUGAUUUAUUUGCAUCUGUGGACAUACAGGCGCUCUUUGACGCCUCAGUUUCUAGGUCCAUUAUGCAGGCUAUGGUAUCUGCUAUGGGUGCUGUGUCAACUUCUUGGUCGCAUUCUAAUACCCAGGCCCUAUUAAAAGCCCAACAGUCUGCACAGCGGACAGGUAUGGCGACUACAUCGAUCCUGACGCCAAGACCAAACACUCCUCCCAAACCGUUUUGACUGACAGUCUCCCUACUGUCUCAGAUGGCGCGCAACCACCACCGUGCAAAAGAGCCACUAGCCGGGCAAAAUCGGCUAGACUGUGGAAGCGGGCAAGAGUCCAGCUGGGAACAGAAUAUAAGGGAAGGGCUGCGCCACACUAAAUAGACAAUGUCCAGUACCAAUAUUGAUAAUAAUUAUUGAAGGAAAAGUCCAACCUAAAAAUGUCCUCUCUGUCGUCCUUGGAUACAGGAACCAGAUCUUCAGGUGUAAUAUAAAAAAUAAAAAGAGAGAACAGCCGAUAGUGCAGUAUGUAUGAUUCAGAUGGAAUAAAAUUCGAAUAAUGGUAGCGAACUCACAAUUUUUAAGAGCUUCUGUCCAGCUCUAGGGUAAAGCGCACACAGCGGUACAAUCCCCGCUUAUGGGAUGUAUGAUGAGUAUCAGUUCGUCAGAGGUAUCCAAAACUCAAAGAGAACAGAAACAACCAGAUAGUGCUCUCUGUAUAAAUAUGUGUCGUAGGGAAAAAUAAAAAACGUACUUACAAGUACAGAGCAGGCCAACUGCUCUUUGAUGCCAGCGCUGGUGGAAUAAUCACCACCUAGGAUUUCUUUGGCUGCCAGGAACUUGUAGAAGUGAUGUUAAAAUCAAAAUAAAAUAUAUAUAAAAUAUAAUAAAAAGAAAUAAGUAGCCAGGAUAAAUGUAUAAAUAAAGAUGAUUUGAACUAUCAAAUAGCCAAAAACUUUAAUAUUUAUUAUACAAAAUUAUAUUUCCAUAACGCGUUUCGUCUACAGACUUUAUCAAAUGGAAUGCAAUACAAUACCUGGCAGAUAGUGUUUAUAUAGACAUAGUUAAAUUCAAAUUUGGUGCCAAAAUAUUUUGGCCAAUCAGAGUAAAGAUACUUUUUACAUAUCAAAUUAGCAAUACUAGCUUAUUUUCAAAUAAUAAAUAGUUUAAUAAUUCAUAUUCAAUGGAUUUUUAUUAAAAACGAGGGUAAGAAGGGUUAUAAAAUCGAGGGGACAUUAGGUCACGUGAUUUGCGGCACUUCCGGGUUUCGGAAGUAUAGCCGCAAAGCCUCAUGGGUCCUGUUGUUCCCCAAUGCGGCGGCCUUAUAAGAAAGGCUAAAAAAAGACCAAUCAUCAAAUGUCCAACAUUAUACAGUAGAUAGUGUGACAGAACACAUUAGGUGAAAUCACACUAAAAACAAGGGCGGGAAAAGUGCGAAAUUUGCGGCACUUCCGGGUUUCGGAAGUAUAGCCGCAAAGCCUCAUGGGUUGUGUAGUUUAAAAAUACAGCGACCUUAUGAACUUAAAGGAAAACAAAAACAAGUAAAAAAGAGGCUCAAAAGACUGGGUACUAUAAUGCGAGGCUAAAAGGCCAACUAAAAAGGAAUAUAAAUAUAAUAAAAGAGAAGUUUAAAAAGAUAAUGAUACUAACCUUAGUUUUUAUUAAAAAGCCACUUUAAUAGCCUUAAAUAUAAAAAUAAUAAAUAAAAACUCAUGGUUUGAAAUAAAAUACAGGAUAUAAAAUGAAAUACAAAUUAUAGAAUAAAAUAAGAUACAGAAAAUACUAUUGACUUUAUAAAAAAUUGUGCAGAUCAAAGUCUGCAUUAAGACCAUGGGGUAUAAGAGUCUGAAGAUUAUACACCCAUUCCAUUUCGUUUUUUCCAAGUAUCUUUUUUAUAUCACCCCCACGCCAGGGGAUAGAACAUUUCUUUAUUCCAAUACAUUUCAAUAAAUAAGGGUCUUUAUUGUGUAUAAUAAAAUGUUUGGAUACUGUAUGAUUUAAGUAUCCAUUUUUGAUAUUUCUGCAAUGUUCACUCAGUCUUGUCUUAAAGGAUCUUGUGGUCAUCCCCACGUAUUGCAGGCCACAUGGGCAUUCGAGCAGAUAAAUAACAUUUUUUGUAUUACAACAAAUAAAAUCAUAAAUAUUAUACACUUUCUUAGUCCUAUUUGAUAUAAAUUGAGUUGUUUUAGAUGAGAUAAAAGGAUUUGUGGUUCUGCAUACUAUGCAGCUUUUACAUUUGUGGAAGCCUUUUGUUUGAGGGAAAAAAGGAAAUGUUAUUCGUAGUGGAUUCUUUUGUAAAAUUAGAGGUUAAAAUAGAUUUAAAAUUAGGUGCUCCUCUAAAAACAAUAUUAGGGUAUUAAGGUAUAAUAGAAUUAAGUACUUCAUCGUGUUUGAGAAUAUGCCAAUGCUUAUUUAUUAUCUUUUUAAUGUUUUUACAUUUGUUGUUGAAGUUAAAAAUAACAGGAAGAGACAUAGGUUCAAUAUCCUCUUUGUUUUUAUAGGUUAGAAGGUCUUUACGUUCUUUUACCUUUAUUGUGUUGAGUGUGUUAUUUAAAUCUGACUCUAAAUAGUUUUUUUCAAUAAAUUUAUUUUUUUAAAUCUCUGCUUGUUCGUUAAAAUCUGUCAGUUCUGAGCAAUUCCUACGGAGACGUAGGAAUUGACUCUUAGGUGCACUUUCGAGCCAUGGCUUAUAGUGACAACUCGAUUUAUCUAUAACCGUAUUUACACAAACUUUUUAAAAAAAGGUUUUUGUUUGUAGUUGUCCUUCCUUUAUAAAAAUAUUAAGAUCUAAAAAGUUAAUGGAUUCCCUACUAAAUUCAUGAGUCAAAAUAAUACCACUGGUGUUGUUAUUCAAAUUUUCAAUAAAAGCAAUAAGAUUUUGUUUGGUGCCCUCCCAGAUAAAAAAAAGAUCAUCUAUAUAUCUAAAAUAUGAAACUAGGUUUGCCCGCCACCCAUGAUCACCCCAGAUCGCUUGGGUUUCCCAAUCAGCCAUAAAUAAAUUCGCAUAGCUGGGGGCAAACCUAGUCCCCAUGGCAGUACCUCUCUUUUGUAAAUAAAAAGAAUCUAAAAACCAAAAAUAUUUUUUUAUUUUUUUUUUAUGGAUCCAAACCUUUAUUCGUUUUCACAAAACAAACCCAAACAUUAUUCAGCAUUCACAAAAGCAUGACGCAGCAUUUUGCAGAGUUAAAAAUCCCUAGCCAAUUGUGCCAAAAUCAUAAAUUACAGGCAAAACUGUAAAGCACAGUAAACAGGAAAACAUGGCAUGUCUCCAAAAUACAGACACUCCUCACUUACCGACCGGGUUGUAGGAACGGCCAAAUUGGUCGGUCUGGAGUCAAGGGACUCCCCGCUCCGGUGCGCUCGCCCAUGCCCGGGGAAGUUUCCCCGAACAUAGACACGCGCACCAGAGCAGGGACACCCACGACGGCUCGCACUUACGCCUGGUCAUAAGUGCAAGCCGUUGUAAAACAGGUAGGUCACCAAAUGAGGACGACCCGUAAUACAGAACAAUAAUCCAUUUCAAACUGGUGAGCAUCAUUUGCCAAUCUUUAUUGUAAUCAAGUUUUCUUGGAGUAACAUCCUCCGUAGUUUUUUUUUUUUUUUAAUUUGACAAUUUUUAUUGGCAUUUUUGUCGUAAACGACGACAUGUGCUGGGGUAGGGGGGGGUACAGAAGAGAGAGGGGAAGGGGGGGCAGCAGCAGAGUUUUGUAUAUGUCACAUAUCAUAUUCAUACAGUACAGAACAAAUAGCAAUUACAGCUUGGAUAUGGAUAUACAAUAUGCGUUUGUUCACUCUAAGGUCCGAGGUCGGCUCGGCCCACAUUUUAAUCUCAAGCUCUACAGCUUCCUUCCAUCGGGAUUAACCCAGGUGACCCGAUCUCCAUGCGUCCCAAAUCUCCCACGCCUUUGCGGAGGUAUGGGAUGGGGGCCACAGUUUGGUGUAUGCUCCUUCAUAUGCUCUUUGUUCUAUCAGAGCGGCCAGUAAUCUGGAGAAGGGCGGACAUACUUUAGAUUUCCAUGUUCUUGCAAUCUCCCUGUGUGCCGAGAGGAGAACAUGAUACAUAAGUUUCCUCUCGGCUCUAGGGGUUCCGCUUGGGAGAAGUAGUGUUAUAAAUACUUGGGGGCGUAAAUUGUAUAGAGAUGCCAGUCAAGCCUUGCAGGAAUGAAUGGACUUCUGUCCAGAACGGUUUAAGGGCUGGGCAAUGCCACCAAAUAUGGAGGACAUCUCCUCUUAAUAUUCCACAUCUCCAGCAGUUGGGGGAGCUAUUUGGGUAAAAUGUAUGAAUACGUGUGGGUACCAUGUACCAUCUAUAAACACUCUUACGUUGUUGCUCCACUAGAGAAGUGGAUGUGAGUAGCUGAUUAAUGUCUUGGAAUAAGGUACUCCAUUGUGUAGGGGAGAUAAGCUCUCCCAGAUCUAUAUUCCAUUGUUGUGCUAUAUUGGUAGCAGGGAAUGGCAUACAGUUGGCUAUGAGUCGGUAACACAUGGAGGUCGGUUUACAUGCGAGUGGCAAUGACCCAUUUAUACAUACUUGUUCCCACACCGUGGGUUGUCCCUUAUCGGGUUGCAAUUUCCUGUCAGUACUAGCUAACCUGUGGAGGAAUGAUCUCAGUUGUAUGUAUGAGAAUUGUGAGGUUAAAGGGAGUUUAUGUGUGUCUCUCAGUGUGGAGAAUUCCAUUAUUGCCCCAUGUUGGAAAAUAUGAUAGAGGUGUGUUAGUUUGUUAUCUAGCCAAGGGUUGGCAUGGAAGGUAGGUAUACAAUACAGGAGGGCCGCCACUGGUGUAGCUGGUGAAAGUUUAGUUUGGGAGCUAAGCGUUGAUCUAUGUUUAUCCCAUAUUUGUAGCUUGAGGGCGAGGAGGUCGGAUGGAUGUGGCAAGGUCGGGCGAUAUACCUUCGGUAUCCACAUAAUGUUAGGUAGUGUGAAGGGCCUCAGCAGGUUUCUUUCUAUCUCUACCCACUGAGGAGGUAUCUUAUCCAUAUGAUGGGGAAGUAAUGAGGACAGUAUGGAUGCGUGGUAGUAGGCCUUCACAUCUGGUAGUCCCAGUCCGCCUAUCUUUUUAGGAGCUUGUAAAAGGUUCCUGGCUACUCUCGGUCUAGACCCAGCCCAAAUAAAGUUGUCUGCAUCUUUUUGUACCAGUUUGAAGAAGGAGUGUGGGGAGCGUUCUAAAAAUAUAUUGCAGUUUGGGAAGGAUAGACAUCUUCACUGCCACUAUUCUUUCAGUCCAUGUUAAGUAAAGAGGUGACCAUCUUUUAAGUUGUAAGGCACAUUCCCUCCACAUUCUAACAUGGUUGCCCGUGUAUAGCUCUGUUUGUUUCUUAGAAAACAGUAGUCCAAGGUAUGUAAUGUCAUGUUUCCUCCAAUCGAAGGGGUACGACCCUCUGAGGCUUAUCAGUUCGCUAUCUGGUACACCUAUGCUAAGUGCUUGGGUUUUGGAGGUAUUGAGAGAAUAGUAGGAUUGUGCUCCAUAGUCAUGAAUGAGGGACAUGAUAUGAGGCAAGGAUUCAGUUGGUCGGGUCAUGUAGAGGAGGAUGUCAUCUGCGAAAGCACUUAUUUUAACUUCUCUAGAUCCGACCUGGAUACCAGUAAUAUUGGGGUGGGAUCUAAUUGCGACCAGAAGUGGCUCCAGGGCUAAUACAUAUAACAGUGGAGACAGUGGGCAUCCCUGUCUGGUCCCGUUAGAUAAUUCGAAAGGGUCUGAAAGGAACCCGGCUUGUAGAACUCUAGCUUUGGGAGCUGAGUACAGUGCAAAAAUUUGGGUGAUGGUCUGGUGGGGGAAACCGUAUUUCCCUAGAACUUGUCUCAAGAAGGCCCAGCCGAGGCAGUCAAACGCCUUUUCCGCAUCCAAGGCUAGAAGCAGACCUCCCCGGCUAGGCCUCCGGAGCUCCUCCAGGGUGUGCAUCAGUUUGUAUGUGUUAUCCGAGCCCUGUCUCCCCCUGACGAACCCUGUUUGAUCAUCACAAAUCAGCUCUGGCACAAUUCCGCUCAGUCUGUUUGCGAUGAUUUUAGCGUAGAUUUUGGCGUCCGUAUUGAGGAGGGAGAUCGGGCGAUAGUUUUUACAGUCAUCUGCAGGUUUACCGGGUUUUGGGAUGGUAAUAAUUGUGGCCAUAAGCAUCUCCGGAGGGAGGGAGCCAGUUGUGGAGGCCUGUUGGUACACUUGCAAUAGGUGGGGUGCCAAUGUGUCUGCAAAUUUCUUAUACUAUAUGUUAGUGAAACCAUCAGCUCCAGGGGAUUUAGCCAGAGGCAGAGAUUUGAUGACUGCACUAACUUCGGUCAAGGUUAUGGGUUGUUGGAGUUCUGUAGCUUGUUCGGGUGUGAUUUGCGGCAAGUGUAUCUGAUUGAGGUAUUUGGAGAUGCUAUCUUCCGUUGGGUUAUAUAUGCCUGUCCUGAGGUGCAGGUUGUAAAGUUUGGCAUAGAAUCUCGCAAACGUUUGCGAUAUGUCAUUGGGAUUUAGUAUUUUCUGACCCCUAUCAUUUAUAAGGUGUGCUAUCUUUUGUGCAUUGCAUUUGUUGCGUAAUCUCGCUGCUAACAAUUUCGUGGCUUUACCGCUUUGAUGGUAGGCGGUAGCUUUUAGUUUAUGGAGUAGCCUCCUAGUUUUGUCUGCUGUCAAGUCUCUUAGUUUGUCAUAUUGUAGGGUGAGUUGCAUCCCUGUUUCUUCUGUGGGCUGGGUCUUAUUUAAAGCAGAAAGUUGCGCUAUCUUUGUGUGGCAUUCCAACAUUGCCGAGUCUUGGAUUCUUUUAAUGUGUGAAGCUUGUUUAAUAAAUAGGCCCCUAAGCACCGCCUUAUGUGCGGACCAGACCGUGGAUGCCGUGGCCUCUUGGACAGUGUUUAAUUUAAAGUAGGUUAUGAGCACAUCUUGUAUGGUAGCGGUGAAUUUCUCAUCAUUCAAUAGGGAGUCAUUCAACCUCCAAGUGCCUUUCCCUGUGAACUGGAAUUCGUCUUUCAGUACCAGGGUAACCGGGCUGUGGUCUGACCACGUAAUCUCCCCGAUCCUACAAUCAGCGAUAAGGGGCAAGGUAAUUCUAUCAACAAAGAACCCAUCUAUCCGAGAAUACGAGUUGUGUACCCUCGAGUAAAAAGUAUAAUCUCUUGUUUUAGGACUAAGGGUUCUCCAUACAUCAUAGAGGUCAUGCAGUGAAAGUGUUUUGUUGAUGUUUUUGUGGGUCUUGUCUUGCGACAAUCGAGUAUUAUUGCCCCUCUGAGUUGAUCUAUCCAGGGGUGAUUGGGUGAAGUUAAAGUCGCCACAUAGCAAUAAAUUGCCUAGGCGAUAUUGGUCGCUUUUCGUUAGUAGGGACUUAAGGUAUUGAUUGGAAUUCUCAUUAGGGAAGUAUGCCGUGACCAGUGUGUAUUGGGCUGCGUUAAUGAGGCACUGCAGGAUUAUGAAUCUACCCUGGUGGUCUAUAAAAUGCCCCUGGCUAGUGAAUGCGAUGCCUUUGUGUAUUAGGAUAGAUACACCCUUAAUUUUGGUUACCGAGAGCGCAUGGUAUUGUGUUGGGAAGUGUUUAUUAAAGAUCUUAGGUGUAUAGCCUUUCUUAAAGUGGGUCUCUUGAAUACGUGCGAUGUCUAUUUUAGAUUUUAUCAAUUCCUUGAACAAUAAACACCGUUUCCCAGGGGUAUUCAACCCCUUCACAUUAUACGUUACUACUCUUAUGAUAGUUGGGGACCAGUUUCGCUAUGAUGUCUGGUAUGUGGAGGUGAACUGAUGUUCGAGUAGAGACAGUCUUGUUGCCUAUGUUGUAGCUAUAUCCAGAUAGCAAGUAUAUCACGGACCUAUCGAAAAGGUCGCUCCUGUUAAGUCGUAUUGUACUGCUUUUGCGGGAUAUUGCGUCCUGUGUUAUUCUACAGUCUGCUAAGGUAAACCUGGAUAGGUAGGGGAAAGAGGGAACUAAGGAGGGAAUAAACUGGGGGUGGGGUAGGGGGUAAAAACCCUGAUUAAGCUCUACACGAGAGAGCUGGAGCGCGCCAAGCUUAUGUGGAGUUUAUAGCUGUAACUACAAUGUUUGCAGUCAGGGGUGUCAGGUACCCUUCCUUCCUUUUGGCACAGUUGCUAUUUACACUCUAUUAAUUGAGAUAGGGUGCUGAGGCUUUCCAGGGCCGCAGACAUCCCCAUCCAACUUGUAACGCAAAAACAUAACCUAUUAUAACAUUUCUUAACCAACAGUACAUAGAUACCAAUGACUGCUCUGUGUGCAGCAGUUGGAGUUAGGUAUACUUAACACUCUCCCAUUGGGAGGAGAGGCAGGCCUUGCAGACUGUCCGUGUUCAGGCAGGGGUCCACUCUGGGGACAUCCGAGGUAUCUUUGCUUGGUUGUGGUCGCUUAAUAUAGCAACUGGGAGUCCCCACAGCUUAAAUUUUUCUUUGCCAGCCGGCAGCGAGUUUACGGUGUGCAGCGAGUCCUGAUACUGUAUGAGCAAUUUUGCGGGGUAUCCCCAGCAGUAGAUAAUUCCUUUUGCUCGUAGUGUUGUCGUGAAGGGGGUGUAGCGGAUGGCACUGGGCUGUCCUGCAAAUGUCUUUGAAAUUACUGCAUUCGUGUGAUCUGCUAGUUUUCUAUGUGUUUUAAAAGAAUUGUAUUCCUCUGAUUGUUCGGUAGUUUCAUUCCCUUAGUUUAUUCGAAUGAAAAUACCGAACAACUAGACCUCCCCUGUGUGAAGUGUGUCCUCAAUUACCCGUUGCAACAUUGUUGCGAACGGGUAAUUGACUAGUAAGUAGCCGUCCUUUGUUCUCGGGGGUGGCCGCCAUUCGACAAACGAACACGUGGCGGCAGCCAUUUUAAAACUCCCGAACAGCGGUGUUUUGCCGUCGAGUGUCUGGAACUAAAAUCGGACACUCGAGUAGGCGAACACCACUGAGACCUCCACAAGCCCGGUCCGUUCGGUUUCAAACUACCGAACGGCCCCUCGUUCGGUAGAUAGAAAGAACCGAACGAGGGGAUUCAGGCGAACCCUCCCUAGCCUCUAUAGCUAGAGGUUUUCGUGUAUUUAAUUCAGCCAUACAUUUCCCGAACCCCUGGUCUGAUCUGGGUGAUUUUUGGAUAUGUUGUUCACCCAGAUCAGGGGUAUCUGGGGAUGUAGGAUUUAAAGCAGUACCCCUACGUUUAGGGGUACAUCCAGAAACGGGGGAAAUUACUGUACUGGUUAAGGGGAUUAUGAUGCUGGCUGAGGGGAGGAGAUGUGUGGGAGGUUACCAGGACAGGAUUGGCUACUGUAAUAAUUAUUGUAAAUCCCUCCCUUGCAUGGGAGCAUGCACUGUGGAUUAAAGCUUUCAGUUCUGCUCCUGAAACUGUGUGUCGUCCAGUUAUUGGGAUUGCUGUGGGGAUAUUGCUGUUAUUUUACCUGCUGGAAACCUUGCCUGUGGAUUUAUUAUUUGCUCGUUCCUGAGCCUCACUUGGAUCAUAAGCGGAGAUAACCUGGGGAAUAUUGCAUCUCCGCUACAUUGGUUGGCAGCGCUGGGAUCCAGACUCACAAGGGAACAAGGACUAAUGGAAUACGGAUGGAGAGUGAUUAUGCCAAGCUUAAAAGAUCCACGCUAAAAGAUCUUCUGGAAGCGAAAGGUAUUGCAGCCAGCAAUAAAAGGAAAGCAAUCCUCAUUGCAGAAGUAAUGGCUGAAUACCAGCAGGAGGACAGGGCAAUCCCUGAGCAGCAGAGUGCAGCAGAUGGAGCUGAAAAAGAGGAGUUCCAGAGACAGCUGCAGUUCAGGCUGUCCUUUUAUGGAGAGAAUCCAACAGCGGAUAUUAUAUCCAGGACAAUGACAGAGGUGCAGGAGUUUAUACUGCGUCAAAGGCCACUACAGCAGCUGGAGAGGAAUGCUACCACAGCUACCAUCACACAGGGUAAGACAAAAAUUCCUUACCAAGCCUUUAAAACGUAUGUAGAAGCAGAGGAGGAUAUAGAUGCUUUUCUCCAAGACUUUGAAAGGCUGUGUGCAUAGCAUAAUAUUAGCCCAGACGAGUGGGUGCCUAUUUUAGCAGGGAAGCUCACAGGGAAGGCUGCUGAAGCCUAUAGAACUGUACCUGAUGAGGAAAUUCGGAAUUACCGCAGAGUAAAAGAGGUGAUCCUGGCCCGAUAUGCAAUCACGCCAGAGGCAUAUCGGCAGCGGUUUAGAGACCUAAAGAGAAAGGACAAGGACUCUCAUGUGGAAUGGGCUUGCAAAUUACAUCGGGCCGCCCUGGGGUGGGUACAGUCCAAUAAGGCUCGGUCCAUGGAUGACUUAUUACAAAUGGUGUUGUUGGAGAAAUUUUAUGAGGGGGUAACCAGCGAUGUCCAGGAAUGGGUGAGGGACAGAAACCCUACCUCCCUCACCGAAGCUGCCAGGAAGGCAGAUGAGUACCUGGAUGCACGCAGGCAGCAGAAACCUGCAGCCCCAAAAGCCACCUUUAAAACAUUUGGGGGAAACAGCUACAACCCAGCUCCACCGAGACAACUGCCACCACCACCACCACCCGCUGCGCAGCCACGUUUUCGCCAGCCCACUUCUGGCUCCUGUCAUCACUGCCAGAAAUGGGGACAUUAUAAAAGGGAAUGUCCCCAGCUGAGGGAUCGUUCCACCUGGAUUCGCCCCGGCCCACCACCACCACCAAGAGCAGCCGCAGCCCACCACUACCAAGAUAUAGUGGCUACACCAUAUGGUUCAGCCGUUCCCAUAACAACCGUGGAACAGUGGGAAGUACUGCACGAAGCGGAUCCAGUCCAGGCCAAUGCUGAUAACAGACAACAUCACAGGCAGACCGUAUACCUGGAGGGUAAAGCAGUACAAGGAUUACGUGACUCAGGGGCCACUAUCACCCUGGUACACUGCUCCCCCGGCUACCCUGACGGCCACAGUUUUACUCAGUUUCGCUUGAUCCGACACCUGGUGUCGGAUCAAGCGAAACUGAGUAAAACUGUGGCCGUCAGGGUAGCCGGGGGAGCAGUGUACCGGCUACCUACAGCAAGGGUACAUUUACAUUGGGGAGCGGGGGCAGGGCAUGUGGAGGUGGGGUUGAUGCCGCAGUUACCGGCGGAGGUAUUGUUGGGGAACGAUCUGGGGAGGCUCACGUCUGCUUUUGAGCCCCAGACACCCACCACAGGAGAAGCUCACCCUGUGGUCACCCGUCAACAGGCCCGCACCCAGGACUACAACACACUUCCGGAGGUUCAGGUAAGAGACCCUUCCCCUUCCCUUGACUGUGUUCCCUGGGCCCCUCCUAACGAAUUUGCAGCUGAGAUAGCGACUGACCCCACCUAGGGACAAGGUGACAGCAGACCCUCCUGGGGGAGAGGGAGAGAGAUUUGUCUGGGACAAGCAGCUGUUGUACAGGGAGACAGACAAGCAGAUUGAUGGGUCAGACCCAAUAGUGAUGAGGCAGCUAGUGGUGCCGCAGCGGUACCGAGCAGAGCUACUCCGGAUAGCGCACGAUAUCCCGCUAUCCGGACAUCUAGGGGUCAGUCGCACUAGGUACCGACUGACCCAAAGUUUCUUCUGGCCAGGGAUCAGCCAGGAGGUACGCAGGUAUUGCACCACCUGCGAUACCUGCCAAAGGGUAGGGAAAAGGGGAGACCGGAGGAAGGCGAAACUACACCCCCUGCCCAUAAUUGAGGAACCUUUUAGCCGAAUAGCGGUAGACUUGAUAGGCCCCCUCAAGAAAGCUAGCCCGUCAGGCAAAAGGUACAUUUUAACGGUAGUAGACUAUGCUACUAGAUAUCCAGAGGCAGUGGCUCUGACCAACAUUCACGCUGAAACGGUCGCGGAUGCCCUCAUGCAGAUAUUCUCCCGGUUGGGAUUACCCAGGGAGAUUAUCUCGGAUCAGGGUACCCAAUUUACCGCAGAAUUCACUCAACACCUCUGGAGGAUCUGUGGCAUUAAGCCUAUUAUCAGUGCCCCUUACCACCCCCAGACUAAUGGGCUCUGCGAACGGUUCAAUGGUACAUUGAAACAAAUGCUCCGAACCUUCGCAGAGACCCACAAGGACUGGGAGCGGUUCCUGCCGCAUCUCCUAUUCGCUUACCGGGAGGUGCCGCAGGAAUCCACGGGGUUUUCCCCGUUUGAACUGCUAUUUGGGAGGAGAGUCAGAGGCCCCUUAGAUAUUAUAAGAGAGCAUUGGGAGGGAGAUCGGAGCGCAGAUGGCACUCCCAUCAUACCAUAUGUGUUGGCCCUCCGAGACCGCCUGGAAGCAUUAACUAGGACGGUAAGGGAAAACCUUCAGGCGGCACAGACCCGUCAGCGCACAUGGUAUGAUCGGGGAGCCAGGGACCGUAGCUUUCAGGUCGGGCAGAAAGUGCUAAUUUUAAAGCCUGUCCGACAUGACAAGCUACAGGCCGCCUGGCAGGGACCUUAUAGGGUGGUGGAACAGAGAUGUGACACCACCUAUAUAAUUGGCCCCUGCACAGGGACGGGAGGGCGACGCAUGCUCCAUGUGAACAUGAUGAAGCCCUACCAAGAGCGCUCCGAGGAGGUAACCGCCAUAUGUGCGCCCAAUUCUGACGAGUUUGACAGCUUACCACUCCCAGAUCUGCUGGAAGAUGGGCAGCUGUCUGGGGAUUUAGGGGAAGUCGCACUGGGAGACCGGCUGAGUCCGCAGGAGCGCAUCGAGGUACAGCGGCUGUUGGAGGAGAAACGAGACACGUUCUCUAAUGUACCUGGGUACACCCCUCUGGCCACUCACCGGGUAGAGACCCCAGGGCAACUACCCAUGCGCCAGACCCCCUACCGCAUCCCGGAAGCGGUAAGGGAAAACAUGCGCAAGGAGAUCGAUGAGAUGCUCCAACUGGGGGUGAUUGAGCCCUCAGAUAGUCCCUGGGCUUCUCCGGUAGUGCUCGUACCGAAGCGGGACGGUACGACCCGCUUCUGCGUAGACUACCGGAGAUUAAACGAGAAAACUGUGUCCGAUGCAUACCCUAUGCCACGGAUAGAUGAGCUACUGGACAGAAUGGCCAGGGGUCAAUACCUCACUACCAUUGACUUAUGUAAGGGGUAUUGGCAAAUCCCCCUGGCCCCAGAGGCCAUCCCGAAGUCGGCCUUUGUCACCCCAUUUGGCUUGUACCAGUUUAAGGUCAUGCCAUUUGGGAUGAAAAACGCCCCAGCUACUUUCCAGAGGAUGGUAGACCGACUCCUGGAUGGGUUCCAAGACUACACCUGUGCCUACCUGGACGAUAUUGCCAUUUUUAGCAAUACAUGGCAGGAGCACUUGGCCCAUAUAGGAAUGGUUCUAGACAGGAUUAAGGAAGCUGGUUUGACAUUGAAACUGGCCAAGUGCAGCAUAGGGAUGGCCGAGGUGCAGUACCUCGGACAUAGAGUGGGGUGCGGCAAACAGAAGCCCGAACCAGCCAAAGUAGAAGCCGUGGCCCAGUGGCCCACCCCUAGGACUAAAACCCAGGUGUUAGCCUUUCUAGGGACUGCUGGGUAUUACAGAAAGUUUGUCCCUAACUAUAGCGCCCUCGCCAAGCCCCUCACUGACCUUACCCGGAAGAAUCUGCCCCGCCAGGUGACCUGGACCCCGGAGUGUGAGCAGGCAUUCCAACAUCUGAAAAAUGCACUGAUAAAUGCUCCUGUCUUGGCAGCUCCCAAUCCAACUAAACGUUUUCUUGUUCACACAGACGCUUCUAUGUUUGGAUUGGGAGCAGUACUGAGCCAAGUCGGGGCCGAUGGCGGAGAACACCCCGUGGCUUACAUCAGUCGCAAGCUGUUACCCCGAGAAGUAAGCUGCCAUCGAGAAGGAAUGCCUGGCUGUGGUGUGGGCCUUAAGGAAACUGCAGCCGUAUCUAUAUGGACAGCCCUUUUCCUUACUCACGGAUCACAACCUGCUGGUAUGGCUAAACCGGGUGGCUGGGGACAAUGCCAGGCUGCUGCGCUGGAGUUUGGCGCUGCAGCCUUUUGACUUUAAUAUUCAGUACCGCCCGGGUAAGCAGAAUGGGAAUGCCGACGGGUUGUCGAGACAAACUGACCUGGAAAAAUGAUCCGUGAGUCCCCGGACAUCCCCAAGCCGAUCCGUGUUGGAUCAGACUGUGUAUGCCGGCUUGUGGGCAAGGGGGAGCAGUGUAGCGGAUGGCACUGGGCUGUCCUGCAAAUGUCUUUGAAAUUACUGCAUUCGUGUGAUCUGCUAGUUUUCUAUGUGUUUUAAAAGAAUUGUAUUCCUCUGAUUGUUCGGUAGUUUCAUUCCCUUAGUUUAUUCGAAUGAAAUUACCGAACAACCAGACCUCCCCUGUGUGAAGUGUGUCCUCAAUUACCGUUGCAACAUUGUUGCGAACGGGUAAUUGACUAGUAAGUAGCCGUCCUUUGUUCUCGGGGGUGGCCGCCAUUCGACAAACGAACACGUGGCGGCGGCCAUUUUAAAACUCCCGAACAGCGGUGUUUUGCCGUCGAGUGUCUGGAACUAAAAUCGGACACUCGAGUAGGCGAACACCGCUGAGACCUCCACAAGCCCGGUCCGUUCGGUUCCAAACUACCGAACGGCCCCUCGUUCGGUAGAUAGAAAGAACCGAACGAGGGGAUUCAGGCGAACCCUCCCUAGCCUCUAUAGCUAGAGGUUUUCGUGUAUUUAAUUCCCUUAUGCCAGGACCGACCGCAGGGCCCAUUCGCAUGGAACCUCAUUCGGCUAUCUCAGUUAGUGCGGUCGGUCAUUUUAUUCCCUCCAUACAUUUCCCGAACCCCUGGUCUGAUCUGGGUGAUUUUUGGAUAUGUUGUUCACCCAGAUCAGGGGUAUCUGGGGAUGUAGGAUUUAAAGCGGUACCCCUACGUUUAGGGGUACAUCCAGAAACGGGGGGAAUUACUGUACUGGAUAAGGGGAUUAUGAUGCUGGCUGAGGGGAGGAGAUGUGUGGGAGGUUACCAGGACAGGAUUGGCUACUGUAAUAAUUAUUGUAAAUCCCUCCCUUGCAUGGGAGCAUGCUUUAAAAGGAGACUGUGGAUUAAAGCUUUCAGUUCUGCUCCUGAAACUGUGUGUCGUCCAGUUAUUGGGAUUGCUGUGGGGAUAUUGCUGUUAUUUUACCUGCUGGAAACCUUGCCUGUGGAUUUAUUAUUUGCUUGUUCCUGAGCCUCACUUGGAUCAUAAGCGGAGAUAACCUGGGGAAUAUUGCAUCUCCGCUACAGGGGGUCAGGCUUUUGCGGAAUUGUAGGGUUGCAGCCGACAGGUCCGUGAAGAUUUUUAAGUCCUGGUAAGGAUCUGGCAUGCUUGGUGUGCGGGAUGCUCGGACCAACCUCUCCUUAGCAUGGUAGAAGUGGACACGGAAUAUCACGUCCCUCGUGGUGGAAUUAGGGAGGUGUUUCGGUCUUCUCAGCCUAUGUGCUCGGUCGAUGAUGAGUUGGUCUGGAUGGGUCUCCUGUGUCAGCGCCUGGAAGAGGUCUAACAGGUAGGUGUUAAGUGCUGGAUUGAGCACCGAUUCCGGGAUGCCGCGUAUUCGCAAAUUAUUGCGUCUCGACCUGUCCUCCAUAUCAGCCAUUUUGACCGCAUGGUCAUGUAGGACAGUGUCUAAUUCUUGCAGCUUGUCCGCGAGACCGUUGUGUGCUUCAGCAAAAUCAUCCAUCCUCUUCUCUAUUUGGGCAGUACGCUGGCCCACUUCUAUUAUCUCCUUUCUGAGAUCUGUGGUGAGGGAUUGUAUCUGCGUCGCCAUGUUCCUCUGAAUGGUGUCAGUGAGUUCUGACAGCAUUCGUUUCAGUUGCUGGGUUGUGAGCAGGCUGUCCUCCGGUCCUGCAUCUGAGGACAUUGGGGAUAGAGGUGGGUCCUCCUCGGAGCGAGCGGCGCCGCCAUCUUCAAUCGGGCUGCGGCCUUCUCGUGGGUGCGGUGUCGCCGACUUGGCCAGGAAGAAAGAGGCUCGAUCUGCCUUUGUAGCUUUAUUUUUUUGCCUUUGCGACAUCCCUGAAGGAUCGAGAGUGGUAUUCUAGUAUUUAGUUAUUUGUUGUUUUUUUUCAGUCCGUUUAUUUUUAGCCCUGAAUCACCCGGUUAGCAGGAGCCUCGUUAGAAUGCGUCCAUGCAGCUAGGUGUCAGGCCACGCCCCCCCAAAAUAAUUAUUUUUAAGAAUUAUAUUGAUACCUUCUAUUAUAAAAUCAAUUUGGGUAGCAGGAAUUUUCGCUUCUAGGGUUAAAAUCUCUUUUAUAGCUUUACAUCCUAUUUCAUGGGGAAUGAUAGUAUAAAGGGAUUGUACGUCACAAGUAACUAAUAUGAAGUUUGACUUCCAAGUAAAAUUAUUUAGAAAUUUUAAAUUUAAGGCUAUUAAAGUGGCUUUUUAAUAAAAACUAAGGUUAGUAUCAUUAUCUUUUUAAACUUCUCUUUUAUUAUAUUUAUAUUCCUUUUUAGUUUGCCUUUUAGCCUCCCAUUAUAGUACCCCGUCUUUUGAGCCUCUUUUUUACUUGUUUUUGUUUUCCUUUAAGUUCAUAAGGUCGCUGUAUUUUUAAACUACACAACCCAUGAGGCUUUGCGGCUAUACUUCCGAAACCCGGAAGCAAAUUUCGCACUUUUCCCGCCCUCGUUUUUUAGUGUGAUUUCACCUAAUGUGUUCUGUCACACUAUCUACUGUGUAAUGUUGGACAUUUGAUGAUUGGUCUUUUUUUAGCCUUUCUUAUAAGGCCGCCGCUUUGGGGAACUACAGGACCCAUGAGGCUUUUUGCGGCUAUACUUCCAAAACCCGGAAGUGCAGCAAAUCACGUGACCUAAUGUCCCCUCGAUUUUAUAACCCUUCUUACCCUCGUUUUUAAUAAAAAUCCAUUGAAUAUGCCUUAUUAAACUAUUUAUUAUUUGAAAAUAAGCUAGUAUUGCUAAUUUGAUAUGUAAAAAGUAUCUUUACUCUGAUUGGCCGAAAUUUUUUGGCGCCAAAUUUGAAUUUAACUAUGUCUAUAUAAACACUAUCUGCCAGGUAUUGUAUUGCAUUCCAUUUGAUAAAGUCUGUAGACGAAACGCGUUAUGGAAAUAUAAUUUUGUAUAAUAAAUAUUAAAGUUUUUGGCAACUUGAUAGUUCAAAUCAUCUUUAUUUAUACAUUCAUCCUGGCUACUUGUUUCUUUUUAUUAUAUUUUAUAUAUAUUUUAUUUUGAUUUUAACAUCACUUCUACAAGUUCCUGGUAACCAAAUAAAUCCUAGGUGGGGAUUAUUCCACCAGCGCUGGCAUCAAAGAGCAGUUGGCCUGCUCUGUACUUGUAAGUACGUUUUUUAUUUUUCCCUACGACACAUAUUUAUACAGAGAGCACUAUCUGGUUGUUUCUGUUCUCUUUGAGUUUUGGAUACCUCUGACGAACUGAUACUCAUCAUACAUCCCAUAAGCGGGGAUUGUACCGCUGUGUGCGCUUUACCCUAGAGCUGGACAGAAGCUCUUAAAAAUUGUGAGUUCGCUACCAUUAUUCGAAUUUUAUUCCAUCUGAAUCAUACAUACUGCACUAUCGGCUGUUCUCUCUUUUUAUUUUUUAUAUUACACCUGAAGAUCCGGUUCCUGUAUCCAAGGACGACAGAGAGGACCUUUUUAGGUUGGACUUUUCCUUCAAUAAUUAUUAUCAUUAUUGGUACUGGACAUUGUCUAUUUAGUGUGGCGCAGCCCUUCCCUUAUAUUCUGUUCUUAUCUUGUAUCUUAGGGUUUUGGGGGCAUUCCUUUUUUGGGGUUGCUGCCUAAUAGGUUGUUUGGCGCUGUCUCUCUUUUUUUAUUUAUUUAUUAUAAGAGCCCAGCUGGAUUUGUGUGAGUCAGAACUCAACAACAUUGAGGUUGAGUCCGAUAAGGACAUUUCGGAUGGUCAUUCCGAAUCAGACUCCGACGGUGCGAUUGGAGAGGCAUCCGCCUCCUCCCUCAGCACUUUCCCCGUUAAGAUGUCAGGGGGCCAGGAUGUCUGUCGGGGUCUGGUGACGACUCUAGGAUCUUAGAUUUUUGACCCAGACAAGCUUAGACAUCCGCGCUCAGCGGAAUGGUGUCCUUCUGACCAUGUGGCGAAAAUAUAUUGCCUCCAGAGUGCGUAAGCCCUUAGAUAAGGCUACUAGAAAUAAAUUACGGGCAGAAUGCCCACGGUCCCAUAUGACUCAUGCAAAAGGCCCAUUGUUGACCCCAAAAUUGCCCAAUUCCUAGCAAAAACUGGGUGGAAGCCUAGAAAGGGUCUCGAUUUUGCCCUGACUAAUCUUGGACAUUUUGGGCCCUGCGGCAAAAAUAUUCGAUGCGAUCGAAGACGACCGGGAGCUGGAUAGCGAUUUCAUCCGUGGAUGGAUCCAAAUAAUAAUUUGCCUAGUGGGCAAUGUAAAUUCGGCGCUGGCUACCGAGCACCGUAAGUCCAUUUUGCUCAAAAUCCAUCCAAAGCUAGUUAAUCUAGCUAUUAAUGAACUGGGUGCCCAGGCUAAAGGGCUAUUAUUUCGUGUAUCUUUUAUGCAAGAGUUGGGGUCAUUUGUACACACCUUCACGGCUUUAGAUAAAGCUCAGAAUAAUAUGCGCAAGAUAUUUCACCAAAAGAUUUUUGCCGAGGCCGGAAGAGGUAGGAGCCAUCUGUCUGGCCGUAUUCAGAGAGGUUCGUAUAGGCAGAACCGAGGUUCCUAUUUGGGACAAGCUGGCUUUCAAGAGCAAAGGACCACAUCAGCGUUCUUCCCAGAGGGAGCUCCUGGGUCGCUAGGGGCAACCGAGGAGCUCCCUCUGGACGACGACAUUAUGGUUAGGGUCUACUCUCCCCUUUCUUCCCUUCGGGUUGUGGGGGGCAGACUCAUAAAUUUUUCUCAUGUGUGGUCACAUCUGACGUCAGAUGCUUGGGUCCUUCAAGCUGUAACAGGUUAUUGCAUAGAUUUUGUGUCACCCCAGAGAGAUUGUUUUUUCCCAGCACGAUACUAUCCUUGUAUCCAAGUAAAUUCACGUUGAUGCGCAAACAAGACAUCACAGAGAUCCCAACCAAUACAAGGGGGUAUGUCAGCAAUCUCUUCCUGGUACCCAAGAAAGGCAGAGGGGGGAGACCAGUCAUAAAUUUGAUACAAUUGAACGCUUACGUGUCCUAUCACCACUUCUUAAUGGAAGGCAAAAUGGAAACCCGUGACUGCUCUACUACGAAGUCGAGGCGUUCGACUAAUCAUUUAUCUAGACGAUAUCCUCCUAAGCAGAAGAAAGGUAUCAGCACUCUCUAUCUAUACAAAAUACAACAGAAACAAUAAUAAAUAAGUAAAAAGUGGCAGCACAUCUAAAAAGUAGGGCUCCCUCACAGGCCUUACAACAGAAAUGGUACAGAAAAAAAAAGGAAGGCAGCGCCACUACAAACCACAUAAAUUAAAAGAGCACAUAAUAGGCAGACUAGAAUGCAAUAUAUAUAAUAGAUAAUAAGCAAAUAGAAGUCCAGAAUAAAUAGUCUGACUGGUAGAUGAAUCAGAAUAAAUAGUCUGACUGGUAGAUGAAUCAAACAACGAGGUAUUUCUUUGUAGAGGUGAAUACAGUCUUUUGUAGUGGGGGAUUCUUCAGAGUGGUGUAGAUGCGUCUUUGUACAUCAUAUGAAAUAAAAAAAAUAACAACUGAUGGUGCAGUAUGUCCCGAAAGGGGUAGAAGCAAUAAAAGAGUAUAUGGUCCUACUCACGUUUUCAAGAGCUAUGGACUUAGCUCUAGUGUUGAUAACGUACAGUGGUAUAAUCCCCACUUAUGGGAUACGUGAGGUCUUAGUAUUCUUUCUUGAUUAGGGAACCAUAUGUGGAAAUAAAAGCAGGAACAACAAUGGUGCUCAAAGUAUAAAAUGCCAGAGGUGAGAAGAUAAAAAAACCAAGUGGUUACUCACAUUUAGUUGAACAGACUGACUGUUCAAUGAAUACAGCUUGAGUGGUAUAAUCCCCACCUAGGAUUCUUGGGAGUAAUAUCCUCACUGGAAAGUAAAAACACUUCUGUGCCGGAUAAAAGGAUGGUAGUAGUAAAAAAGUAAAAUGAUAAUAGUAAUAAAAAGUAAGAUGGCUAACUCACAGUAAGAAAGUGGCCAAAAUAUCUUUAUUUCAGACAACAUAGUUUAAAAAACCACAACGCGUUACGCCCUUAGGCUUUAUCAAGUGGAGAUCAGAAAGUACAUCCUGUUACAUACAGGUUUAUAUGGGCAGUGAACAUAUUAGAAAAUGGCGCCAAAUGAUGUCAUCAUUUUUUUUUUUCUUCAAAAGUGCUAAAUGUGUAAGUGAGUACAUACCUAUAUGUGAAACAUGUGAUAGUUUAAAAUUAAAAACGAGGUUUUAUACUCACAAUACUUUACAUAUUAUAUUUAGAUAGAACAGUCACAUGAUCGGCGGCCUUUUUUUUUUUUUUCUCAAAAGUGCUAAACUUUAUAUGUAUCAGUGAAUACAUACCUAUAUUGGAAACAUGUGAUAGUCUAAAAUUAAAAUUAAAAACAAGGUUUUAUACUCACAAUACCUUGCAUAUUAUUUAGAUAGAACAGUCACGUAUAUAAGUCAUAUUAUAUAAAUAUAUACUUCAUGCACAAAAUAAUUAUAGAAGAUAAUAAAAUAUAAGAAAUAUAUUAUAAAAAAUUAAUUAUAAAAAAUUAUAAAAAAUUAUAAAAAAUUAUAAAAAAUUAAACAGGUCGAACUCUACAUUAAGACCUUCGGGGGUAAGGGUUUUUAAAAGGAACACCCAGUGCAUUUCUUUUUGUCCCAGUAAUUUUUUGAGGUCACCUCCCCUCCAGGGUAAUUUACAUCUUUGGAUCCCAGUACAUUUUAAAAAUUUAGGGUCUUUGUUGUGUUGAAUAAAAUGCUUUGAAACAGAGUGAUUAAGGUAGCCUUUGAUGAUAUUUCUACAAUGUUCUGCUAACCUUAUUUUUAAGCAUCGUGUGGUCAUACCCACAUACUGGAGGCCACAUGGGCACUCCAAUAGGUAUACAACAUUUUUAGUAGUGCAACAUAUUAAAUCUUUGAUAGGGUAUGUAAUACCUGUUUUGUUUGAGGUGAAUUGUGUUGUUUUUGAUGUGCUGUUUUGGUCAGUGGAUCUGCAGACAAUGCAUCUGUUGCAUUUGAAAAAAACCUUUAGAAUUUGAUAAAAAUGAUGGAUUGCUUGUAUUGGCAUUUUUUGUAUAAUUUUUAGUAAGCAUCGUCUUUAGGUUUGGGGCACCUCUAAAAAUGAUAUGGGGUUUAUCUGGGAUGAGUGUCUUUAAAAUUUCGUCUUGUUUUAAAAUGUGCCAGUGUUUUUGAAUAGUUUUUUUUCACAAUUUUAUUCUUAUUGUCAAAGUUAAAGAUGAUCGGCAUGGAUGGUGGGUCUUUAUUUUUAUUCGUAUUAUAUUCUAAGAGCUUGAGUCUUUCUUUUUGUUUCACUGCUUCUUCUAGCUUUUCUUUUGGGUAAUUUUUACUGAUAAAUUGAGCAUCAUACGAGGACAUGGUGACAUUAGACAAAGAGGCGAAAGACAAACUUCACUGGUGGCAUCUCUACAUGGAAGCGUGGAAUGAACGCGCUAUCUUCAGAACAACCUCAUAUAUGGUCGGACGUGGAAACGACGCUGCACAUCAAUUGCUUGGAGCUUCUGGCCGGAUUCUUUGCAGUACGCAGCCCAUCUCCGACUCACUCUCAAUGCAGAAUUCUAUUGACGAUGGACAAUGUAUCCGCUGUCAGAUACAUCAACCAUCUAGGAGACACGAAAUCCAAAGUGCUGGCAAACAUGGCACACGAUUUCUGGCAAUUUUGCCUUAUGCACAAUAUCUCGGUGACAGCGGAAUAUAUUCCAGGACUAUCCCCUAUGGUCGUAACAACCAUGGUUCACCCAUAUAUUGGAAAUGGUGAUAGAUUUUCCCUGCCUCCUCACAUCAUACGAUUCUCUACUUCGUGAUCCGGACGGACAAUCUCACCCAUUAAUCCUCCAGGGUCUCCUUCAACUUAUGGCGUGGCUGAUUCCAGGUGACCUUGGUCAAGCGAGGGUGUUCCGCAAUCAACUCUCAGACUUCUCGAGAAUGCAUUGGCACUCAGCACGAGACAAGCUUAUAAAUCUACUUGGAAUGCAUGGAAUGGCUGGUGCUUGGGAAGAAACCUAGAUCCCUUAUCUGCGCCUUUGACGGCCAUCUUCCAAUUUUUGACCUCCCUUUUUGAAGCAGGGAAAACGUACCACACGGUUAACCUCUACCGUUCUGCGCUUUCCGCUGGACAUCAAGGCAUCGAUGGUGCCCCCUUUGCACGACAUCCUUUGUUCUGUUGCUUACUACGCAGAGUAUGAUUUUUUUUUUUUUAAAUUCUUUAUUUAUUGCGUGCAAAGAGGUAACAUUGCUUGAUGCGCCACAACAGCUGCAGCAAACCGAGAGAUAACAAGAUAUACAUGGUUAUGGCAUUCGCAUGCGUUACACAAUUUUUUAAUUAUAUAUCAUGCAGACUAAAUCAGUAUAACAAGCUUAGUGCUAUUGAGUAAAACUUUUAUAUCUAUUCUAUGCAUGCUUAGUUGAGCAGUGGUUGUAUAACUUAAUUAGUUACAGGCUUAUGCAAAAAAUAAUAUCAGAUACAGGUUUCUCUAGCUAAUUGAAGUUAUCCACCAGGGGGCAGUGAGUCGCUGGGUCAGUCGGCUAACAUAUACAUGUGUGCACCAUCACUAUUAGUUUAAGCUGAGCUCCUACAAUUCUUUUCACACUAGGCACUAGUAGCCAAGUAAGUAACUGUGGUUUAUCUAAGACAUUGCGGGAAUAGCAAGCAAGUUACAAAGUGCGAGCUUUUGAUGUGUAGCGUAAAGCAUACUGUCGAGUUGCGAAGUAUAAGAUAAACAUAGAGUAAAAUUAUAAUAAAAUUAAAAUUAUAGUUAGCGCUCAUUGUGGGUUGAGCAACAGGUGGCAUGUGUCUCGGCAGGGCCGUGGCCACAAUCAACAGGCCGUUAGACCUGAGAAGGCUGCAUGCAAGGUGAACGUGAACAUUAUAGAUAUAAAAACACAAAGUGGAAUGCUUGUAAACAUUAAACAUUAAUAAGGCCUGUGGUAGGUGGGUCAUGUGGCCUUGAGAAGGUGGUCACUGAGUCCCGAGUUGGAUGCGAUGUCGCCAUCUUCCGUUCAUGUGGUGACUGUCGCAUAGGGGUCGGGUGUUAGUCCCUGCGGUACGAAUGGGGAUGUUUGGGACGGGUCCCAGGUGAGAGUCGGGGAGGGUGUGCUCUGGCAGUUAGACGGUGUAAGAGCGUCCCGUGGUAGGCCUAAGGCCUGCAGUAGCUGUGCUGCUUCGCUCAUAUCGCGGAUCCGAUGGGAGUCUGUUCCCUGGUGAAUGGUGAGUGUGUGGGCAGGCUGCCAACGAUAUUGGAGGUCUGUUGUCGGAGGAGCGUGGUGAGUGGCCUGAAGGAGCGCCGCCACGCUAGGGUGUCGCUCGAUAGGUCCGCAAAGAAUGAUAGUGUCAUACCCUCAAAUUGGAGUGGUGGUUUGCCCCGUAAUGCGGUGAGGAUUGCAGUCUUGUCCUGUCUUGUGCGGAAGGCCAAGAUUACAUCUCUGGAGGCUGGAGUUGGUGCUUUAGGUGGGAUGGGGAUUCUGAAGAGAUGUUCGGGGCCUAUUUUGUCAGCUUGGGUAUGCGGCAGUAUGCUCGAGAUCAGGCGCUUAAUAAGUUGUGGUAAUGCCGCUGUGGGUAUUGCCUCGGAGAUCCCCCUCAGUUUAAUAUUGUUGCGCCGUCUAGCAUCCUCCUGUUCCGCCAUACGGUGCUCCGUGUUCCGCUGUAGCAGUUGUAGGUCGCUCACGGUCUUUCGGAGCUCCCCGAUGUCUCGGGUAUUCUUUGUGGAAGUGUGUUCGAGGGUGACUAUACGGGUUGUCAGGCCUUUCAGGUCUCCCCUUAGCGCCAUUAUAUCUUGUUGCAAGCUAGAUUGAAGGUCUGCGAGCAGUUGCUUCAGGAUCGACGUAGUUAACGGAGUGGAGUCCGUUGUGGGUCUAUUAGGCUGUGGGGGUAUUCCUGGUGCUGGCGCCGGUGCGUAUUCUUCCCCCGACAGGUCGUCGGAGAAGUCCGAGCAGCCUCCGUGGAGCGCCGCCAUGUUGGGCCCACCGGCGCCACGCGCUUGUCUCCACAUGUCCCCUAUUGUGAGCCCGGGGGUGGCUUUGUCUGCGCUGAUUUUCUUUGAUUUGCGUCCCAUGUCGUUGGGGAUACGUAUGGAGUCGUGUUUUCGUUUUGGGGGGUGCUCCGUUUAGGUAUUUUAUCCCGUUUUUCCCCGUUUGGGCCCAGGAGCUCCGGGUUAGUGCGACUGCUGUCUGCUGCGGCUAGGCUCCGCCCCCCGCAGAGUAUGAUUUUCUCGCCCUCCGUUACCUUGUUACUCUACACUCUGGGAUGUUUCUCUUGUCCUCCAUUUUCUAAUGUCAUGGCCCGAUAAUACUUUGUUAUCCCUCAAUCAACUGUCAGCAAAACUGGUCAUGCUUUUCUGCCUCAUUUCAUGCAAGAGAGUCUCAGAUAUGCGAGCUCUAGACACAGACGGUUGAUCCUUUACACCGGAAGGUGUACUCUUCGAUAUCUCUAGAAGGACUAAAACCUCUUCUAAGUCCAUACAAUACCCGAUGUUACAGCAGAAACCUCUCCUGUGCCCAGUGGCAUGCCUACAGGAAUACGAACUCUGUACGGCUUCGCUCCGGAAUCCUAUGAGACCUCAAUUGUUUAUCUCUUUCCGCAAACCACACCUUUCAGUAUCCUCUCCUUCUUUGGCAUUUGGGUCAAAUGGAUUAUGACAUUGGCAGGCAUUGAUACUUCCAUAUUCUCUCCACAUUUUGUUCUAGGAGCUAUGGCCUCUAAAGCCUCUGCGGUAGGAUACCGACUAGACGAUAUUCUACGAGCUGCCGAUUGGGAUUCGGAAUCCACAUUUUGUGAUUUCUACUUCAAACUGAUUGAACACUUUGCUGGAACGGUUAUAUCAUAGCUUUAAACCAGCAUAAUAGGAGCUUCUGUGUCUUAAUACAAUUACCAGAUUUUACUAUUUACAUGACGUAAAGUCAUGAUUUUAUUAACGACACGGAGGCGAGUAUUAUCCCUCCCACCCUUCCCCUGAUGGUGGUUAACCUGGGUAAGUUGUUUACGGUAAGUUCCUUUGGUUCAGGUUUGCUCACUAGUAAGGUGAUUUUGGUUCAAUCUUUCAUGUCUGUAUCCACCUCAUACAUGUUGACUGAAUACUAGUUUAAAUCGGAUAUUGCCUAGUCACUUACACUGUGUUAUUUAUGCAUAACUCCAGUUUUAUUCUUGGAUAUUACCAUAUUCUACUCUCUCUUACAGCUUGAUUUGGAAGUUCGUUUACUGGUGGCAUUGUUCCCGUAUUGGAGUUCCUUUUUCGGUUGGAUGGCAGUCCAAGUUCUGGAUUGCUAAAAAGAGGAAAUACUUCAGGGAAUACCGCCUCUUAUGCUGGAGAGUGGAACCUGAUUGGCUGUUGGUUGCCAUUGAAGAUACAUGUUACUGAC